AUGGAACUACAAGGCCUGCAAGAGGCGUUGAAAGUAGAAAUCCAAUGUCAUCAGGUAAAUGAAACAUCGUGUAUGUUAUACGCUUAUUGGUGUUGUGAGAGAGUGAGAGCAGGAGGGGAGAGAUGUGAAGGGAUGAGAGGUGAACACUGCGAGAGGAGAACUAUGCGACAUGUCUGCUGCCGACACAACAUACACUUCCAAGUCUUAUUGAGUGCACUUUUCACACUUACUUUUAGCUUAUUGUCGUAGCUCUUUUCGGCGAGCAACAAGAAAUGUGAGUGAUAAUGCGGUGCUGGUGCUGUGUGGCGAUCAGGACGCGACCUGCAUAUUUAUGAGGUGCAAGAGUCUCUGUGGCUAUCAUCCCCGCUUUGUUCCUCCCUUACAUACUAACUUUGUAAUUCCCAUUUCACUCCUCCAUCCUUUACAAACUAGUUGCACAGAUGAAGCAGCACCUACAGGUAAUCCUCACGUAUAUAUCUCUUCUCAGCUUCCUUACAGGCGAAUUGGGGAGUGUGUGAAACUUUAUCAGCAUAAAUCUCUCAGCAUAAAGCCUCGUAUUAUAAUAUCUGUUGGCUCAAUUCAUCGUGACUUUGCUGAAAUUUUUAAAAUCAUAUUAACGGUGAAGUUGUGUCGGCACAGAAGCUCAUUUCUGCCGGGAAUGUUUUGUUAAAUAGUAGGAUGGAGAGCUGUACGACAGUCAAACAAGAAAAAACAGCCCUAAGCGAUUGUUUUUUGACAUUUCUUCCCCCAUUGUUGACGUUUUUCUCCCGGUAUGACUAACCACAGCAACACGGUGGAUGUUAAGUGCUAAAGCCCCGCUUUUAUUGUCUCCUGUUGGGUCUCACUGCACUCAAAGUUGUGUAAUGUUGAAAAAUUUUAGCGUCCAUUUUGAGUAGGUCGACAUGUUUCUGGAGAGUAACGGAGGAUGCUCAUAAAGGGGCAGCCGAGCUAACUAUCCGGCUAACACUUCAGGCAAAGUUGAAGUUUCGGCGAUUAAAUUAGACGUUAAUGUCGCCAUAGAGUUGCUUUUUAACGUCUUUGACACGGUUUAACACAACGGUUUUGUUACUUUAUAGUUAGUCUGGUGUAGUGAUGGGUUGUUCGUGGACGAGCCGGAUCUUUGUACUGACUCUGUUGAGUAAGUGAGGGGUGAAAGUCUUUCCUUUUUUACCUCUUUAUUGUGGAAAUUAGAACCUGGUUAAACAUGAUGCUGAAACUACAAAUAUUUUCUCGAAAACUGUCUAUAAUUUACUAACUUGGGUUGUAAUUUGUCCUCCUAAACUUAGUGAGAUGUGUAGUUGAAAAAUACUGUCAUCAAACUAAAGGCCUGCUUUGUCUUAUCACUUCUUGGAGGUUUGAAUCUUGCCAUUUUUGCCAGUUUGAUGAAAUCGUCACAUAAAAAGAGCUAUGAGGCACAUUUUAAAGCACGUGGACUCAUCAGAGUCACACUUUUUGUCAUGGGUUAGGGUCAGAGUUGAGUCAAAGAGAUAUAACUGCGAUCAGACUGGUCUUGUCCCACUUCUUGUAAGUAGUUUUUGAUAGGAUGGGUUAUGAAACUUGGAGCAAAGUGCUUAAACUAUCAGUUAAGGUAUUUUGAGGGGUAACUUGAGAGACGGUUACAGAGACAUGGAUGAAGAUUGGGGUUAAGUACCUGGUGUGGACCUCUGAUAGAAAUAGCAGCAAAUACAACUUUUGGAAGACUUAGGGUGAUUUUUAUCAUUUGAUGAUAAAAGUUACAGUUAAACCUCUUGAAAAAUAAGCACAUUGGAAAAAUAAAUACUAUCUUUAAGUUUAUAAAAAUACCGUGUUGCUUUUAUUCAACUGCACAAAGCUAUUAAAAGAAUCUGCAUCAAUUAGUUUUUAGUUUUUAAAACUACAUUUUUGAAAAGUGUAGUUGUAGAGAGGUUUUCUCUUUUAGUUGUCAUUUGCUGUAGCACUCGGGUUCAUAAAGAGAGUUGUUUUUUUGUGGUUUAUACAGUAUUUAAUCUUCAACAUAUCCAGAUAGUUAAAGAUAUUGAAUAAUAAAGAGUCCUGAAUGUGUAUUUCUUAUAAUAACCAAUCAGUGAUGAUGAAUAGUAAUGUUUUAUGUAUUCACUUUUGAUUAAUCUGUUUUUAAAGUUUGAUUUUUGUGACAUAGAUAGUUUCUAACUCUUUUAUUUUGGAUGAGAAUGCUUUAAAACAAUAAUAGUAAAUAGUUUUUGUGAUGGUUGUGCUCACACACUAAAAACCAUUUUAAUAUAAGUUAAAUUUGUCUGAUUAUUCAAGUAAAUGUUUUUUGUUUCUGGGCUGAGCCAAAAAAUCUGAUCACCAGAAGGAAGCUAAAUUCUCAUCACUAUGUCUGGUGGUAUUAUUUCUUGUUGGUCACAUGACGGCAGCACUGCCUCUGAUUGGCCCACCCUUACACUUUCACUUUUUCACUCUCUUUAUGGCCAGCAAACAGUGUCCUACAUUAACUUCUUGAAGCUAAGCUGUUAGCCUGUUAGCAUUAGCUUUAGCAGCAGCAGCAGCAGGUCUAAUGGAUGCUGAGCGAGGCGGCGGUGUGUUCAGCACCUCGGCCAGCUCCUCCAGCUCUGCUCUGAUGCUGCUGCUGCUGAUGCACCGCCCUGCCGCUUGGUCCCAGCCCGGCAGCACACACUCACACACAACUUCCCCUCAUCUGUAAAGGAGGAAUUCAACUAAAAUUAGGUUGAUUCUUAUCCCUGCACUCUUUUGAUUAUGUUUAAUUUAACUGUUUCCCCUCCUCCUGACUUGAAUCGAUCUUUUCCCAGUUUGAAAGCUCUUGAUUUGUUGCAGUUAAGCCCAUUAAACUUGCUCCAAAGCCGCAUAAAAAGACAAAAGCGCCAUGCAGCUGUUGUUCUACUUUCUGCUUGAGGUUUUGGCGUGACUCCUGAAUUUAAACCCUUGUUGUUUUGUGUUUGUGUAUUUUCUUUCCUCUUCUUCUUCUCUUUUCAGUUUGGUAGUGGAAGCUUCCAUUUUGAGAGAGAAAAGGGGGGUGGUUUCCUCCCCCCCCCGCUAACAUGGAGAGGAGAAAAGUCUGCAGAGUUUCGUGCAGGAGAAGGAGGAGGAGGAAGAGGAGGGGGGGAUGGGCCCCAUUCAUGCCUAACAUUACCAUUUUGAUUGCUUUGAUGCUGUUUUUGGUUUGGAGGGGGGGAGGGGUGGCAGGGAAAAGAGAGACAGAAAGCCCAGUCAGCAGAGCACGGCGAUGUUUUUAAUCACAACCCACUACACUCCUUUUUUUUUCUUCUUCUUUCGCUGCAAAAUGUGACCUUUCCUUUUCCCUCUGCGCACACAUGAACCGCUGCUUCCCUCCUAAACCAAAUGAGUCUUAAAUUAAACAUCCACAACAGAGAUUUAAUGAUGAUCCUGGCGAAAAAGUGAGCACACUUUGAGCCUGUGUCAACAUUAGCCGGGGCCAGAAAUCAACUCGCCUUGAACUUUAAGCUGCUCACAGAGCGAGCGUUCAUGGGUUGGAGGCAGGAAUAAUUAGAUAGCUGCACAAGUUGUUUAUUAGCAGAAUUGAGAAAAUGUCUGCCGGCUGGAAGAAAGGUUGUUUCAUGGUCACGGUUUGAGGCCAGAGGAUGCCGGUUUGAUUUCUUUUUGAAGGUGGAAUUGUUGGUUAAGACUUCUUUUUGGUCUUCUGUUUCCAAGGUUUUUAGUCAGUGUGUUUUGAUAAGACACCAUUAGGAUAAUAGAUGUUUGUAUAAAUAAAGGAUUAAAAAGAAAGAUUAAGUUGGAUUCAUGAAUGCUUCAGCAAAUGUACUCCUCCAUGGUUCAUUAUUUAGUCUCUGUCUGCACUGUCACGUUCAUAUCAUCCUCUUUUCUCCUUUUGUAAAUUUUCUUUUUCAACCCAGAAUAAGAACAGUUGUUAAAACAACUUCAGUAUCUGACUAAAGCUUUGUAGAAAAGUUAAUGUUUUCAUGGUUAAACCCACUGUUAAUGGCAUUAUGGAGUUGUGUUUGGCGUGACUGACACAGUUUAACAGCACUCAGUGGACAGAAAAAUCAUAAUAACAAACCAGGAACAUCUUGUUUUAAUGAGUGUUCCUGCAGUUUUCCUUCUCAGAGUCUAUUUUUGCACAAUAACAGCUACUAUUCAAUCCAUCUUUUGUCUUUCUGAGAUUCAUUGCAACAGUUUUUGACAGUUCAGUGCCAGUUUUUCAGCCCUUUCAUUGUGGUUUAACCAACCAGAAUCACAACCCCGAUGACAAUUUGGAAAAUACUCAUUAAAACAGUCAAGUCCCAUUAACCAUGUAUUUACAAAGACAAGAUCUCAAGUGUUGAAACUGAGCAGUUAUCCUGUUUUAGGAGAAUAUAGUCUAAUUUUAAAACAGGAUCAAGUUUCAACACUAUGUCAGCUCCUCUUUUACCAACACUCUGGUUUUCAAUGUUUUUCAGAAAGAGUAUGAAAUCAAGAAUCCUUAGCCCACUGGGAAGUUUUUCACUUCCCCUUAGUAUCUGGAUGCAGUGAUGUUACCCAUGUCGUGGACACUUAGGUUGGGUUAGGUUUAGCAGAGCUUGACAGUGCGACCGUUUCACUCGCAUUUGCGACUUAAAAUAGAUGUGUGAGAAUUGUAAAACGUAUUUAGUGGCACAUGUUCGCAUACAAAAAAUCAGCCGAGGCAACAAAUGUUUUUUCAUGUAAAUACGGCGGUGAAGUUAGUUUUAGGUUCAAUGUUUGACGGACAUUCACUACCGGUGUCUUCUCACUCUCCAUAACCGGGAAAAGCAACAGCAGCGUGGUUAAAUCUACUCAGCACUCUUGCUAUCGUUGUUGGGAGUUGAAUAAGGGACCGUCAAUAAAUUACCGGUUGAUGUUCUCAGAAAAGGCUGUUUUCCUUUAAUAGCUUCCAUGUCAUGUGACCAAUUGACCUAAAAUUGAUUUCAAAUAAUAGUACUUAAAUUGGACAAUAAGACACACCUCUUUAUUUCCCUAAUAUGCCCUCUAAAAAUUUGUGUUAAAUUUAAAGGCAAAUUUUGAACAUUUUCUCCAAUAGCUUCCACGUCAUGUGACCAAUUGACCCAAAAUUGAUGUCAAAUAAUAGUACUUAUGUCGACCAAUAAGACAAACAUUAUUUAAUCAAUUUUCAUUGUUCCCCUAAAGUUCUUUGUGUGCUCCUUACUUUUUUAACUCUGGAGCGCAUGUGCCAAGCCCUGUUUAGGGUUAGGGGAUUGAACUGUGACUCUCUUAGGCUCAGGAUACAGCGUCCAUGAUUUCCAUAAAGAAUGUCCAACACUGAUUAAUCAAAAUCUCGUCGCUCUUCGAACACAAACAUUUAUCUUUGAACUUAGGGUUAGGUGCACAUCAUCAAACUGCGUCCUGCUUUAUUUCACAGCUGACAGGCUCAGAUUGUUGUUCUUACAGAUUGUUAAAAGAAUCUGGGUUUUGUUUUUUGACGUCUAAAACCACUCAGAGGUUGUAAACGUCAUCUGUAAGCAUCAUCUAUGAUCAGUCCUGCUGUUUCUCUUUCCUCAGAUCAAAUUUGAAGUUUCACCUGCACUCUAACAUCUAUAUCAUCCACCUUUUCUCCAUGUUUUUCACCCUCAGAUGAAGAAUAGAUUCAUUGAUUCUCUUUCACACUGCUUCACUUGCUCUCUGUUGCAUCAUGGUGUCAGAUUUUACCGACUCGUCAGGUGGAGAGAAGUUGUUUUUUUCCAUCUUUUUGUAACCUGCGUUUCGGCUGCGUUUACUGUGUUGCUGCCGUUUUCCAUUUCUUAAAGCAGAUCAGGUCGAUCUGAGUGUUUUCAGCUGAAUCUCUUUGGUGGAGUCGAGUGCUUAAAUGUUAUAUUUUGUUCCAUCUCUGGUCUCACAGUUAAGUGGAAACAAAGGCCGCAGCUACUUGACUUGAAAGAUUUCCAAUGACAGAAGUAAAGGCAGCAUCUGUAACCAUGGCGACUCCUGCUUCUUACACAUUCAGUGUGUGUGAAGCUCAUUAAGGGGCUUUUAAAGUUGCACAAAGGGACGUAUAUACAGCCAGUGUAUUUUUAAUGUAUAUACAAAGUGUGAGUGUUAUUUAAAGAGCACUAAAGCACAGGGAAAGUUCAAAGUGGAGGAGUAAUGAAGGAGAAGCUGCUUUUAUUAAGUCUACACAGAGAUUGGGAUCUAACGAAAGCAUGGCAGGCGUGAGAGUGGUCUGACCUAACAGAAAGCUUAUGUGAUUGGACAGUUUGAAGUAAAAGGGUUGGGUGAGCAAGAAAACGGUUUUUAAUAAGCUUUCAGAAAAGUCUCUCCAGUACAAACCGGCAAAUUUUCUCAAACUUUGUGAUAAAAUUCUUCUAAAUCAGGGGUCGGCAACCUUAAACACUCAAAGAGCCACUUGGACCAGUUUCCCACAGAAAAGAAAACACAGGGAGCCACAAAACCUCUUUGACAUCUAAAAUGAACAUAAAAUAACAUUGCAUAUAUCUUUUUUUUUUACCUUUAUACAAAGUAUAUAAAAAACUGUAGCGAGUUGCAUUUAUGAAAUAAAUGAACUAUUUCGGCGAGUGUCUGUCUUCUUCUGUAGUUAAACCGCAAGAUAUCAAAAUCUACCCGGAUACAGCAAUGCUGCUUUUUGAUUGGCUGUUCAGUAGAUAUACUUUAUUUGAUUGGCUUGUGCGUGGCACGCAGCUUCUGAACUCUCGGAGGAACUCAGUUGGUUUCCCCCAGUUCCAUAGUUGAAGAAGUGCAACUUAGUGGACAUCACUAGCUGCGUUUCCAUUACAUUUUUUCGCAAAAUAAAAGCGAUGUUUAUCAAAUUUCGACAAAGUACAAUUGCGAUUUGCGGGUGUUUCCAUUGAAUGGUGUUCAGUGCAUAAGCGAGCCGUCUGCCUCUCGCGAGCCGUGUUUAAAUGGCCGUUGCCUAGCAACGAGGUAAACUUCCUGCCCGUGCGACCUCGUAUUCCUUAAGCCUUUUUGCACACCAACAUGGACGAGACACAAAACAUUUUUCGUUUUGGAGCAGCUAUUUCUGUGACCAUUACUGCAGUUGCCGCUGCUGUCAUCAGAAGACGAAGGCAGCGGGUGAUAAUUCAAAGGCAAAGCUCGUAUGUAUGGGAGCGAACACGGAUGAGCGAUUUCUGGGAGAGGAUCGUUAAUGAGGAAUUCACAGACGAAUUGUGGAUUCAAAACUUAAGAAAAAUACAAAUACAAUUCAAAACUUCAGAAAUAAGUCCGUCUCCUCCCCCGUCCACAUAAACCGUGCCAUCUACGCUUGAAAUGAACUGGUCACUUGACCCGCUACGUCACGUCCGGUGACAGAGAAUUGCGAGAAAAGUGUUUCCAUUACACUUUUGCGAUAUACUUCUAUAUCGACACUUCUGAAAAACCACCUCAUGAGAGCGUAAAAACUUUUUAGCGAUAUUUGGGAGGUUUUUCGAAAUGUAGGUGUUUCCAUUACCAGUUUUCUAUUGCGAUAUUUACGUUUUGCGCAAAUCUAUGGGUAAUGGAAACGCAGCUUCUGUGUUCAUUUAAAUGCGUGAGAAAUACAAUGUGUGGUGUGUGAGCGUGUGAACAAGUGGGAAUGCGUGUGUCAUACGCUGAAUGCAUGAGACUUGUGCUCACGCAUCAUCGAUGUACUCCCGAGCCAUGCAAAACGGUCUUUGCAAAUGUUGCACUGAACGCCUUCCUUUUCAGUCUUGGUGAAGUUUUCCCACACCACUGAUGUUUUAGGUCGGGAUUUGGGUUGGGUUGUGUCCAUGUUUUUCUCAGCCGCUGCCUCGGCCAUGGCUGUUUCUUUUCUGUGCGUCCUGCUGAUGUUUACACGCCGGUGUCCAUGGACAUAUAUAAAGACCCGACGAAUCGAUUACAGAAUUUGUUGGCAACGGAUUUUUUCGUCACGACGAAUCUACUUAAUUGAUUCGUUGUUGCAGCCUUAAUAGUUUAUUUAAUGUUACAAGAGCAUUAUAAUCUUUGAAUUUAGAAUUACAAAAAAAAAAAAAAAUAAAAUAAAAUAAAAUAAAAUGCAAUUAAGUAUUUAUUAUUUAUUUUCCAAAUCCAUUGGGAGCCGCAGCUUAGGGAAGAAAGAGCCGCAUGCGGCUCCAGAGCCGCGGGUUGCCGACCCCUGUUCUAAAUAGUUCCAAACUUGACGAUCAAUCUGUGUGUUUUGGUCGCAUUUCUGUUUCACGUCUCCCUAAAUGAUCCAAACUCACCUGUGUAAAAGUUUCUCUUGUGUCCAAAAGCUCUCAGUCAUGUCGUCACAACAACACAAGACUCCGUAUAAAGACGAUUUAAUUCCAUGAAAGUAAACUGCCAUGAAAUCGUGCAACAUUUGUAAGUCUGUGAAGGAAAAGAGAUGUUUUUAAUCUUCUUUUUUGUUCAUAAUCUCCUCUAAAAGUCCUGUUUCUAUAAUAUUGGAGAUCCUCUACUUUGUUUGUGCAAAUGCAAGGAUUACCGGAGUUUGUCCUAAAUCCUCAAGCUGGAAAAUGCACAUUAUUUACAACUAUUAUGUUUGUGAGCGUAAAGAGAGAAAUGCAUGAAAUAAAACCCUUCAAAGAGUUUAAAACACCCUCAAGAUAUAUGUGUCUUAAGAUUCAAGAUUUAGUAUUUAGUUUAUCCUUAUCCAAAGUGCUGUCCUCACAUCCCAUAGCAGGGUAACUGGGGAUAGUUAUUGAUGAAAUAUUAUUAUUCCAUUAUUCAUCCAACUCUUCAACAUUUCUCUUAUCAUUUACUCCUGGUAUCCCUGCUUCUGAUUGGGCCUUUUAAGUGUCAGCUGAUUGCAGAUACAGCCUCUGAUUUGUCAACAAACCACAAGAAAGAUGGUCAUAUUCAAUUAGCAUAGUCAGCUAACAUCAGAAAUCACACCAUGUCAGUGAAAUUGAGCUAUAAAUCGUCACAGAUUACCUUUGUUUUUAAGAAGUUGUAUCUGGACAGAUACACAGAUCUUCUCUGUGGGAUAGAAAAGCUCCUGGUUGUCACAGAAACACUGAGUUUUAACAGAGGGAAGCUGUCGGUCUCACGGAGCGAGUGGAUUUUACAGUAAGACAGUAUGUUGUACUGUUCUUCUCUUAAAGCUGUUUUCGUAAACACAAAAAUAUUUUGUCUUAUACUUUUAGUGCUGAAAAGUUGUGGCAAAAACUUCAGGAUGAUUUUAUUCUUUAUUAUGACUGUAAAUCAAAUUCCCACUUUUUUAGUUUCUUGUUUUAGAGGGUUAUGGUGAAGCUUUAAUUUGAGGUUUAAACUGUAUUUACAUCUGUUUGGGCUGAGCACUUUGUUCAUGCACUCUCAGAAAUAAAAUCAGUAAAAGCUCGAAUCCUCUUUAAACAAGCCCAUGGAAAAUAUUAAAAACAAUUUCAGCGAAAACAGCCGGAGCCUGAGAGCUACGCUGCAGUUUUUGUUGGCUUAUAAACCAGUGUGAGAGCUGGAAUAAUGACUCCUGUAUUUCCCGUAUUCCUGCUGUUAAACAGCGGGAAUCACAGGUGAAAAAUGACACUGACUGGAAUGUGAAGUGGAUGGAAAACAUGUUUUACUGAAACUGCAAAUGCACAAGCUGGAUAUCUCCAUGGUUCAGUUGGAUUAAACCACAAUAAGAUGGUUUUAAGAUUUAAAAAACACAAAUGUGUGGGGUUUAUACUUAAAUUUGUUUUAUCUUCACUGAGAUAAUGAAUAUAUGGAUUCAAAGACUUAGAAAAACUAUUAAAUAGUGUUAAAUUAAACUGAAACAGACAGUAAUUUGGCUUUUUCAGUGAUUUAAACACCACAAUUAAGUCCUCAUUUGGUUAAAUCUACUUUGUUGUAUUUUUCUAAGUAGCUCUAUGUUUUUUUUCUGUUUUUGACGCAUAAUUGAUUCAUUUUCUGAAUCACAAACAGUCCUGAAACUGAACUGAUGGGUCAGACUAUCGUUUAUAGAGAGGAAAUAUUGAAUAACUUCAACAGAAAUGAUUUUUUCCAACAUUUUAAGUCAGAACAUUAACUGAGAAAAUGUUCAACACAGACGUGAUUUUACAGCUCUCGUGUUUACUUUGACUUCUUGAAGCUGCGUGUUUCUCCAGCAGAUAUUAAUUAUGUAUAUUUGUAUUUUAUUCAUUAAGUCACCCCUCUGUUUUUUUGCUGCUGUGACUCUUUGCGUCUCCCCGCUCGGGUUAAAUCCAGUUCACCUGGUCUGAACUCACUGAGGUUAAAAUGGUUUUCAGAUGGUUUCUUCUCCCAAAUAGUGCUCCUCCAUUACCUCCUGCAGAAAGUAGAAAGUGAAUAGCCUGAAAAGUCACUCUUGAUCCUUUAGUUUAAAUUGAACUUUUUGCUAAAUUUACCUAAAAGCUGCAUUUACUUACCCUUGAACAGCCUGAUUUUGAUAUUUUUGUGGUGCAUUCACAAACUUUAUAAUUAAAUGUGUUUAUGGCAAGAAAAAGCUAAAACGUAACUAUACCAUCCUACAGUCAUAAUCAAAACACAAGUAACCUUCUAAUUAGGGCUUGGCGAUAAACUGAAAAUUUACAGAUAUCAAAAUUUAUGACAAUAACUAAUGUCAUUUUGCCUAUGUCAAUAUAUUCAGUGUCAAAAAGAUAUAUAAAUAAAAGUUGGUUUUUGGAUGUGUGUAGGUAGGCUAUGGUCUUAUGUCCCAUUAAGACUGUCCUACAUCAGAGACGUGACUCCACCCCAUCCAGUCUGUAACAAAGAGGGAAAGACAAGUGAGGAGAUGGAGGACAGUUCAAAAGUUGUAGCAGCUGAAGUGGCAGCUGAAGUAGACAAAGUUAAUGUUGGACUUCUCCAUAUAUCGUGAUAUUGAUUUGAGGCCAUAUCGCCCAGCCGUACCUCUAAUAAGUUUUUUUUGCAUGAUGAAGUCAGUUUUUCUAUGUGUUGGCUUAACUUGAAGUCAGUUGUUUUGACUUUUCUCCGACUUCUUAGGAUGUUUGAGUUUCCCCUUUACUUUCCUUCUGCAUAUUUGAGCUAUGAAGUGCUAACAGACAGGUCCUUCAUCAGGAUGCUGAAUACCUCUGUCUGUUAGCAUGCAUUAUGCAGAGACAGCAAACUGUUGUGGACCUUAAACCAACAUACAAUCAUGCAUGAGCUCUGUGUGAUGGAUGGUAAAGAAUCAGAAAUCUGUUUAAAGCCGAUAUAAUAAGCUGUUUUCAGUCUGUUUAACUCAUCCCUGCGUCCCUGAAACAUUUCAUAAUCAGAUUUUUUUUCUCUAUCAUGAGCUCCUGGAUAGUAAUCGUUGUAUAAUCAGAAAUCUCUGUUCUGAAUUCAUUGAGCUGCUUAUAAAUAAAGAAGAGGUGGAGGAGGAGGAAGAGGAGGAGUGUUUCAUAAAGGUGGAUGAAGCAGCAGUUUGACCUCUGAUCCUUUUAUUUACACGCGCUAAAGUUCGAGUUUUGCCAAGAUCGGAGUUUUGGUUAAGGGUCAAAUAUGCAGAGUCUGUGCGGUCAGGUCAGGUCGGCUGAUCUGUUGGAGAUUUUUCACAGAUGGAGUCAAAAGGAUAAAAUCACUGAAUUGUGGCAUUCAUUGACAGUUUAAAAAUGUAUGUGUCUGCAAAAUUUUGACUUGGAAAAUCUGCAGAAUGGAAGAGAUCAGAUGAAAAAGGUUUAUACGAGCUUCAGCUAAGUUUGUGUUUCUCUUAGUCUUGAAGCAGCGAGUGUUUACCAUCAGUCUGGCGUGUUAUAAUUCUGCUUUUCUAAUUUUCUUCCCUCUCAGAGACAGUCAGAGACCAAACCGAGUUCAGACAGAAAGUUGUUUAGACAGAACGAUCGGCCCGCAGGAGUAAAUCUGUGUGAGAGUCUGCAGGGAAAACUCGGGUCCUUUACACCAAUCUGCUCUCCAGUUAGUCCAGCAUGAAUCCCUAAACCUGCCCCCGGAUUAUCAGCCCUGCAGGAGGCCGUAAUGAGCCCGCCUGGGAUUAGACAACGUUUGGUUUCUGUUGGUGGGAAAGUUUGCGGCUCAGCAGUGACUAAAUCCUGUCCUCUGUACGCCUGAAUCUGACCACGGCCGCUCCCUGAUGAGUUUACAGAAGGAGGACUGAGGACAUGUCUCAUUAUAGAGCAGAGAUGAAUUUCAAACACUCUCCGAGGCCACCACGCUUUUAACAUGGAGGCUAUUUUUGAGGAGUUUCAAGAACAGUUUUUGUGGCUUUUGAUCUGAGAAUUUAAAACCUUAACUCCAAAAACGUCUGGGACGCUGGGACUCUGUGUUAAAUGUGGACAAAAACAAAAUUCGAUGUUGCAAAUCUUUCAAGUUGAUAUUUGAUAGAAAAUAUUGCAAUGAAACCAAAACUAAAAAGUUUAAGGGUUAUGUUUUCCACUGUGUUUCAUCACAUCUUUUGUUAACAACACUCUGUAAACAUUAGUGAACCCAGGAGACCAGUUUCUGGAGUCUGGAAAGUGAAACGGGUCAAAUUCUUGCCUGAUGGAAGAUUUGAGUUGCUCAACAGUUCAGGGUCUUCUUUGUCCAGUUCUUUUGUGUCAUGAUUCACCAGAUGUGUGACAAGUCAGGACUACAGGCAGGACUCUUCUACUACAGAGCCAUGCUGUUGUUAUCCCUGCAGAUGUGGUUUGGCUGAAAUAUGAAGGUGUUCCCUGAAAAAGUCAUUGUCUUGAUGGCAGCAGGUGUUGCUUCUAAACGUGUAGAUCUUGUUCAGCAUUAAUGGAGCCUUUACAGAUGUGGAAGAGACCCGUGACAUGGACUCUGAUGAUCCCCAAAAGUUUACAACAAUAAGACGAAGUUAAUGUGGGAGGGAGUGAGCAGCUUUUGGAGUAAUUAUCGUCUAUUUAUUGUUAUCGAGGUGAACUGCUCAAUAUACCAAUAUAUAUAUUAGAAAUUCACUUUAUUAGUUGGGAGAAGUUCCUCCAGCUGUUUCUGAGGGUUACAGAACUUUUUAACUGUUUGAUUCCUCUAACAACUUUUUAAAACGAGCAAACAUUUUUAUAAAACAAAAAAACUUUUUUUCUAUUUUUUAACUUUAGGGUCUUUUGUCAGAUAUUUCAGAGUACAGAGUUGUGAUUGAUCUUGAAUAAUUUUCCAUUGAUUUAGCUUUUGUCCUCUAAAAUAUAAACACAUCUGCAGAACAACAAACAUAGUCUGUGGUUUUAAAUGAUGAACCAGAUCCACAGUGAGAGUCCAGCGUCGUCUCCUCAGUCUCUCGAGGGAGUUUUUCACUCUUUCACUAACUCGACCAUCAGGAUGAACCUGAGCGUCUGUCAUUCUCUGACCAACAGGGUGCCCUAAUGCAUGCUGGGACAUGCCCCAGGCCAAUCAUCACUCUGACCACAUGGAAGAGAUGUUGGGUAGAUAAUUGCUGCAGCUCUCUGAUUGGUCAGACACUUUUUUUUUAGAUCUUGACUUGAGAAGAAGAUAGUGUUGGGGAGGUUUAAGAGAGUAAAAUAAGACAAACAGAGAGGAGUGUGUGAGUGGUGUGUGUGUGUGUGUCUCAUCUCCAGGGCGUCUCCUCCUCCUCCUGUUAGUAGCAGAUCCUUGUUCGGUCUCAGAGGACGUAAAUCUGUCCUCUUUUGUCCUCCUGCUCUUCAGGCUGCAGAGACUCGUCCUCUCCUUUUUGUUUGCUGGUUUUAAUCGUCCCGUUCGCUUUAAUUAAGAGACACGUCGCUGGAAACCCUGUGAUGACACGUCCUGAGGGAGGACGCUCUCUCUCUCUGUCUGUCUAACAGUCUCCGUCUCUCUGACUAAACCCCUGACAGUUUUUCUUUUGUGCGUCAGGAGUUUAAAAAGUCCUUUUUGAUUCAGAUGUGGAGCCUAGGCAGAUAUUUCAGGAGGUCACAUCAGGGUAUAGAUCUCAGGUUGUGAUGGUUUCCUGAGAGUUAGAUCAGGAAUAUUGUUAAAUCUUUGAAGAAAUAGUCUCAUAUUGAGUAAACAGUCACUUUUCUAUUAUUGAUAAUGAGUGUGUAAACUGAAAAGCAAAGAAGUAGGAGGAGUAGAGCCAUCAUAUCUGGCGCACCACUGCUUGAUUCUGAUCAGGAUUAGCUGGAUUGAUACUUAUUUCCCAUGAUUUGACAUCUUCAUCAAACACCUUCCUCCUCUUGCUCCUCUCCCUGCUCUCUUCUCUCCACCUGUGGCUGCCUGAUGGUUUUUACUGCCGCUGCAGAUGUUGCUGAAGAUAAAAGACAAGAACUUUUAUCUCCAAAGGGAAAUUCAUUUCUCUGAUAGGACAGUGAACAAACUUUAAAUCCAGUCAGGUGAGAGGAGAGGGUGACAUGGUUGAAGAUCCUGUGGUAUUAUUCUGCGUUCCAGUUGUACUCAGAAGUCGGGAUUUCUGAGCUCUAAGUUGAAAAUUCAUCUGGAACGCCCUCCUGAAGUCGGAUUUCCGACUAGGAGAGUCGCCAACCCCGACUUGACGACAAUGUCACAAUCCACUAUGGCAGCGCAGUGUAUCAACAGUAAAGAGUGAUGGUGAAAGCUCUCCUAAUGCAUUAUUUAUUAGUGCUUCUGUUUUGUUUUGUGAAAUUAAAUAAGUAGUACAUGUUGUACUGCCCAACGUCUAACUGUGAACACGGUGCUAUGGUGUUUGUAACACUAAAAUACUGUGUCAUGCAUUGUUUACAAUUGGUAUAGCUAACAACAACAACAACUAACAACAGCUAAUAACAGUUGACAACGGCUAACAGCAGCUGACAAUUGUACACAACAGCUAACAACGGCUAACUGUAGGCAUCCAUCUUGGUUUUCUGACUUGUUUACUGGAGCGCCGUCAAUUCAGAUGUAACAUCAUUCCCAGCUCAGACAUCCGACUUCUGAGGUAACUGGAAGGUAGCAUUAUUUUAAGGGCCUCAGAAUGUUGAGUAUUAGCAUGUUGUAUCCUAGCAACCGUAUCAUGGAGAAUACAUGUAUACAAGUAUUGUUAUGAUAUGGCUGAACUCCCUUAGAACAUAAUAUGGCUGAACAGCAACAGUUCAAUAUCUAGACAACACAACUUCUCCUUGAUAGAUACUUUGGGGUCUAAAAUGAAGUUCUUUUAAAACACAGUCUGUGAUUUUAGUGGAAAGGUUAGGGAUCAGUGAGUUAGAGUUUUGUGUUCUGGCCUGUAGGACAGAGAUGUAACUCAGGUCUUUAUUUAACCUGAUGUUGAGUUUAACUCUUGUCAGCCUCACCUCUUUAUUUUGUGUCUAUUGUUAAAAACCCUCAAAGUGUGUGUGAAACAGUGUGUGUGUGUGUGUGUUAAACAGGUUUUAGAUCAGCUGCAGACUCUCAGCUCUGUUUCAUCCUCCAGCCGCGGCUCCGUCUGACGGCUCCUUAUUACCCAACAGCAAACAGUCAUUUCCAGAGUCACAGAAAAGUGCUGAUGUAGCUGAGCUGGCAGGCAGAGCGCAGGGAUGAAUUAACCCGCGCUGACGGCCACACUGCUGCUGCUGCUGCCGCUGAGAAACACUCUGUCAUCCCUGAAACUCCCUGCAACAGGGUAAAUCUGGAGCUCCAAACCCACUUUCUGCUCUAACUGUUAAGAUAAGAACGUGAACAGCAUGUUUUCCAGAAGCUUCCUAAACCGGAACCAGGCUGUUUCUUACGUAAGAAGUCCUUCCACGGUUGUUUUGGGUGUCCUAGAAAUCCAGUAUCCUAUCCUCAUCAGUUUAUCUCUUUUCUUUUGAUUUGAGUUUAUUCUUCUUUCCCCUCAAACUGUCUCUGUUCUGUUAAAUAUUUAAUCUGCAGCCUAUUAAACCGCUCUCCUGCAGUUACUCACUUUUAUGGGUCACAGUUCGGGAAGCAUGAGACGCAAAGUGAGUCAGAUUUUUUAUGUUUUAUCCGAUGAUAUAAGAGCGAUGGGGUUUCCUUCGAGUGACCCCGAAAGAACGCAAGGUGAAGUCUUCAGUGCUGCUGUAAGGAGUUAUCAACCAGUAAAUUUGAUCGUCUUUCAACUUAAUUUUGAAUAUAUUGUUUUUUGUCCAACUUUUAUGACGUUAAAUUGGUGUUUAGGAUGAAUGUUGCUAAAAAAACUUGAUAACAAUAGUUUUGAUUUUAUUCCAAAGUUUAAAACCCCAACACAGCUGCAUUUCCCAUUAUACAUUACUGUUGUUUCAGUUCCCAUCCUCCUGUAUGUAGCAGAUGUUUGACAGUGAUGAAGAGAUCACAGUGAUGAAGAUGUGCGAGUAAUCAGAGUCUUCCUCGGGAUGAAGCUCCCCUCAGGCUCGUGUUCACAGAGAGAGGAGAGAAAGUCAUUAGGUUUCAUCACUUCUUCUUCUUCUCCUCCUCUUUAUUUGUUGUGUUUGGAGCGACUCCUCGGGGAAAUCAUAAAUAAUGAGACAGAGUUUAACUUUCAGAGAGAAGAAUGAAAGACGUAAGUCAGUGAAAUCGAUAGAAACUCAGAGAGAAGAAUGAGGCAAGGUGUCCUCGCUGUACUGUAACUCUCUGCUCUCUCAGACAACAGAUCUGCACUGAGUGUUCCUCAGUUUGUCCCUCUCAGGCUCCUCUACUCUUACUCACUGUUCAAACAGGAGGCUCUUUUUUGGACUAUAUGUUCUGGAUUUUGUCCCACUUGGGCUCUUGUACUUUCUCUCUCUCUGCCCACUCAAAAGGAGAGUAGAUUUAUUCUCACCCUGUAAAAUAUUCACCAUCGGUGUAGGUCGAGCGAACGUGAGGCCAUGAACAAAGAGUUUAAUGUUUAAUAAUCAGAUUUAAACAUAAAUUAUGUAACUUUUGAGGACUGGUUAAGGUAGAGAGUUAAAUCAGGUGCUCCAGUUUAUGCAAAUGUGUUUCAUAUCUUAUAGCUUAAGGCAGUCAAAAUAUGUUUGGACCAUAGGAACUUCUUUAUAAUCCUCUGCAGUACAGGAACUAUGAAGUUCUUGGAGCCCAAUUAGAGGAGUCUACUUCAGAGUGGGUACUAACCCGACACAAGACGGACUUUGAAUGAUGUAAGUGCCCUGUGAUUGGUCCAUAAGUGAGUGAAUUUUAUUUCUUUGAGCAGUAUUACAGACUUUUCCUCUCUAUAUUCAAAUUUGCAUAAGAUCUAAUUUACUGACAUUAGCCCUCAUAAAACCAGGUUGUUCACAGCAUGUGGAGUCAUAGACUGUGUGCUGUAACAGGAUGAUCUGACUUUAAAACUGUCCCUACGAGAUGGUAAGCAUUUUAAACAUUAAAAAAAAGUAGAAUUAGAGAGAUAUUCAUACUCCGAAUUAGGGCUAGACGAUAUGGCCUCAAAUCAAUAUCACGAUAUAUUGAGCAGCCAUUCACCUCGAUAACCAUAAAUGGAUGAUAACUACUCCACAAGUUGCUCAACCCCACCCACAAAAACUUUGUCUACUUAAGCCGCCACUCCAGCCGCUCCAACUUUUGAACCGUCCUCCAUCUCCUCACCUGUCUUUCCCUCUUUGUUACAGACUGGAUGGGGUGGAGUCAUGUCCCCGACGUAGGACAGCGUCCUAAAGGGACAUGAGACCAUAGCCUACCUACACACAUCCAAAACCAACUUAUAUUUAUUUUAUUGACACUGAAUAUACUGACAUGGGCAAAAGAUGUCAGUUAUUGUCAUAAAUUUCGGUAUCAGUAAAUUUUCGGUUUAUCGUCCAGCCCUACUCUGUUGUGCAACAGGCCAUUUUGAUUCAGUUGAUACUGGUUAUCUGCUCUAACCCACUUUUUUGACUAUAAAAGCUUAUUAAAGGUGCAUCUUCAAACCAGAUAGGAUGGUAACAGUAAAUUUCGAUAUCGGUAAAUUUUUGGUUUAUCGCCCAGCCCUACUCCUAAUUCUCAGAUAUUGAUAGUGGACAACAGCCCGUUAUAGGAUCUCUCAUUAUAACAACUUGGGACAAAAAAUACAGCUCUACUUUUUCCUCCCAAUCAAAACUAUUUCCUCUGUGUUUGUUACGUUCUUGUUUUUCUCUUAAUUUACAGUAAUUCUAAGUGAACACGUCCUCAGCAGCUGCAGCGUGACAUCAGGUACAGGAGUAAAGCUGCCCUUGUGUUAAACAUGUGACCUCAUUAGUGGAGACAACAUUUUCUUCUUCUGUGGUGUCUUUAGGAGGUGUCAGGUGGAAACUGCCCCCCCUCCUCCUCAGGGAGUGACAGAGUCAUGUACUGGAGCAGCACAGCUCGGAUUAUCCUCCUCAGAAAAGCGUGAAAAUUGCUGUAAUAAUUCAGAAAUUGCCUCCGUGCAUCACGAGCUGAGCCUCUGUUUUAUUUUCUGCAGGUUUGUUUGUGUAAAGGAGACAAAGUGCCACAGUGGCUGCUGGGUAAUCUGCGUGUUUUGUUUAUGAGAGCUCUGUGUGGUGCCGGUGUUUUUCUGCAGAAGUCCGUAUCAUCGCUCAAUUUCACGCAGACCUGGAGUUAAUUGUUGUGGUUUCAUGGACAUGGGGAGAGAGGGGAGACAGUGCGGAGGAGCUGCACAAAUACUGUCAGUAAUAUCGACAGGUUUGGUAUUUACAAAGUUCAGCCUGAUCACCGUCUGGAGGAUGGACUCUGACAGCCAUAAGGUGUGCAGUUCACAGAUAGAUACAGGAGGACGUUAAGCUGCAGGAGACGCAAAUGUUUGGUGAAGUUUGUAAAGCUAAAUCAAGUUUAUUUAACUUCAGAAUGAGGAAUAAGAAAAGACAACUAUUUCUGUCUUUUUGGAUCAGUUAACAAAGAUUGAUUUUUCUCCACUUUGUGCAAAAGUGAAGCCAAAAUAUCCUGUGUCUGACAUCUUGCAUCAGAGUUGGGGUCUGUACAGCAGAAAUCAGCAGUAGUGAACAUUCGUUUAACACGUGGAUAGGAAGUUAAGACCCUCUCAGGGGGAGCCGGUUUGCCCAGUUUCUGUACAAGUAUGACGCUCUCAUUGCUGCUGACCCUGAUAGGAAUCUUUUCAGUGUGAUUGCCUUCAUUGGCCUUUUUCGUACUUGGAUGAUAGAUGCUUUAAAAGUGCUGCAAAGUAGAUCUUUUCAAUGUUAUUAUAUUCCUUAUUAUCAAACUGACCCAGUGACGUGCGGCCUAUCGAGCUCAGAGUGUCUGUGAUGAGUGUGUUCAGUCUGCUGGACAAAGGCUCCACUCCUUUAUUUCUCCCUCUUUCACUCCCUCUUAAUGAACUUCCUCACUUUUACUCACCCUGUCAGUAUCAUAGCAACAUGUUUUAUCUCUGACAGGUCACCUCUGAGUCUGUGGGUUCAUGAAUAACUGCACCGAGACCUUCGGAAAAAAGCAUUCACAAACGUCUAUGUGAGUGUUUACAGAAGGUUUGAAGGUAAAAUUUGAGUCCGGUGAAAACAAAAGCGUGCGCAUGUUUCUGUUUGUCAUCCUGUUCUUCUUCUUCUUCCUCCUCCUCCUCCCCCUCGUAUCCUCCUCAUCUCAGGGAUGACACACGAGCAGAUUCCCCGACAUGAAGCCGGUCUUGUUCGUGAGCUCGUUGGUGCAGAACAGAUUAGAGUUCAGUUCAGGUUUGAGUCAUCACUUAUCUGUCAAUCAGAGACGAACAGACAGAGAGCUCAUUAAUAUUAAACACACUGAAGAGGAAACAUCAUGUUGGCUUUUAUUAGCCUUGAUUUCCACUUUUAUUUCCUCCUUAAGUAGAGCUUAAUUCAGAGAAAUUCAUAUGCGGCAUGUUAUUGAAUGGAUUUGCUGCUGAUGUGAAAUCUUGAAUCUACUACUCAAAAAAAAAAAAAAAUCCUAUCUUGUGCAAAUUUGAUUAAAAUUUCAGCAAAAUUCAGCCUGAAAACUAAAAAUCCCAAUUCCUGAAAAGUAUGAAAUCUAUUUGCCUUAUAAAAUAUGUAUAUAUUAGGGCUGGGCAAUAAAACGAAAAUUUACAGAUACCAAAAUUUAUGACAAGAACCAAUGUCAUUUUGCCCAUAUCGGUUUGGGAUGUGUGUAUGUAGGCUAUGGUCUCAUGUCCCUUUAAGACACUGUCCUGUGUCAUGGCUCACAUGACUCACCCCAUCCAGUCCAUGACAAAGAGGGAAAGACAGGUGAGGAGAUGGAGGACGGUUCAAAAGUUGUAGCGGUUGGAGCGGCAGCUGAAGUCGACAAAGUUAAUGUGGGAGGGGGUUGAGCAGCUUGUGGAGUAGUUAUCGUCCAUUUAUAGUUAUCGAGGUGAACUGAUCAAUAUAUGGUGAUAUUGAUUUGAGGCCAUGUCGCCCAGCCCUGAUUUGGAGAAUGAAUAUCUCCCUAAUUCAACAGACUUAACCUCUUAUUUAAUGUUUAAAAUGCCUACAAACUCAAAGGGACAGUAUUGAAGUCAGAUCGUCCUGUUACAGCACAUAAACUAUGACUCCACAUGCUGUGAACAACACGAUCUUGCAGGUUUUAUAAGGGCUAAUGUCAGUUCAUUUGAUCUUGUGCAAAUUUGGAUUUAGAGAGGGAAAGUCUGUGAUUGAUUAAACAUUAAACUCUUUGUUCAUGGCCUCACGUUCGCUUGACUUGAACUGACGGUGAAUAUUUUACAGGCUGAGAAUAUAUCUAAAAAGUAGUUUUCUGGAGAUUGAAAAGUGGAAUUUUGAACCCAAGCAGUGAUUUCCACUACAGAGUCAUGGUGGUUUUCUUUGUAUUUAAGUGAUUCUAAAUAGUUUUCACGGAUAGGUUUGAGUUUUUAAAGAUGUGUUAAGGCUGUAUGAAGUUAUUUACCUGUCACUGUCUUGAUAAACUCACUGAACUCACCGUGAACUCACCUGUAGUUUAGAAGACAGGUGUGAGUUUUUCCUCUCAGAUUAGGAUCAGGUUGUUGUUGGAGCGUUUCUCUCUCCUGUAAAGGGCGAAGCGUUUGGAGCGGGCAGAGUAUUGACUUUUUCUUGAUAAGGUUUUCCAGCUUGACUCUGUUGAUAAUCAAGCAUGGGAGUGUGUGUGUGUACGUGCGCGCGCAUGUGUGUGUGUUGGCGAUGGGCUCCUCGGUCAGCAGCUUAGCGGCUGAUCACACCGCUGUGCUCAGUCAGCAGCCGGACCGACCAGAAAGAGCCGCUUUAUCAUCAAACGCUGAGCCACCGCUUCUCAACCCGCUUUAUCAAAGAUUAUUCUGACAGUUACCAUGACAACCGCACCUGAAAUGUCUCCACGGGACAUUUCAGAAAGGAGACGUCCUCAAAACUUCAGCACUGGCCAAACUUUUUUACCUUCAUGUAUAAAAAAAAAUCUAAUCUGACUGAAGUGGAAAAGUGUAAAAUGUUACAGGAAGUGAAUUUGGUUUCAUUUUUUUCAAUAAGUGAAAGAUUUUAUUCUGAUGGCCUCAGGCAGCAAAUACAGAAAAUGGGCUUGAUCACAGACUUAUUCUGAAUUUCUAAUCAUUAUGAUAAUUUUGCACUGUUAACUUUUACAAUUAGCGUCAAACAAGACUUAUUUUUAAACGUUUUAAUGCUAUUUCAUUACCCUAACUUUGUUGUUCUUCAAAUCACAUUCUUUUAGCAUCAAGUUUGAUUAAAACUUGUUUAAUUCUGUAAAAACAAGUUGUAGUUUUUAACGCCUCUCCCUGUUUGAGAGGUAUCUGUUUGUGUAGAGGCCUAGUUUGCUUUUAUUGGGGUUUAGUGGCGUUUAUGUUUUCCUGUCACUUAUUGAAUCCAGUUGAAAACAUUUUAUUUCGGCUGUUCGAUGCAAACUGGAGCAUGAAUUUCUGUAGGUUUUUCUGGGUGAUCUGAUGAUGCACAGGUUCAAACCUCACCGUAAGAGUAUAAUCAGUGUUACCUUUGCAUCCCCAGACAUGCGGUGGUCCAGUUAAGCGAUUGUGUGAAUGUAAAGAGACAUGUAUGGACAGGUUUGUAGGGUAACACCCGGCUCACAUGUGAUUGAACCGUCCUCCCUCCCUCAGACUGACAGGCUGAUGGGCUGCAGCCUCCUGCUGCUCCUCUAACCCUCCUCACCUCUGUCUGUCAGAGCGAGGAAGAGGAGCGGCCCUGCUUCAUCCUGACACUGUUACUCUGAAUCUUCCUCACACUGAGAGUCUGCAGCUGCUCCUCCAAACACCAGCAGAAAACCUGAUUCAAGGUGUUAGAUUUACAUCUCAGCUGUGACUGCGGGGUUUGUCUGCAGCGUUUUAAAGCUGAACUCGGUGUCGGAAAUAAUGUUUUCAAAGACACAGUGCCGACUCCACGGUCCACACAGACGUCUGAGGGCUCAGGGUUAGACAGACAGUGUAAACGUUCGCAAGUAUAAAAGUGUUAGUGCUAAAGUUCAAGUAAAAAUACUUUCCUGUUGACUUUUCAACUCAGCCUGAUUAUGGAGUGUUUUUAAAGUAAAAGGUGCCGUUAAAAGGCGACAUGGUGACGCUGCGGCAGCUUAACUACAGUGUGCAGGAAGGGACAAAUCUGUUGCCAAAGAAAAUUAUGGGAUACUUGCAAACCUUUAUAUGCAGAUGUUUCUGAGGUUUUACUGGAUGGUUUUAAUAGUUGUUGGUUUUCUUUAAAAUCACUGUUCAUAUUAAACUAUCACCAUCGCAUCUGGUUUGAAGAUGCACAUUUGAUAAGCUUUGAUAGUCAAAAAUAGUGGGUUAGACCAUCUAAACACUAUCAACUGAUCAAAAUGGCCUGUUGCACAACAGAGUAGGGCUGGGCGAUAAACCAAAAAUUUACCGAUACCAAAGUUUACGACAAUAACUGACAUCAUUUGGCCUGUAUCAGUAUAUUUGGUGUCAAAAAAUAGAUAAAAGUUUGUUUUGGAUAUAUGUAGGUAGGCUAUGGUCUCAUGUCCCUUUAAGACACUGUCCUACGUCAGAGACGUGACUCCACCCCAUCCAGUCCGUAACAAAAAGGGAAAGACAGGUGAGGAGAUGGAGGACGGUUCAAGAGUUGGAGCGACUGAAGUAGACGAAGUUAAUGUGGGAGGGGGUGAGCAGCUUGUGGAGUAGUUAUUGUCAAUUUGUGGUUAUCGAGGUGAACUGCUCAGUAUAUCGUGAUAUUGAUAUAAGGCCAUAUCGCCCAUCCCUAAUUAGGAGUAUGAAAAUCUCUCUUAUUUACCAGACCAAACCUCUUUUUUUAAUGUUUAAAAUGCCUACCAUCUCAAAGGGACAGUUUUGAAGUCAGAUCAUACUGUUACAGCACAUAAACAAUGACUCCACAUGCUGUGAACAACACAAUCUUGCAGGUUUUAUGAGGGCUUAUGACAGUAAAGAUGAGCAAUAAUGAAUAAUACUGCUCAAAGAAAUAAAAUAAAAUAAAAUAAAAGUUAAUGUGGGAGGGGGUGAGCAGCUUGUGGAGUAGUUAUCGUCCAUUUAUCGUUAUCGAGGUGAACUGCUCAAUAUAUCGUGAUAUUGACUUGAGGCCAUAUCGCCCAGCCCUACCAUAGAGUAAUCCAGGUUUCACACUUUUCCUUUGUUUUUCUCCUUCUCUUUCAUGAAGGUGCUCUUGUAGUUGUUGUUGUUCACCGUCAACAGCUCAGACUCAGAGAAACCAGGAGCAGAAAUUCGAGUUUCUUCGCGCUCCUCCUCGCUCUCCUGUUUCGUAUGAACCGAGCUCCUCUUUAAUCUUUUAUUUAUCCUCCAAACUAAAGAGGUCAUCCCGAUUAAACAUUGAGCGUGAGCAGAGCGGUGCGUGGAGUUUACAACCAGGGGAAGACUCAGCAGGAGAAGACUCAGAUGUUUCUUCGGUUUCUGUUUUGUCACUGCGAGGUGUCGACUUGUCGCCACUUUCCUCCACCAUGAGGAGUGGAUUAGAGAUCAGACGCUCUGCUUUUUAUGGAUGCAUUAGGGAUGAAAUUUCAGAGCAAACAAAGAAUCAAGAGAAGACCGAGUGUGGUCCGGCUUUUCUGUCAUUUUCUACAGAAUUAGCCCUUUCUCCUGCUCCCUGAUUGGCCUGAACAAUCCUGUUAAAUGUACAAUUACACGAAGGCCAUGGGUUGAGCCAUGAGUGCAGUUAUACAAGCGUUGUCUGCAGAGUAUUAAUAGUAAAAACCGAGCUGUGUGGACUCACUGAAUCGCUAAUGUUGUUUUGAGUGUCUGCUCAAGAAAGGAAGAACCAAACGCUGAGACUGUGAUGCUUCUGCAUGGGUCAGCAGUCUAUCAGAGAACGUAAAAAAAGGGUUAAUCCUAAAAACUUUUACUGACUUUAAUAUGUUCUCCUGAACUUUCAUAAGGCAUAAAAACGUGGAUGUUUUGAUUGUUGUAUGCAGACAUAGAAAAGCAGGAUUUUCCUUCUCUUUGUCUUUCUAUGCGGAGAAAAGAGAGGAAUGUUUUUGUCUUUCCUCAGCAGCUGGUUCCUUCUCAGCCGGCUGUCCGGCCUCAUUCACCGCUCGCUGAUUAGCUUUUUGUUGCCUCUCCCUCUGUCUCCUGCUCGUGUGCGUUUUUUGUGUGCAUGCAUAGUGUGUGUUUGUGCAUGCAGAGAGUGUGUGGGUGAGGAAGUGGUGGGGCUUUUUUAGGAACAAACAAUAGACUCACUCAGCCAGCUAAACAGACACCACCAGAAAGAGGUCAAUUAUGGAAAAGGACUAACAAAGAGCAAAAAAAAGAAGUAGUCUGAUUAGUCUUUGUUAUGGAAACCACUUCGUCUUCUCAGGCUGCAGAGAUUGGUCCCCUGCUGUCAGCGUCGGGGCUGAUUUUUCUUCAGACAUCCAUGGAAAUGUAAAAACUCUCCUGCAGCUCAUUUUCUCUGUCUCGGGCUGCAUCAAAGCGAGCAAAUACUUCUCAAACCUGCAGAAAAAUCCUGUUUUUAUGCUUUGUUUUGUGUGGGAGGAGCUUGAGUUUUUGCCCAAAGUUCAUUUGCAUACUCCUUCUAGGCCGUCGUCCCACAAUGCUCUGCGUUUUAUGCAUUAUUGAGUCUCCUAGUGGCUUCCUUUAAAGGGGGAAGAGGCCUCGCCAUAAAAGGAAGUAGGCCUCUGAAUUGAACAAGAGUGACUUCAAAGACCCUUUGAAAAAUUGAUCAGGUGGGGUUGUAGCUAAAGUAGAGCUCAGACUGAGGCCUUUUUUUAUCAGGUUAACAUCACAAAACACAAGAAAACACUCAUUUAGUUGCGGGAGAGUGAAAAACACUUAAUCGAACACUCGUCUUUUCUUAAAUGUUCCUCUUUCCUCUUGAGUCUAAAGGAAUUAUUCAACUGGGUAAAGUUUCCAUGGUAUCGGCAUUUCAGCUCUGGUUCAUCAUUAGCUCUUGAUUGUAUCUCCUCCUGCAGUUGCUGUUGUUUUUAAUUUUUUUUACAGUGCAUUCAUAAAAAAAAAAAACAGACAAAGAAAAAGAGAGAAAGGCAGCCAAUAGCGAAGGAUUGAAACUGUGUUAUUAGAUGAACCUGACAAAAGCAAACAGAUGCUGCAAAGUGGAAAAAUAUGAUCCGAAAGCUGUUUUCAAUCUGUGGCAGAGAAAUAAUAGCGGGUGGGUUUUGUGCACGGCUUGAUGACUAAAGGGGUCUCUGAGGGGCUGAUUCAGGGGCCAGUGGGAGCUAGGGGGCACCUUGGCCGACUGUUGUUUGAAAGAGCUGAAGAAAAGAAGCAUGAAUCAUUAGUUUUUAAUUUGCUCCUGCUCCUUCAUCACCAUGUAUCAGGUUAUAUUUAAUGAAUCACUCUGCUGUAUCAAUGUGGAGGAGUUUCUCUACCUGAUAUUUAACAUAAUGUCUUUUAUCAUCAAGAACCUACUGAGUACAGGACUGAGAAAGAGCAAAAUGACAAUCAUAAUAUGAAGAGUGGAGGACGUGGGGUCCAGGAUUUCCAAAAAAAACAUCCGAUUUUGAUUUAAUUUCCGCUAUAGAGUCACAUUUGUUAGAGUCUGUAAUGCAGUGCCACUUGAGGGUCAUCCAGUGCUGGUUCUGUAAGGAACACAAGGCCACACAGCAAGGUUAUCCCUGGUCAUGGGACUCUGUUAUUGUUGUCGCUAGGCGGUGGGACCACCUGGUCUCACCAUUGUGUUCCUUGGCUCUAAAUAUCAUGCCUUUAACUGGCUAAAUGAAACAUUUAUGAAGAAGGCAACAGUACUUUUACAUGUACAGUUAAACCAAGUUGCCAGUAGGGCUGGGCGAUAUGGCCUCAAAUCAAUAUCACCAUAUAUUGAGCAGUUCAACUUGAUAAUGAUAAAUGGACGAUAACUACUCCACAAGCUGCUCACCCCCUCCCACAUUAACUUUGUCUACUUCAGCCGCUUCAACUUUUAAACCGUCCUCCAUCUCCUCACCUGUCUUUCCCUCUUUGUUACGGAUUGAAUAGGGUGGAGUCACGUCUCUGACGUAGGACAGCGUCUUAAAGGGACAUGAGACCAUAGCCUACCUACACACAUCCAAAACAAAUUUUCAUAAAUUUUUUCGUUUGACACUGAAUAUAUUGACAUGAGUAAAAUGACGUCAGUUAUUGUUGUAAAUUUCAGUUUUGGUAAAUUUUUGGUUUAUCGCCCAGCCCUAAGUGUAAAUAUCAUGCCUUUAACUGGCUAUAUGAAAAGUCUACAGGGAAGACAACAGUACUUUUACAUGCACAGUUAAACCACAUUGUCAUUUUUAUGUCACGUACCGAAACAAUUGAUAAAAGCGUCAGGAAGAGGUUUUUGUAGAUGUAGAACACUGUCAUCUUUAGAGCUUUGUUCCUUUUGUAUACGUUAUCAAAGCUAUGUUUACUCCAACAUAGGUGUGUCCCGAUACAACUUUCUUACUUCUGAUACGAUACCGAUAUUGCAGCCUUCAAUACUGACCGAUACUGAUAUUGAUCCAAUAUUGGCACAAAAUUGUGCAUGACAAGUUUUGCACUCAGCUCCAUUGUCUUUUUCGGACUGAAACAAAAAAUACUGCCACACGGCCGACAUCACUCCUACUUCUUGGUACUUUGUUAGUACCUAAGUGCACACUGUUGUUGUGAUUCAUUUUUGCUCUUAUUGUGAUGCCUAAGUCAUCUUUGUGUCUGCUGCAGACAGACCAAAGAGCAUCACCUGAUCACCCCUUUUUGUAGUCCUGCUGUUUGGACUGCGUUUGAGCUCCACACCUCUGCACAACGACCCAAACACAACGCAGACAGAGGACCAGGGUCUGUGUUUGUGAGUAACACCGGAGCAGCCCUCAGGAUGGGUUUCUUACUUUAUUCGCUGAAAUCUCACAUGAGUGUGACAGUAUUUGGGAAGUUCACAUAAUAACGGAUCUUUCUGCUGUCUAAUGUCUUCUGUUCUUCUGAUAAAUAUUGAGUCCAUGUCUUAAAGAGCAGCUUCACACCCUCUUCACACAUUCAGACGUGUAUUCAAACAGACGUGUCGGCCUCAUCUUCGGUUCAAUGAGUUCAGAGUUUUUCAACAUGCAGCGAAACUUGUUGUUUUCCAGAGAGAAAUAAUGUCACAAGAAACAACUGAAGGACUGAAAAUAAUGUAAGGUUAUAUAUUAGCUGAAGGACUUGGGAUACAGCGAUAGAUCAUAAUAAUAACACAUCACAGAAGACAAACAACAGGUCGAUUCACUCCCAGACGGCUUUUUAGGUAUUGGUUAUUCAGCUCUCCCUCUUCUUGGCUCCACCCCUUUUUCCAAAUAUGGUCAUUUAAACGUGUCUGCAGUAGCUUAAUUUCCACCGUCGGAUAACAGACGAGUGACGUCCUUUUCUUACCCUGUCUAUGCCACCGUCCUGACUCAGUGUGUGACCCUUGACCUUAUGUCCGCUCUUAGCCUCAGCUCGGUGUCCUCGCACACAGCAGCUGUUUGUCUGAGUGAUUCCCCCUCAUCCUGAGGCCUCUCUGCGUCUGUCCCUUCCCUCCUCCUCCUUCUCCCUCUCCUCCCCCCCUUUCUGUGAAGGUCUCGGGGUCGAACAUCACAUUACAUCACCCGGAUGAUAAUAAAAAGCGCACUAAAUGUCACGCUGCACCGACGAUAAAUAACCGAAGGGACUUCAACUUGCAGGUGUUGAUGUUCACCGCUGCUGCUGGUCUGGAGGAAGAGUUUCAAAGCUGUAAAUCUGUUAAAAAAGAGAAAAAUAAACUUUUCUGAGCUGAAAACUAACUUUAAAGGUAAAAAACAACAAGAUUUGACUUUGAAAUCUUCAAAAUUGUACAAAAUAUUAAAAAUAAGACAACAUAGAUCCAAAUAUUCUUCUCUGAGUGCUCCAGUUUCUCAGUUUCUCUCAUCCAUGUGUUUUUGUUUUCCAAUCUGUUGCACCAAUUCGUCUUAUUUUUCAUCAUAAGUCAAAGAUUCGUCUUUAAAAAAAUCCAGUGUUUAAAGUGGGAGUGUAUUUUAAAGUCGUAAAAAGCUAACAAAGCUCGUCCCCUGCAGAAAGGUCUCGUUAGCAUUUUAUGACUUCCAUCUAAUUAAAGCUUAAUGAUCAUUCAGUCGUUAAACAGCCAUUAAACACCUGAGGGUGAAAUGUUCACCUUACACACUCAGACUAUACUUGUUCCGUGAGUUAUGAGGGCAAAGAAAAGGUAAACGCUCAGCUGCAGGUGUUUGAGUUUGACUCACCUGAACCAACAGACCUGCAGCUCUGAUGCUCUUGAUCCAGUUGGAGGAAGGAGGAGAUAUUACAGAGGGUGGAUGAUGAUGCAGCAGCGCCCGCACACUUGCUCAGGAUGUUUAUCUAAAAAGAAAAAGAAAUCAGAGGAGAAAACAUCCGGAGUGAAGCUAUUUUAUUUCAGUCAGAGUGUUUUUUUAUUUUUUCCUUCUUUCAUGGCCAAAAUCAUCACCGAGCACACUCACGAUUCAUGCUACAACAAUCCCGACGCCCUCCUCCCAUUCACCGAUAAAUCAGGGCUUGGCUACACUUGCUUACAGUGCACACCCUGGCAGUUGCUUGCAGAGUAGGUCAUGCCUCCUCUUGAGUUUAUUUUGCUCUGCAUGUGAACACAAAGAGAGGCUGCAGCACCUAAAAUCUGGAUAUAACAAGACUGGUAAUCACUACAGGUUGUGCACAGUUUCUCAUGGAGCCACAAAGCCUUAAAAGUGAAGUUUUAGCAAGAUAACUCACUUAUGUGAAAAGAUAAUGUGUUUGCAAAGGAAAAUAAUCUUGUUUGCACGAGAUAUAAACUUAUUCCUACAAGAUAAUCAAUUCGAUCUUCUUAGGGUUGAUCUUCUGCAGACUUGAAUAUCCAGCAGCGUGUUUCAUGUCUCUGUCGAGCAGCUUUUUGGGUGAUCAUGCUGUUGGGAGGUUGUUUGCCACGUUUCCUCAGGUGUAAACAUCCACACCUGGUCGGAUUUGAUUUGGCAUCAACAAAUCUAACUGCGUUCGGGUGUUUUUUUUUUUUGUCCUCCAAGAAAUACUCCAAAUAUUUACAGAGAAGUUUCGAACUCAGAACAGGAUGCAAAGGUGCAGCAGGAGUUGUGUUUCCCUGAGUGUUUGGAUAUUUUUCAGGAAAUCUGGACUCUGGAGUUUUUCCUAAAAAGUGCAGCCUCACCCUCAGUCUUCCUCCUCUCCUCUAAAGCAGUUUUUUAUUUGUUCUCUGGUCCAAACAUCCAGCAGACGCUGGAUAUUUUGGUGUUGUGGGGAUGGAGCCCGUGUUAAUCUGUGAUGAGCUGUCAGGUCGACGCCUCCGUUCGUCUAAUCCUGCCGUCCCUCUCAGAUCUGAUCUCAUCCGCAGAUCUGCAGAAAGGCUCCAGGCAGCACUGCUUUAAUGCUGAUAAUGCCUUCCAGUUUGUGUGGAAUAUAAUCUGUGGAAAUCCCUUUAAUCAAAGCGGCAGUGACACAAACAUUGGCUGGGUAAAGACUUAAUACGACUAAAUGCUACAGAGAAACUCCCACUGCUUUUUCUGCAGCUGAAUUUAACCUCUGACUGAACCAGCAGCAACAAAACACACUUCAUUUCUGCUUCUAAACACAAGCUGUAACAUCAGGGUGUUUGUCUUCAGAGUCUCCAGCUUCACUUUUCUCACCGAACCGGCUGCUGAACACAAUGAUAGUAUUUACAUAUCAGAAAGAAUUAAUAAAGCUUCCUGUACGGCACACCUCCUGAAGAGUUUGGGAAUAAUUAUAGUUGCCUCCAGCGUAUUUAAAUGUAAAAUUAAUCUGCUACAGAGCGACAAAGUCACAGCUGAAAUACUAAGAGUAUCUGUUAUGUAACUGUUGAAUAAAUGCCAAUAAUAUCAAGGAUUGUUCUCAUAUAUAUUCAGCCCCAAAUCUUCCCUGAUUAUGCAUUAAAAUUGGCUUUCCAGCAGAGGAGAAGUAGUUCAACUACAUGAAAUGAAAGGCCUCACCUUUAGUUUCUCCCUUACAUAGAAAAAAUCAGAGGACAGACGGUAAAAGGUGAUGGUACCUUUAGAUUAAACAGAAUGAAGUUAAGAGAAAUUUACUCCACACUGACUUAGGGCUGGGCGAUAAACCAAAAUUUUAUUGAUAACGAAAUUUACAACAAUAGCCAACGUCAUUUUGCCCAUAUUGGUAUAUUCCAUGUCAAAAAGUAAAUAAAUAAAAGUUGGUUUUGGAUGUGUGUAGGUAGGCCAUGGUCUCGUGUCCCUUUAAGACGCUGUCCUACAUCAGAGACAUGACUCCACCCCAUCCAGUCUGUAACAAAUAGGGAAAGACGUGUGAGGAGAUGGAGGACGGUUCAAAAGUUGUAGCGGCUGAAGUAGAAGAAGUUAAUGUGGGAGGGGGUGAGCAGAUUGUGGAGUAGUUAUAAUCCAUUUAUGGUUAUCAAGGGGAACAUCUCAAUUUAUCAUGAUAUUGAUUUGAGGCCAUAUCUCCUAGCCCUAAUUUGGAGUAUAAAUAUCUUCCUAAUUCAACAGACUAAACCUCUUUUUUAAUGUUUAAAAUGUUUACCAUCUCAAAGGGUCAGAUCGUCCUGUUACAGCACACAGUCUAUGACUCCACAUGCUGUGAACAACCCGGUUUUAUGAGGGCCAAUGUCAGUAAAUCAGAUCUUGUGCAAAUUUGGAUUUAGAGAAGAAAGUCUGUGACUGACUGCUCGAAGAAAUAAAAUAUAAAGAAAUAGAAUUAGUGGAGUAGUAACUGUCCAUUUAUCGUUAUCGAGGUGAACUGCUCAAUAUAUCAUGAUAUUGAUUUGAGGCCAGAUCGUCCAGCCCUAAAACUGACUUACAGAGGGAACAGUGAGGGCUCUGUUGACUGUGCUUGAUUUUUAGAUGGACGUAAAUGUCAUAGAAACUUUCAAAACAAAAGCUUUUAUAGUAAAAUAUAACAACCCAAACUCUCAGAGAUCAGGAUGGUUUAUUUGUGAUUGAUACCACUGACUAGAGUUUAGAAAUGAGGGCAUGUUGGUGAAGUCCUUAGGCUGAAAUAAACUGCACUUUCACCACAGGCGAGUCUUGACAGUGAACAUUUUCAGGCUGGUUUUUGGACUAAAAGUGGAGAGGAAGCUGAAACUCUCACAACUCUUCCUCAGAGGACUUCAAAUGUCAUUUUUUUACUGAAAUCUGGACAGAAGCUGCGUUUAUAUUCUGCCCCAGAUUUAUGUUUUUGACCCAGCAGCCUCUUCUGUUUGUCGUUGUGUUUAGUAAGUCAUGUUUUAGUCACAUAUUGUCAAACCGCGGUGUCAUAUCGAGCAGUCUUGGCGCUCCGUUGGCGCUCUGGCUUCACGCCGUCGUCCCCGGCAGCAGCGGAGGUGAAGAUAUGGAGUCACCUCCUCAGAGGAGCGCCGGCUCUUUGAAGUGGAGCCUGUUUUCUCUCCUUCAGUCAUGGAGGAUCCUCUGGGGACGCUCUCACAGACCCCCCCCCUUCACUGUCAGACUCCCAGAUCAGCUUCAAAGUUUGGGACAUUCGUGCCUCCAAAGUCUCCCAGCUUUGAAGUGAGGACAGUUUGGGCACAAAGGUGCAGUCAUGGAUCUGUAAAACACAGUCACGCUGCUAAUUCAGCUCUGAUAUCAGGUUUGUUAUGAAGGCGUGGUGCUGGAAGGUUGGCUGGGAGGUGAACUGAUGAUGACUCUUUCCUCGUGAAUGACUAACGCUUUGACUGUUAAUUCUGCAGUUUGAGAAAAGGUCUAAGGCUUAUUUUGUUUUAUUACUAUUAUUAUCUAAGGCUUAUUUUGCAUUGAAUUUGAUAGUCUGAGUGGGAGUCUGAGAUUGUUUUCAUUGUUUUCAUGACGAUAAAUGUCCAAAAGUGGCAGAAAGGGCUCUACACAGUUGUAAUUUCUGCGUCUGCUUGGUGAAAACAUUUGUUUCUUUAAGCUCUUUGUUACACCAGAGAAGUUUUUUUUCAAUCUGGAUGACCCAGAAACAGACCUAGCUACCGAGGCGUCGCUGGUUAGCUCCUUCACGCUUAAACGAAGCCAAGAAUUUGGUGUUCAGUUGCCACCAUGUUUGUUUUGAAAGGUUUUUUAGAGAGGUAUAAAUCCAGUUUGUAAAGUAGAGACCCAGACUAUAUUUGUACCAAACUGUAAAUGUGUUUAUUUUUACUGUAAAGUUACAUGAUUUUUUAAUAUAGGCUUUAUGGGGGAUUGACUCUUUUGGAUACAGCCUCUAGUGGACUUUUGGGGAACUGCAGGUUCUUUUUUGGGCUUCAAUUUGCAGUGUUAGAGUUUGACCCUUGAUUCGACUGCAUUAAUGAUUAUUUUACUAUUACACAAAAUUAUCAUUUCUGUCUGAAAAGGCCUGAACUCUGAACAUUCAUUAGAUUUUUACUCAUUUGGGAGUUUUUUUUACUGUUUCAUAAACAUAUUUCCACCAAAAAACUCUUUACCUAAAUAGUGUUGUAUAUAUUUUUUGUACCAGGUUGUGAACAUGCUUAUUUCAGUUUUAACAUGGGGACUGUAUGGACAACUUGGUUCCGCCUUCUGCCAGUAUACGGAUUUGAAGCCACAAAACUCGGUAAUUCCGUUUUUUUUUCUCCAUUUCCUGAAACCAAAGUUGCGCAGUAGCGUUGUACGCAUUCGACGGGAGAGUCACAGAGAGUCGCUGUAAUGACGCUCGGCUCAAACAGCGUCUCCCCCGAGUGAGCUACACAAUCUUCAUACGCCCAUAGGCUGUAUCAAGUGUCAGUCAUAGAAAACACGAACCCCCUAAUAACUUUUAAAAACAGAGCUGUACAGAAAAAAGAGGAAAAGAGCACAAACCAGUCGUACAAUAACUACAUGUCAACAUCGCAAGCAGGGGGGAGAAAAAUGUUAGGACACAGCCUCUAGUGGACGCUAGAGGAACCUCAGUUUUGCACUGAGCUCUUUUCUUCCAGUUGUUCCAGUUUGAUGCGAGAACAAACUACAUUUAACGCUUAGAUGGUCGAUUUCUCCUCUCUCUUCUCCCUCGUCUGCACCUUGUGUAUGUAAAACUUGUAAAAGUGACACAUUUUCACACAUUUUUUGACACGCUCGGACCUCGCUGCGCGUUAUGUAACAGCAUGGGGGAGCACAGGAGGACAGAGUGAGUCCGAAACCUCUGAGGCCUCUUUUUUGAGAUCCAGGACAACAAAACAUUUACCUGGAAAUAUGAAAAUAUCUGAAAUCCAGGCUGGUAUCUGGAGUAUCUCUCUCUGUAGAUUUGGAUAAAGUUAUGGGAAAAUGAGAAGAGUUCAUUCUGAUUUCAUCCUUCAUUUCUGUGCAGCUAUUUUCAGCUGAGUGUGGAGGACUGAAGGCCCGGUUGUGUUUCAGAUAAUGAAAACACACCAUCCAGCGGUGAGCGGCUCCUUUCAUCCUCCCCGUGUUAGCUCGUUAUUGCUCCAGCGCUCCGUUAAGACAUUAAGUCGAGAAGUGAGAGCGCUGAGAAAAAAAAAAAGAGAGAGAGAGAGAGAUGUGUCUGUGUGAGUCACUCACCUAAAAAUAUCAGCCAUAUUCCUCCAGUUCUCUCUGCCGGGUCGCUCUGACCCGUGAGUCACAGCUUCACAUGGAAAGGUUCAGCAGCAGCCGGCGUUCAGAGGAAACCUGGUGAUCUGACCGCAGGAGAGGAUGUUCAUCAGGGAGAGAGGAGAGCAGACUGGGGGCAGGCGACAGACUCGACAGGACAAGACAGGUGGAGAGAGGACUGAAAAAGACUGGAAAAGACCGGAGAGGGUUCAGAACAACAAACACGGAGCCGGGACAGUGAAAGCAACUUCACGGGCCCAGAAACAAAAUGGCUGUUUCCUGUCAGCUCUGAUCUUGUUGUUGAUACUCUUUUGUAAAGAAGAGUGACGCUGAGGGCUUUUGAAUCUUGUGCACAAGACAAGAAUGUUCAAACACUAAAUUUUACGCCCAUAUUUUUGCUGUCUAUCUUACAAUUCCUGGUGCAAACAAGAUAUUAAAACCUCUAUUUGCACUCAAAACACAUGACUUAAUUUUUUAAGGAAGUAUCUUGAAGGCAACAUGUUACAACCUUUCAGGGCUAGUUAAAAUUCUCACAAAUCUUGAGCAAUAUCUCGCCAAAAGUCAUGUUCUGGAAACUGAUUUGACUUCUUUCAGACAAGAUACAUUGGGGCAUCUUUACCAGCUGUGAAAUAUCUUGCUUGCAAAUUUAGCUGAAUUUGACGGAUUUAAUUUGCAGAAUGAACACAGAUGUGUUUUUAGCAUGAUAUUAUUUGGUUUAACAAAUUAUCUAGAUUUGCAUGAUGUUUUUUUCCUUUAAUCUUGUCUAAACAAGAUUUAAAAACGAAUAUACUGUGAAAAGUUGAGGCGGGUGAGCCAAAACUUUGGCACCCUAAAUGCUAACCGGUCAAGAUGCAGACUAAACAUCCUGUAUAAAACACACAACAUACUUAUCUUGUCUUUACAAGAUCUUGGUCAAAUAUCUUGGGGGCAUUUUUCAAUUUUUCAUGCUAAUCUAUUAGCAGUAGUUUGUGCGCAAAGAUGGUUCUUGGCAUUACAAGAUAUUUAAACUCGUAUCUUGCUCUAACAAGAUAGUGAAUAGUUGGUAGAAGGCAGAAUAAUCAUGUUAAAUAUGUCAAACAGGCCAAAACAGGAGAAUGUUUGCAGGAUUACACAUGUGAUCAGAUAUCUGACACAGUCUAUCUUGUCCCUCUUCCAGACUGGUUGAGUUUGUUACCUAAAGACUGCUGAGGUUCAAUCCCCAGCUCUGAUCAUUUAUUCAUACUUUUGGCCUCAGACCAGCAGAGGAACACGGCUGAUAAAUCAAAUCACAGUGCAGUGACAUCCACAUGAGUCAUUUGUUUAGUUUGUUUUCUCUGAUUUCGGCCUGAUUUGGCACUCGAGCUGCAGCUUAAAGAGGCAGGAGCUGGUUAAUGAAAGUCUGAGUGCUGUUUUUUUGAUAGAGACGUACAUGUUUCACCGUUUUAUUCUGCAGUUUGAGCUCUCAUUGUCGUCUCCAGUUGGUUGGAUUCGUCUCAGGUAGUGUUCAGGAGUUCAUGCUGUUAAAUAAGAUGCUUUUGGAAACAGCACCCGCAGUCAGUGACACAUUUCCACUCUGUGUCUCUGGUUUCUUAUCGUUAGCGAGCAGCAGUAUCUCUGUUUCCAGCCUCGACACUGAUUUGUUGUUUUCCUCGCCGCGUUCGGCCUCUUUUCUCUCUGCUGCAGCCAGAAGAUGGCAUGGUUCGUAUGCAGUCUCCUCUCACACUCCACAUCACGGCUGCCACGCUAUUAUUAGCUCUGCCAUACUUUAAAAUGUGUGUGUGUGUGUGUGUGUGUGUGUGUAAAUAAACCGCUGCUGCACAAGCUGGGCCUCGCUUUGGAAAAACAGCACAAAUGCAAACAUGCAGCACGAAAGCAACAUGACAGUUUAUUGCCUUGUAAGUGGCUGAUGAUUGUGAUCCAAACUGAAAAGGGAUUUCCUGGUUUAAGCUCAGAUUUAGGCCUGCGAAUGCGUCACCUUCCCUCUGCCAAGACGAUUUUUUUUUUUUGACACAUUUCCUUGCCUGCAGGGCGCUGUCGACAAACACUCAGGUUUUUUUAUCGCUCUCUGGUCUUUAGGACGGCAGCGCCAACUGCAAUUUUUGCAAAGGCAAUGACACGCUGUGGCUGGAUAAAGAGCUACAUGUGAGGAAUUCGAAGCAGGGAGGAGAGAGGCCUGAAUGGAAAUGUGUUUCAUUGGGCCUUCAGAGGAGAGAAUAUGUUUGCUUAAUCACGUCUCACUCAGAAAACCUGCAGCCAAGUUGCCUGGUAACUAAAGUGCAGUGGAAAUCUUUGACUGGGAAUGAUAAUGUAACAAAAGCAGCCAGAGAGAGUCUUUGAAUAUCCAAAUUCAAGGCCUUAAAAUGUCCUUGAAUGCUGUUCCCUGCAGGUUUUCUGUUUGAUCUGUUUAUAUAUUGAAAUCAGACCUUAAAGUCACACUCCACUCUUUGGUGAAUUUCUAAUUUUAGCGCAGAGAAAUGCUAAUUUUUUAAUUCAAGUCCCCCAAAAGUGUUUUAAUUAAUCUACAUGCAGCAUUUAGACUGAGUUAACAGCGCCUUAGUCCUUUUCAGUGUGUUUUAAGGAUUCUCAGAAACAUUUGCAUGUUACAAUCAAACUUAAACUUCAUGCGUCACUUUCUGUGAAUGAUGUGAAAUCAAAAACAGGAUUCACUUUAAUGCUUUAAAACGUCCUUGGUAUGCAGUGUUUGAACUUUUUUGUUUUCAGAUCAUUCACUUUUCUAUUUGUUUAUUUCUAACCCAGAUAAAGCUGAAGCAUCGCUCUCUUAAAAAUCACCAGUCUCCAUUUAAAAAACAAAACAAUACCGGGGAGAUAAUCUUGCAGGACACAGGAGUUGUUGUUCUACCUCUGCUGGGAUUUGUUUGUUUGCUUGUGUUUUUGUGUGUUACAAGAAUGUAAAGUUGCAUCUUAACUGUUAAUGCAGCGUAACACAAAUAAAGUUGCUGAUAAAUGCAGAAAUACACAAACAAAUCCUGUUGGUAUAGUACGAAACAUGCAUGCAAAAAAUGCUGCAUUCAAGGACAUUUCAAGGCCUUGAACUCCACCAACUUCUGGUUUUAAUCAGUAUUUUUGAAGUGGGGCUGUUUGAGUUGCAUGUCACUCUGAAGUGUUUUGGCUCGGGAUGUCCUGAUACGAUAUUGGAUAUUGGUGCGAUAUCAGCAAAAACUGAAUAUCAAGUUAUAUCGGCCUGCAUCUAAAACCUCAGAUAUUUUUUGUUCAAGUCUGAAAAAGCCUUUACCAAUAUCGGCCAAUACUGAAGGCUACAAUAUCGGUAUUGUAUAGGAAGUAAAAAAGUUGUAUCGGGACACCCCUGGUCUUGGCCACAAUGUGGGCCGGUCAGCUGGUAGAGCAAGCAUGCAAACUAGGCUACAGUUUCUUACAGACUCGAUGAAAUCUGCUUCAUAAUAUACAGAACUUAAAAACUCCGAUCCAAGUUAACUUCUCAGUCUAAGUGCACACUGUACAGAAAGAUAUUUCAGUACCUUGCUAUCUACAGUUACCAUUAAAAUAACAUACUAUGUAAAAAAAAGAGCCCAUUUUUAGCCCUCUGGAACCCUUUAGAAGAAUAUUCUGUGGGUUAAAAGUGGCUAAAGAAAGCAUUAGAAUCUGAAAAAAGCGGGUUGUAAACAUGUUUAAAUAUGGAGGAGUUUACUACCUCCAAGGCCUGUUUUUUAAUGCUUUUUUCACCCAUUUCCAUUCAGAGUUGAGAAUUUAACCUUGAGAUGCAUAUCACCAGUUGUGAAACCUUGAAAAAAAUGGAAUAAAUAACUCAGAAUAUAUACGGGAUUCCUAAAGCAAGGGCAGGAUGUGAAUAACUAACUAUUCUGAUGCUGACUUCUUGCCUUAAAUCUCUGCAUUUUAACCGUCCUUUAUUUGCAUUUUUGCAUCUAUUUACAUACAGAAGUCAAAGUUAAUGUGAUCCACAGGUCGCUGCAAACCCACAGCAGGUCUGCAUAAAGUCAGCCCAGUAAUUUAGAGCUUCUACAGCUGAAUACAAUGGAUUUUUUUUAAUGUUAUGCAUUGUAUUUGUACAACCUAAAAUAAAGAAUGAAGAAGGCUCUUAAUUGGGAUUUAAACAGCAGACAAAUAAAUGCUAAUUGGCUGAGUUUGUUGGUGGGUUAGAGCCUCCAAGGCAGGAGUUCAGGGUGAUAAAUGUGAAGAUUUCUUGAGGUUUCUAUUCAGUUAAAGGGCUCUUGAGUUUAACCUUGAAAUGAAGGCUGACGUGUGGUUAGAUGUGCUCCUGAAGGAUGCCGGCUCUGCUCAAGAAUGAAAAAUAACCGCUGUGAUUUAUUUAUCUCUUUGUGAGGCGAGUGACGUCUCUUCCUCGGAGACAAACUGACGGUAGAAAGAACCAAAAGUUGACCGAAAACAAGCUCCUGGGUAAUUUGUGAGAGGGUUUGGUUUGGUGGGUCAGCGGUUUGGGGUUAAAUUUAGCCGUUGAAGGAGGUCCGUCCUUGUGCUGCCAGUCAGGCGCUAACAAAGAGCACUGAGUAAUAAAUGGGACUUUAAUUUGUUUUUCUCCGACAAGGUCGCUGUGAGUGAUGGGUGAAAGGCGGCGAUGGGAUGAAGUGUUGGAGUGAAGAGGAGGGGGGGAAACGUGGGGAGGGGGUGGUAAAAGCUUCAAUUUACAUGGAUGUGUUUGUAUAAGCUCAAACAGCAGAAUCUACAAGGUGCUUCUGCACACGAGAGUCUUUCCUAAUGUUUUUUUGAAAGCACAGAAAUGCUUCAAAUCAUAAGGAAGAGAGGAUUGAUGGUGAGGUGGUAGACAAGAGGGAGCUGUAAGUGAGAUGUUUGCUGUCUCCAUGGCAACAGGCUGACAUGGAUUAUGGGUUCUGUAGUAUUAAGAGCAAUCUGACAAACCAAACCUCAGCGAAAAGAGCAGGAUUUUGCAGAAAUGCAGUUUUUAUGACUUUUUGUGGACUUGGGGAGCUUUUCAAAACUAGUUAUUUGAGUUCCUUUGGUCACUUUUGGAUACCCAGACUAUGCUCUUGUCUUGAUUUGAUUUUGCCUAGUAGUUCCCCAUGGCUCAAAAAUAUGUACAUGUGAAAGCUGUGACAUUUAAUGAUAUAUUAGACAAUUGAUUCCUGAUAAAGGUGAAUUGGCUAAAUGCUGUAAUAUCAGUAAACCGUUAAGAGGGAGUUUUGGCGCAGUGGGCAAGUGGAAGGAAAAGAAACUCAGCAGAUGGAAGCAAGAAGAGCUCUUAAACCUCCUGGUAGAUGACUGUGUUGACUUUGGACUUGAUAAAAUACACCAUAUGUUCACAUGUUCUUCAUAAAAUUGAUUUACUGCGCAAGUUCAACUGAAAUGGAACUGAUGUACCUAGAUAAUAGGCUUGGGAAUCUUUUUUGUCUUGCAUUUAAAACGGUUAACUCAGGCUCAAACUGGCCGAAGAGUUCUGGGCAUGCUCAGUAGUUUUUGACCAGGAUAAUAUCCGACUGUUUUGAGAGUUUCUUAUUCUGCAUCAUUCAGGUGAUCAGAGAAAGUGGAUUUAAGUGGUUUAAGGAAUUAUGAUGUUGGAUAUGCUAAAAGUGAAGCAUAAGAAUGUUAAUUAAAAGAGGCCCGAGUAUUGAACCCUGAGGAACCCCAUUUCAAAAGGAGUACAAGUGUUGCUGGGUCUGGGACAGUACUCUGGUUAAAGCUGCAUUCCAGUUGUACUCAGAAGUCAGAAUUUUCAAGCUCUGAGUCGGAAAUUCAAUUGUAACGCCUCCCACAAUCGGAAAGUCGGACGAUGCUCACUAACUCUGACUUGACGACAACAUCAUAAUCAAGGUGGCAGCGCAGCACGUCAACAGUAAAGAGUAACAGUGAAAGCUCUCGUAAUGUUUUUAUUAAUUAGCACUUCUGUUUUGUUUUAUAAUUAAAUAAGUGGUAUAUGUUUUACUGCCCAACUUUUAACUGUGAACACGGUGCUAUGGUGUUUGUAAGAGUAAAAUACUGUGUUAGGCGUUGUUUACAACUGGUAUAGCUAACAACAACUGACAAUUGUAAACAACAGCUAACAACGGCUAACUGUAGGCGUCCAUCUUGGUUUUCCGACUUGUUAACUGGAAUGCAGUCAACUCAGGUGUCAUUCCCAGCUCCAACUUCUUAAGUAACUGGAAUGCAGCAUAAGUCUGAUUAUUUAAGAGUUUAUUAAUUUCUUUACAUCUGCUGAGGUCUAUUCUGUAUUUCCAGCUCUUUCUUAUCUCACUCUGAGGACACUCCAGCUUUCUCCAAACACCGAUAAGCACUUGUUGUCCGUGUUUCAGCCUGAGAGGCAUGUAAAACCUUUCCGCAGCCUUUCUGUGUGACCGGUUGGUUGUGCUGCGAGCCCUCUGCCCUCCGACCUACACUGUGUUUACAUGUAGCUUGUCAGGUAACCAGCUGCUCUGCUAGCACGCCCGUGGAAACCCAAAUGCUGCUGCAGAGUCAGGUUCGAAUCACGGUGAAGAAGAAGAAAAAUGACUUCUCUGUGCGGUUGUGAGUUUUAUUUCACCGCCUGACGUUUCAGCUACCUCUGUAAAUGUGUUCAAAUUAAUUUCCCAUUAUUGCAUGCUUAUCGGAGGCCGCAGAGACGUAAACAAAGAUGCGGACAAAAGCAAUUAAAAAUAAAUGGGGUUUGGACAGAGGAGUCUAAGAGGUAGAGAUAAAGGCAGAAACUGAGGCGCUGCCACUGCCGAGCUUUUAUUUUGUAGUUUUUCUCAAACUGUUGUGGACUUUUUCGGUUCCCUGUCCUGCGGCGUCAUCACGCUAAACGGCCAAAUUAACCCAAUUAUUCGGAGCGAGCUGAAGUGGCGCUGCUGCCUGCAGGCGCUGAGUUCUUUCUGUACGUCCAUAUCGUCUCCACAGCUCCCAGCUAUAAGUGUGUGAGUGUGUUUCUGUGUGUGUGUGUGUGUGUGUGUGUGUGUACAGCAGACAUUAUUCAUCGGUCAGCUGAAUCCGUGCCUGCAGAGGAGGAGUGAUUACUGCGCGGCUUUGCUUAAUGAAAAAUAAUGACUCGCUCUCCGCUGAGUUUUUGUGUGUGUCCGUGACGUUUAACUCGACUGUACCUGAGCUCGGUGUCAGGAGGAGACUUCAGAACAGAAAAACCUCGGCACAGUUUGUUCAGGCUUCACAACAAUAGUUCUUAAAUGAAGGCCGGUUUCCACAGCAACAUGCCAAAUAUAACAAGGCUGCUGCUCACGUAAAACAAAGACACACUCUCUCACAGAUGCAGACAGACUGCAGGCCUUAAGUCAGCCUCUCUUUUUCUACCGACUCGUAACACCAGCAGAUCUGAUGCUUCAACAAACUGACUUUACGGCCUCCAAACAAACAAUAGCGUGGGUUUUAUUUUGUCACACACAUCCAGGUAACCUCUGGUAUUUGACUCCACCCACCAGCUCAUGAUGGCUAUGAAUCAGAGACCAAAACUGGACAUCUGAUGCUCCAAAAACUUAAUUUUAACCAAUUUUCUACCAACUAAAACACAGUUAAACACAUUCUCUGUCAUUGGAUUCAUUCUGUCACUUUUGCAGCUCCUUUUGUAUGAACAAUACGACAGCUUAGUCUUCUUUAACGCCCUGUCUUCCUCUGUUGAGGUCAUGUCAAAGCCUGACGUGCUUUAUGAAAUCAGUUUAGCUGUUUUAUGUUCAAGGUACAACUGUGAACUUGUGCCGGAGUUUGCAAUGACUUUUGACACCAAGUUGUAAAAUAUAUCUGCACUUGUUCUUUUAAACUUUUUUGAAUGUUGUUUACAGACUUAAAUAUAUAUCGCUAAGUUAAAUCUACAAAAACUGAGUAUGACAAUUCCAGACAAUCUAUCUUUGCUUUGCAUGGUACCCGGAGGUUGAACCAGUAGCAUCACAACCAAGCCAAAUUUUCUACUCUCAGUAACAGUAACACCGACCCUGUUAUUUGGCGUUUUUCAAAGCUAUGUUACAAAGUGCUCGUGUCUUUUAACGGACUUAAAAUUGCUAAAAAAUUGGAUUACAGUUUUCUGGCACCACUUAACGCAUAUUUUGACUCUGUUCAAACAGAUUUAUGUUCUCCAGAGGAUGAACCAUUUAAACAACCUUCAAAUUUGGAUGCCAGAAAGAAUCAGAGUUAUUACCAAUCCUAACAAAUAUGAAUGUUAUUAAUCACCGAAUAUGGUAUCCCCAGAGGAUGAACCAUGUUCUUCUUUCAAGAUAUCUCCAAUUCCUGAUGCCUCACUGGGAUAUGCUAAGUUUCUUUUGUAGUACACUUUAAUGUUCUCCAGAGGAUGAACCAUGUCUACAAACCAUGUUAGCAAUCCUCAAAUAUGGAUGCCAGAAAGAAUUGAAAAGCUUCUAGAGAAGUUAUCACCAAUUCUAACAAAUCUGAGUGUUAUUUUUCACUUUAUAUGAUAUCCCCAGAGGUUAGACCGUGUUCUUCUUCAAGAUAUCUUCAAUUCCUGAUGCCCUAGAAUGAACUAACUAAUGAACUGCGAUGAAAUGAAAUUAAAGUCUCUUUUGUAGAAAAGAUGGAUUAAAUUUCACACUCAUGUUCCUUAGAGGAUGAACCAUUUUCACCGUUCACUGUGAUUCUCAAACUUGGACACCAAAAAGGACCUUAUAGGAGAAUAAAUUCUGACCAAGCUGAAUGUUAGAAUUCACUGAAUGCAUUUGCCAUCCCCUGAGGUUUAACCUUGUUCUUGAAUCAAGAUAUCAUCAGUUCCUGAUGCCCUACAGAAAUGAACGAAGUCUCUUUGUAGUACACAUUCAUGUUCUCCAGAGGAUGAACCAUUUUCAUCAUCCACAGUGAUUCUCAGACAUGGACGCCAAAAAGGACCUUUUAUAGGAGAGUAAAUUCUGACGAACUUCAAUGUUAAAAUUCCCUGAAUAUAUUUGCUAUCCCCAGAGGAUAAACCAUGUUACUCUUUCAGAACGCCCUCACAUACUGACGCCAAACUGGAGUGAUCUAAUUCUUUAUUUAGAAGUGGUGGUUUAUUCAGAGGUUUCUAAGAAGUGAAGCGCUCUCCCUCACUUGAAAGCACAAAGCAGCAGAGAUACUCAUAAAGACUCAAAUAAGUGUUUGCCAGUUCAGAAUGACUUCAGGCCUUAUAAAAGUAAUUUAAAACAGAUCAUGCACAGACUAAACUCAGUGAUAUGUGACUGAGUAAUAACCAUAUUCAGAGAUGUUUAUUUCCUGGUCAGCAGGGUUUCCAUCCUCAGUAUGUCGUACAUUUCAGCGCAGUAAUGAAUUCAGUGUCCUCACUCCAACGACUUCCUCCUCGCACGUGCAGCAGCAGAGACAAAAGACAAUUUCAUUUACCUGCAUCUAAUGAAAAGGCAAUUUGUCGUGUGAUAGGAUGGAGAUGGAGUGAGUUGAUGACGCGCAGACACUCGCUCGCUCGCUCGCUCGCUCGCUCGUCCUGCCUGCAGCUUCUGAGCUGAAAUGAAUGACACUGUGUCGUCUGCAGCUCCCAGAGGCGAACUGAGAGGCCGCACGGCAUCUGCAGCUCAACAGACUCAAUCAUCCUCUGCACACUGACCUGUCAGGGAACAGAUAACAGGACUCACACUUGAUAUGAGCCCGCAGUGAUCAGGUUUUGAUGCAAGAUCGUGGAAAGUAGAGGCUGAAUCAGGCAUUUAUACUCUUCACCUGUUUCCUACAAACUGUUUCUGAGAGUGAAAUACAAGCAGAACUCAAAAUCUCUUCAGACUAGGGAUUUUAGCAAAAAUGAACAUUUUCAGACUGGUUUUGUUCAUUUGAAACCUAGAAUUAGUGAUUUAGUUUGUUAUAUUUUUAGGCAGAAAAGUUUUGUUUUUUCGUUCACUGUGCUGUCUGUGGAUCUCGAGAGGCAUAUUUGAGUGUCAUCUGCAUAAACGCGGAGCUUGAUUUUGCUGUUUGGUUGAUUUUUAUCCUAAAUGAAGAAGGAAAAUAUCAAGCAAUAGUGGGCCAAGGAUUGAGCCUUGGGGAACACCCAAAGUUUGCAUUUAGUUGAAAAUCGUAACUUUGACACGUUCGUUUUAAAACUUUUAAAACAGUUUGAACAUUUUUUUGAUUUUCCCACGAAUACUGCUAAAACAGUCAAUUAUUUACAGAUCCAUCCCAUUUUCAAAUAAAAGCAGCGUACACUAUUUACCCUCUUUAAAAGCCUCAUUGAAAAACAGGACAUGAAUUUUUUUUACUUGGCUGCUGUUUGAAAGUCCUGCUUGGUUAAAAACCAACACUGCUGCUGAGAAAAAUGUUUCUCCCCUCCAAAAUUUGGGAGAACAGCUGCUAAAUUGAGCUUCCAGGAGCUUCGUUUAAUUAACAUGUAGAAACAGUAUCCACAGGCGUCCUGAAUGAUGCUCCAACAGUCAUUUUCGCUGUAACUAAGUGGCUUCUUCUCCUGCUGGAACUGUGAAUAUGUGAGAGCCACACCUCUAAUUGAACACUGGCAUGUCGGAGCAUGUUUCAGCCUCACGCUGCCGUCAGCUGCUGUCACACCGGGGACCAGGCCUCCUUUUUAUCCAGACCUCCUCACACCUCAUCCCACUCCUACACUCACCAGACAGCUCCCUCCACUCCCCUGUGAUUUUACAACCGACAGCCAGUGUCCAGAUGUCAGGAACAAGUGUCUGAUGGCUGGUAAACAUACAAUUGCAGACAACCCGAGGGGGAAUAUUUUUCUUAAUGCACCAAAACAAACAUUUUCGGACCAGAAAUUUGUUCUCUCCUAACAGCGGCAAAACAUCUGAACUGUUACUAGAACUAUUGAAUUUAAUUUGCUGUAGAUUGUUAAAAGUUAAGAGGGGAGAAGAACUCGAAUUUACCUACUUCUGUCUCAUUUUGAGGCGAAGAUUUCCACUUGACACAAUAGUUGAAAACAUUUAUUUGUUUUUCGUGCCAUCUGCUGUUUACUUUCACAGUCCCCAGAGGAUAAUUUUAGAAACACAACCUUCCUGUAGAACUACCAUGAGGUAAAAAGUCCUCUCUUUUUCAAUUGUAGUCCAGAAAGAAGUGUCAUCAAAACUUACACUGAUUGUCGAUAUUCAUUGUCCCAAGAUGAUACAUAUCCAAUGUUAAGUGACAUAUUUACAUUCUUUGAGCACUGAAAUUGAGCGACUACAUCCAGGUAUAAUUUCAACACAAAUUAGUUGUGAUUCUUGAAAUUUUCUGGGGAUUUUCGUGUUCCCAGAGUUUUAAUCUCACCAAUUUUUAUUCUUCUUUACCGUGACAGCAUUUCUCUGAGCAGACAUGAACAUCUUGAGAAUUUAGAGACUAAUUUUCCUUCAAAUGAAGCCCAGGACAGUCACUCCCUAGAGGAUAGUCCUUAAAAAAGCCAGAACCAAAUUUUAAAAACUAACCACUUAAUAGAUUUAGAAAUGUUGGUAAAAUAGGCGCUUGGUUCUAACUAAACAUGUUGAAGGUUUUCAUGGUCUCCAAAGGAUGAACCUUAAUGAUUUCCCUUUAGCAGCAUAGAGGUUUUUUACUCUCUCUACUUCUCUUCACACUGACCAAAAUAUAAAACUGCUCUGCAUUUGAUUUGAGACUGUCAAACUCUCCAGAGGAUGAACCAUCAUGAUUUAUUAGGAGAUUUUUUCUGUUUUUGACCUUUUGAGACAUCAAUUUGAUGUUUCCUUUAACAUGAAUCUGAACUGGCUCAUUCAUAGCACCCAGAGGAAUAACCCCGUACACUUGUUGGCCUACCAAAGUUGGCCUACACAUGUAUGGUCUCCAGGGGAUGCAUCUAAAGACAAACUUUUUCUCUGACACACACAUUUUUUACUUUUUUUUUUUUUUUAAAACACAAAAAUCAUUAAAAAAAAAAAUCCUAUUUUAUAGCUGCACACUUGAUUUUAGGCUUUCAGAUUCCCCAGAAGAUAUAUCUCACUGAUUAUUUCUCUGAAAAGAGUCAGAAUCAAACCAACAUUUUCACCUUGUUUUUUCUAAUAACAAUUUUAGUGUGGUUUAACAACUCUGUUCAAGAUAAUCCAUGUCCCCAGCGGAUGUAUCUUUGCUCCAAAGUCAUCUAUGUUUUUGUUUAUCUCAUUUACAUUAAAUGCAAAGUUUCUAGAGGAUGAACCAUCAUGAUUUAUUUUGGUUUAACAGAUAGAACCAAGCUAAAAGUUAGAUUGUUUUUACCACUUUUUGCACUAGAAGUACAAAAAUCUGUCAGGUGACCAUAGAGUUGAUCUAAUUGUGCAUAUUCAUAGUUCCCAGAGGAUUAACCCUGUACAUUUUAGACCCUGAAGCAGCUCUUACACAGUCUGGUAAAGCUAAAAGUCGUCUUAGUGUCUAUUUCAGGCUCCUGUUGGGAUGUACUGUUUUUUUUAUUCUUCACUCAUCCAUCAAGGUGACCUCAUUUGAAUUCACCAUGUUGGAAAUUUUGGAUUUUUCUUUUUAUUGUGUCGAAUUUUAUUCUGAUUUUCUUUGACCUUUGAUUAUGACCUUCAAACAUACUGACUCAAACCACCAAAGGUACCUGUUCUGGAGGUUUUUCAGCGUUCAAUUUGGGAUCUGGACUGCACUGGACGUGGGAGUUUGGGGAGGAAGGAGAUGGAGGCAGCUGGGCAGGUGGCCGGCGUUUCCCACGAGGCUCCACAGUUGCAGCUCUGAGAGAUGAAGCCCGUCAGAGUUAGCCAAACAGCGCUAAUGCUCUCCCCAGAAAUCCUCCCCGUCCAAAUGCUAACAAGAGAAGCAGAAGCCGGCUGUGUUUGUGUGCAUUUUGAACAGAUGCUCUGGCUGUAAAUACGGGGGGAAAACGCCAUUUGUUUUCAUUUUGUUGCAUUCAGGGGAAGGGGGAGGAUUAUGUGGUGAAAGAAAACAGUCAUUGAGAUGCAGCGAGCAGCAAAUUCAGUCUGUGCCUCCUCUGACUGAGCUGAUCUUUAUCCCGCAGCCUGAAAACAAACAUUUGUGGGAGUGAAGGACAGGUACAAACAUACGCAGUGAGCGCGCUCUUAAUUAAGAAACAGUUUUAAUGAGCAAAGACAAACAAAAUAAAACACAAACCUUUCUAUAACUUCUGGUCUGAGAGUUUUUGCAGAAAUACUGUUAGUGGGUUUGUUUGAAAAUGUCGAAUUUCAGGUUGAGUUUGCACUUUUUAAUCUGACGAAUCAGAAACUUUGAUCUGGUAUAGCCCAGGGUCUGUUAACAGGCAGAUUAAUCGAACAAAAAGCAACAGAUGCUGCUGUUUUUUCACUUUUUUCUUGAAGAAAAGCUCUGGAUACUUCCUUUUCUCUGUGUUUUUACUACUGUAGAGGUCAUCUCGUCUUUGUGGGUGAUAACUGAAGUAACUCAGACUGAAUCUGUCUGCAGACACACCGACUGAACUCUGCAGACGCACCGACUGAACUCUGCAGACACAUGCAGCAUUAGCACUGAGUCAUUGUAGUAAAACAGACAUUGUUAAAUGUUCCGUGUGUGUUUUUCGGCGCAGUCAUCUCUCUGACGUCAGCUCCGGACUUUAAAACACCCAGAACUCUGAGUCUAAAUUUCCCCUGUGUGUGAAAACAAUGCAUAGAGAAUGAAUCAGUCUGUGUUUAUCUAUCACACCGUCCUGACCCUGCACCAUCCUCUGCAGCUCCUCGGUGGGCUCGAGCGUCGCUUUCUGCUCCCCCAAAAGGAUCCACGUGUUUUCUUUGGAUUUCAGAUGACAAACAGUCUCUGAUCCUCUUCAGUGAGCUCUUGGCGGCGUAGUUGUGAUGGCGGUGUCUGAACCUCAGAGGACUCUGUCCUGUUUGUUAGUGUUUAAGAGAAGGAGGAGUCAGAGUCGCUGUGCCAUGACUGAGACUGAGAAGUCUGGAAAGUUUAAAUCCAACCUCAGUUACUGAAUCAAAAUGUUUAUUGUACAAUUUUUCAAACCAUCUGCAGUCUUCGAACAUGACUACUUGUGUGCAAUUUAGAUUUUUUUCAAUGGAGAUCUUGCACAAAUCUCUUGUUUGGAGCUAGUUCAGGCAGGUAGUUAAGCUGCUAUAAGUAAAUAUUCUCACAAUUACUCAGUAAACAUAUCCGUUUAGUUUGGCACCUUAUUAAAAAUGCAAGAUUUCUGGUCGCUGCACUCAAACGCUUAGCCCCACCCCCUUCCAGCAUCCACCUACAGACUCAGGUUAUAAGUUUAGGACGUUACAUCAUUACUCUUCGGUUUCUGUGUGUGAAGUAAAUCUGAAAAGGAGUGAUGAGACCCCGAACACCAAGUUUGGAUCAGCAUAAGACUAUGGUUCCUGCUGUUGAAAUUCACUGUUUUCCUCCAAAGGUUCCUGGUUCCUGGAGAAAGUUCUUGCUGAAGUAACGAACAGUCCAAAGUUUUGUUUUUGAACAUCUUAACUCAUCGAACGUUUCUUUUCUUUCUCAUUGCAGAAUCAGACGUUGUGCAAAGGCCUCGAACUUCAGAAUGGACAGGUAAGAAGUCAAGAGGUGUGAGAUUAAAAUGUUGUUUAGAUGCUUCCCUCACACUGUCUCAGUCAGGAGAAACCAGAACUACUCUAAAAACAUGGAUAAAGCUGGAUUUCACAAAGCGAGUGUGGGUAGUUUUUGGACUUUUGGCUAAAUUUUGUGUUUUUUUCUGGAACAUUUGAGUGAGUUUUAUCAUCUUGAGGCUGUAAUCAAACUAUGAUGGAAGUUUGGAAGAGAAAAGAUGAGUCAAACUGAUUUUUAAAGCAGAAUUUGAAGAAGUUACUCGAGCUUUCAGACAAAUAAAGAGCAGUAAGAAGUUAAGUUUUUGCCUCCCAGACAUGGUGAAGUAGUUGAAGAUGGAUGCAUAAAUUGAGAAGUUUUUUUCACAUCUCUUUUUGAGCGUGGUUGCUCUUUUGUAUUCUUGUGUUUUAGUUCCUGUUUUUGUGUUGAUUUAGCGCUUAAAUGCAUCUACAAAGAUCCUUUUCAAAACCCCUUUCAUCUUUCUUAAAACCCUCAAACAGUCUUUGUGAUCCACAUGAUGUAUUUCAUGAUGUAAUUUAUACUUUAAACUUCUUCUUUUGUGCCAAAAUUGUAAAUUGCGUUGUCUAUGUGAUAACCAGUGAAGCUUAUUUAUGCAUUUUUAUAAGUUUCAAAGCACUGUGCAUCAAAGCAGACUCCCCUCCUCCUCCUCCCGCUCCUCCUCCUGUUUUCUGGCGAUUUAGUCAAACUAAGCGUUGCAGUUUCCUCGGCGUCUCCUCAGUUCAUCUCAGUCCUCUCUUUAAGUGACAGUGAGCGUUUGUGGCUGCAGGAAAACUCUGCUGAAUGUAAAUGACUCCCUCGGCAGCUUCAGAGACAAAGAGAGGCGCGUAAAGAGCAGAAAGAUGGAGAUUCAUUACCCGUCAGUUUAAUUUCAGAGCUGCGAUUCAUUACAUGCUGGAGUCGAUUUGGCCUCUCGGUGCUGCAGCUCGUCUGUCUGCAGGCCGGAGCUCAGAGAAAGAGAGAGACAGAGAGAGGGGGAGCAUGCUCUGAGCUCUGCAGGAGGAAAAAAGCUCAUUAAAAUGAAGUUUGCUCUCUGUGAUGGAGGAUAAUUGUUGCAGAGCAUCAGUGUGUGUAAUUGAGGCUGCAUUUGUUUUACAGGUUUACCUUGUAAACAGGCAGAUUAGCAUUUUUUCCUCCUCAGUUAAAGUGGAAGCAGGAGGACAGAUUUAAGCUUUGGGGAAGUUUGUUUGGCCUAAAGUCAGUGAUUUCAGAGUCAUGAAGCUGAUCCUGUUUUAAUAUGGCUAGAUCACCAUGGUAACCAGGGAUGAAGACUGUACAGCUUUAUUGAUAUUCAUACAAUUAUUUAGACGUUUUAAGAGUCUUUAUUGAUUCUGUGUUUUUCUGUGAUCAGGUGACUUAUGUUUUAAUGGUUAGGAAACUGAGUGUUUUAACUCUUAUAGUGCUAAAAAACAAGUUUCUCCUCCAAACAGCUGAGUUAUUUAAGCUCCUCCCCAAAAUUUGGUAAAAAUUUGUCAUAAUGUAGUGCCACAUAUCAUGAUAAUUAAGCCCCAUCUAAAACAGGGCUACAGUUCAAUGCCUGUUAUAACUAGGAGAUAUUGUAUGGUAAGCAUCAUGUCACAGAGGCUGUGUCAUGACACAUAUCAUGAUAUAAAAGCUAUGAUGUAAUGCAUUUCACAAUUACAUAUUAUAUACAGAGGCACAGGUAUGGUACGCAUCAUAAAAACAGAGACCAUUAUACAGUACAUAUCGUGACAUAGGGCUAAGAAAUGAUAAAUUAUAAUUGAGGAUAACCUUUUUCCCAAAAAAAUAUUACGAUAUAAGUUGAAGACAUGAUUCAUAUUGUGAUAGAGAGACUAUGAAAUGAUGCAUGUCACGAUACAGAGGUCAUGAUAUGAUUUGUAUCACAGUACAGAGGCUGAGAUUUGCUACAUAUGGUCAUGAUGUGACACAUAUUGUGAUAAAGGGGCUAAAAUAUGUAGAUAUCACGAUAAAGAGAUGAAUUUACAAUAAAAAUCAUGAUAUAGAGACUAAAAAAUGAUACAUAUUAUGUUAAAGAGGCUAAGACAGGAUAUAUAUCUUGAUACAGAGACCAUAAUUCAAUACAUAUUAUGACAUAGGGCUAAAAAUUUAUAAUUUAUAAUUGAGGAUAACCUUUUUCCCCAAAAAAAUAUCACGAUAUAAGUUUAAGAUAUGAUUCAUAUUGUGAUAGAGAGACUAUGAAAAGAUGCAUGUCAUGAUACAGAGGUCAAGAUAUGAUUUGUAUCACUGUACAGAGGUUGAGAUUUGCUACAUGUGGUCAUGAUGUGAUGAAUAUCGUGAUAUAGGUAUUCAAUUAUGUAUAUAUCAUGAUAUAGAGUUCAAUUUACAAUAAAAAUAAUAAUGUAGAGACUAAGAUAUGAUACAUAUUAUGUUAGAGGCUAAGAUAGGGUAUUUAUCAUGAGACAGAGACCAUAAUACAAUACAAUACAUAUCGUGACAUAGGCCUGAGAAAUGAUAGAUUAAUAUAGACUGUUAUCCAAAAAAAAUGUUGUGAUAUAGAGGAUUAAUGUGAUUCAUAUUGUGAUAGAGAGACUAUGAAAUUAUGCAUGUCAUGAUAAAGAGGUCAUGAUAUGAUUUGUAUCAAUGUACAGAGGCCGAGAUUUGCUAUAUAUGGUCAUGAUGUGACACAUAUUGUGAUAUAAGGGCUAAAAUAUGUAUUUAUCACGAUAUAGAGAUCAGUUUACAAGAAUAAAUGAUGAUAUAUUGUUCACUUUAGUUCUCCAAGGAUUUCAGAAUUGGUGAAGUCAGAAGUCAUUGUCAGGUUUGAAAAAGGCAGAACUUGGUCCUCAGUAUGACUGGCUUUGGAUCUCCACCGGUGGUUGUAGCAGCGCCUCCCUCCCUUUGCAUGUUUGCCAUGUUUUGGAGGCUCCGUGUACUUUCAUUCCUGUUGCUGCUAACAGAGGAGCUAAUUAAAACCGCUUCCUCUGACUCUAACAUUUGAUUCCCACAAAAGAGAUUCCUGCAGAACAGAAACUCCCCGAAGAGGAGAAUCGUCGGCAUAAAGACAACAGAUAAACAAACCUCCUCGUCUCUCUCCUCUCUGUGUUUUUGUGUUUUCGUGGCUGAAGCUUCAGUGAGUCUCUGCCAAAGUUCCUCCUCAGGCCCGUUAAUGAAGAGAGCUCAGAGAAACGGCUCCUGUGUUUCCUCCCCGAGGUGUAAUUAAAGAGAGACGAGCUGGAGAUCAAUCCUGAACAUCAGAAAGUGACACACUCCAGAUCAUCCUCAGGAGAGAGUGAAUGUUUCAGAGACAGGCAGCGGCACAGGAGGCAGACAUCACCUUAAACACAACUCUGACCUUCAUUCAGACCUCAGCAACAUAUCCCAGCAUGCACCAGGGAGUACAGGACUCCUCAUCACACAGACAGAAAAUCACAUUAAGGAUAAUUAAGAAGCGAUUGUUCCAGGAGGAAAGUUUUAACAUCUUUCUCGGGAGAUAAAAGAAGUCAAACACUGUCUUUGAAACAGAAAACGAUCUUAACAAGUUAGUCUGAGACGCUCUUCGAUAACAAAGAGUGAAAGUCAGAGAACAGUGAAACAAUGUUCCUGCGUCAUUGUCAUUUAGUUCAGGAGUUAAGAUGACAGCAGAACAAAAGACGUCUGCUCGGUAAUCUUGAAACUGAUUUUCCAGUUAAAGUUGCAGAAAACAGUUUGAGCCCUUAAAAAAUAGAGAUUUAUUCUGUUCCUCUGUUUAAUAUCCCGUAAGCCUGACUAUCCUUGGUUUUUAAGGAUACGAAAGUAACUCAAGCUGACAAGUGACGUAACUGUGGGGGUUUUUAGGUUAAACCUCUGAUGUUUUACAGCCUGAAAUAUUGAUGAAUGAAAGAGGCAGAUUGCUCAAUGCAUCACCUGCUAACAGGUUUGUUUGAUUUGUUUGAGCUGUAAAAAAAGUUAAACUUUGGAGUUUUUCUAACUUUUUUGGUUUUGGCUCUACAAUCACAGAAUAUUUGAGUAUUUGUCAUUUAAACAGGAUCAACUCUAAGGUCUGUUUUCCUAUUUUCGUGGGCAUCGGACUUUCUUUAUGUUUGUAUUACAGUCUUCAUCUUGUUUCCAUGUUUAGUUAAUCAAAAAUAGGUUUAAAGGUAAAAUACAUAGGCGUUUGUAGCCAUAUGCAGCAUGUCCUCAGAGUCAUUGUGCAUGCUGGUAUCAGAGUGAGCAGGGAUGUUAUGAUAAUGAGGAGCUGUGCUGAUUGGCUGCCUGAAUUUCGUGAGGUACAGAGGCGGAAAAACACCAAAAACAAAUUUGGCAAGUGCUCCAGAAGAACCAGAUCCAGUGUAACACACAUAUGACCCAGAAUCUUACAGUUGGGACUUUACAGCCAGACUGUGGAGUGUCAUUCUUGCUGUUCUACCUUUCUUUACCUUUCACAAACAAACAAACAAACAAAGUAGCAUCAAAUAAAGCCAGACUGUUGAUGUUAGAAAUGAAAGGUAACUACGGUUUUCUUCAGUCUUCUGGUUUUUUGAUAGAAGGUUGACAUUUGUGUCUGUUUUUUCAUCCAACAUCAGAGAAGCUGCAAACAAUAGAGGCAAUAUCCCUGACUUUGCACACCGUAUCAGUCAGUUACCCUUCUGUUUCACCGUUCUGUUUAAAUGUCUUCAGCUCGCCUAUCCUUUUCGCUUUGCAACCCUCCGCUCCUCCUUAUUUGUCUAAAUCUAGUGACUCCUGUGCUUUUUAACACCCUGAGAUCUUUGCUGCUGCUCUCCCUUUUUGUAUCCUACAUACGCACAUCCAGGGGCAGGGUGCCGUCCUGCAAAAUAUAACUUACUGCAUGAAAAUGAAUAAAUCUCUUUGACUUGAGUGGUUCUGACUGAGGAGGCUGAAUGUUAGAGAAGUGGGAGUGGUUUGUAUGCAUGUCUCUACAAAUCACUUCUGUUGCAUCACCGCAGGAGCUGAUUCAAAUCUGUGUUUCCUCCCCGUUCUCAGGGUUGUGAGGUUGGUGGAUAAACCCUGUUCGUGGUUGUAUGGGGCUUUAACAUGAUGAAGUCUUAUUUGCUGUCAUAAAUCCCACCUGUGUGGACCUAAACCUUGUUAGCCUAGGUCCUUAUCAUCCCUCAGCACACUUUUAGAGACUCUCUAAAGCCACUGAAUCAAAACAUACUGCUCCCCUCUGACAAAUUAAAACACGCCGCUAACAUGAAGUGUCAUGUUUAUUAUCUAAAAACAGCCCCUCACUGAAGGAGGAAACUUGAGCGCUGUUUCGCGUUUGUUUGGGUCUACUUUUUGAAGAGAUGGAUGGAUCCUGAGCAGGUCAAAAAUAAAACGGUGUGUGUUCAUUAUACGAUGAAAAUACAGACUUGUUACAUGUGCAUUUUUCCACCGGGGAGUCGUUAAAGUUUUUGGAAACUUUCAGCAUUUCAGGAACCCCUGGAGAGCCAGACUUGGAGCAAACAAACCACCUUAAACAAACCACCUUAAACAAACCCGUACUUUUUAGUUUGCGCCUGGUGUUAAUGACCUCAUUAUCACUCUGUCCUCAUGCUUAAUGUCCUCGUCUUGUUCCUCGGCGUUACGUAUGAAGGACACAGUCUCCAUGAUUCCUGAGAUCCAGCAUGUCUCCGACUAAAUCACCACCUGCUGUGAGCAAAUUAAAUAUUGACUCCUCGUAUUGACUUGUAGAUCUAAUUUGAAGUGAUUGCGGAAGAGAAAUAAUGGUGCAGAAAAAGAGUGGAGGGGGGCGGCUUUUGAUGGCGAGUAGUUGGUUGUUAACGGGCGGCGUAAUUGGCUGUAAGAAGUGAAUCAUUGAGUGGAAGAGGGGACUAGUUGAUGCAGAAGUCAGGGUCAGGUUGUGCGACGCAGAAUCGAAUAAGGAGGAAGUGAUUGGACAGGUUUGUACUGCAGGAAUAGAUGCUGCAGAUCCAGCUGAGAUGAUGGCAGCAGUCAGUGGGACGGCUGAAGAUGGAGGAAAUAAAUGACAGAAGACGGUUGGUGUUGAUGGAGGCCCCCGCUCUGCAGACUGAGGAUCCUCCUCCUCCUCCUCUGAGCCCCGCCGCGGUGCAGGAAAACUCAUCUCAGACGCAGCGCUGCAGAAACGGAGCGUCUUUCAUUCAGAUCCACUCUGUCAAUAUUUGCCCGCUGGCCUCAAACCAAAUACUCUGAUAUUGAAAGUCGUCACACUCGGCGAGGCACAAAGAAGAAAAAGGAGGGAGGAGAGAGGACUGCAGAGAAAGAUGAAGCUCCACUCCUCCUUCAUAAACUGUGAAAAGAAAAGCAAGAACGGGAGGAGUAUCCAAAGAGUGAUCGCUGCACUAAAGAAGCUGGAGAAGUCUCUGCUGUUUUAGGAUCAGGGUUUUCUUUCCAGGGUAAAAGAUGCAGCGUCUAGAUCUAGAGUUAAUAGACUUUAACAGUAACUGUGUCACAGACAAUGAAACGGUUUUGAGCCCAUGCAGUUAUUUCCACUAUAGAGUCCUGCCUGUUUUAAUGCAUGAAGGCUCCUUUUCCUUUUGAAUCUUUGAAUGAGGUUAGUUAGUUAGUUAGUUAGUUAGUUAGUUAGUUAGUUAGUUAGUUAAUUAGUUUGGAAAUUUGUCUUUAGUCUCAUCGUGUAAAAAAUAACAGAUCAACGGCAGCAACAAACACAUAACAAAUACAAAACAUCUUGGUAGCAAAAGAGGGAGGACAACAGUGGCAUGUACUGUACAUAACAGGCAGAUCUCAGGAGACAUAGGCCGACUAACUAUCAGUGCCCUGAUGGCGUUAGGAAUUUGCCUUAGGUACUUGAUAACGUCUGCCUGAACGAAGUAUAACGAACUCACCGUACAGUGGGGGAGAAGGAUCAUUUACUAUCUUAAUAUCUUAACUAAUCACUGCAGAUGAUGAAAUCCAGCCUUCCUUUCACAUUUGACACUCAGGAACUUUAUUCUGAAACUGUAGAACUAUCGGCUCACGCAGUCUCUCACAAAGUGGUGAAACUCUUCCUAGCGCCGGGCAGUUUAUCGAUUCCUAAAUUUAUAACAAUAACCAACGUGAUUUUGCACAUAUUGGUAUAUUCAGUGUCAAUGGUCUCAUGUCCUACAUCAGAGACGUGACUCCGCCACAUCCAGUCCGUAACAAAGAGGGAAAGACAUGUGAGGAGAUGGAGGACGCUUCAAAAGUUGUAGCGGCUGAAGUAGACGAAGUUAAUGUGGGAGGGGGUGAGCAGCUUGUGGAGUAGUUAUCGUCCAUUUAUUGUUAUCGAAGUGAACUGAUCAAUAUUUCCUGAUAUUGAUUUGAGGCCAUAUCACCCAGCCCUACGACAGAGACAUGCCUGUUUUAAUACAGCGCCACCUGAAGGCUCCUCCUUUUCCUUUUAGUACAGAGAUUUCUCCAGACUCUCAAAAUUAUUAAACAAUAUUAUUUACUUUAGAAGAUGAAAUCCACUCUUUCUUUCACAUUUGACACUCAGGAACUUUAUUCUGAAGCUGUUAAACUAUCAGCUCACGCAGUCUCUCACAGAGUGGUGAACCUCUUCCUGUAUUUCCUCCUCGAAGACUCAGCCUCCAUAACUUUUUUUUGUACCUUUUAGUCAUUUUGACCUGACAUCUAAACAUCAGGAGGUUCUCUCGAACAGAAGCUGUACCUUUGGCCUCACAGCUCAUGUUUUUGACUGAAAUAACCACCCUGAAGGUAAUCAAUAAAACAGAAACACCUCCUUCAGAUGUAGGAGCCGAACAGUGAAGGUGUGUUUGUGUCUCAGCAGGCUGCAGGUCUUCAGGUUCACGUCGAGUCCGGGUCUCUCUCCCUCUCUGACACACACUUUAAUUACCCACCAUAUGUCGAGUCUGCCUCCAACAUGUGGUGAACCGCAGCCUCUCUGUUUGGACAAAACGCUUCAUUUACAUCCAGUGCUCAGUCUCUACCUCCUGGCAUCAGCUCGGUAUCUGUCCUCUGCACGGAUCUGGCACUGAGUGCACUCAGAGGUUGUUGUGAGACGUGGAUGAGUAGACAGGAAAGAAAAAAGCAGGUCACGCUGUGUAAAUCAUCUUUAAAACAUGGAAACAGAAGGUUUGGAGGUCAGGGUUAUGUAUUUGUGCUAUAAAAAGAAGAAUUGGAGUGCUUCUGUGAUGUGUUUUACUCUGGUAAAGCAAUCAUUCGGUGAAAUUAUUGUCCAUCAGCAGAACUGAGGGUCACUAAAAACCCCUGAAUUACCGGAUCGGAGUUUAGUCUACUAAAAAAACUGAAUUUGACUUCUUUCAAUAUAAAAGUGACAAAAAAGAGGAAAAAUUCAGUGAAAUGUUUCCUCUGACAGAGGAAAAACUGUCUCGGCUUUGUUCGGUGGGGGAUCAGCUGAUGCUUUAGACCCCCAUGUUUCAUCCAUGGACCACCCCAGUACAGCAGCUAGACCCCUCCCCUGUACGGCUGAGUGUGUUGGGAUGUUUCCUCUCUCCCUCAGGCUGAGUCAAGAGAGGGGGGAGGGUUGGGAGGGACCGAAAAAAAAAAGAAAAGAAAGACUCUCCUUUGUCCCCUCUGGACGUCUGCAGGAAGUUCUCAAAUAUCUCAAUCUGAAGAGGAGCGGCAUUUGUGUUCGCAGCAGAUGUCCAGAUAUUACACUCGUGUUACUUUAAGAUGUUGAGUACAGUAAAUAUGCGACCAGUGAGAGCGAAAGGACAUCAUUUAAUACAGAGAUCUUACUGUGGAUUACCACUCAUGAGUUAGAGAUGAGUUUCAGUUUCACACUGAGGCGUCACUCUGGUUUACUUUGAAACAGAAGCUGGUUUUCUCCUCAUUAACGGGUCUUUAGUUUGCUGAAAUAUCCUCAUAGUGCAGAUCAGAUCAGUAAAAAGUCCAGAUUUGUCCUCAAAGGGAGAAGAAAACAACUUUUAAGAUAUUUGUUUGUUGGAUUCAUCUCUGAAAAGUCGUCUUAAAAACAGCCGUCUUGUUUUCAGCUCAAUAAAACAAGAUCCAGACAAAUUUUAUGAAACAUACAGAAUUUCUAAACAAUAAUCAGUGUCUCUUAGAAAAGCUGAAUCAGCUCUACAGACUCUAAGUGUUAAAACAGUCUAAUGAAGACUUUCUGUCUUUGACACUAAUUUAAAGCUGGUUUUCUGCAGGAUCAAUAUUUGACCUCUGGACUUACCCCGGAGGCACAAAGCUUUGUGACAGUUUGGAAAUGUUACACAAGAAUUCAUGAAGUAAAUUUGAAUGUAAAUCUAUUUUUUUCAAAAGAUGAUAACCUCUUAAAAAAGUGUAUUUGGAUAUCUGAAUUUCUGUAAGUAUCAAAGCGUUUAAUGCAGAUGCUGGUUUGUGUUUUUGGUGAGGAGUUUUGUGAAAAUAAAAGAUCAAAACAGUGAACUAAAGAAAAAAAAAAGAAGAAAGAGGUCAAAGAUGAAAACAUUCAAGUUAAGAUAAGAUAAGAUAAGAUAGGAUGUUCCGUCAAUAGUUCCACAACAUGGUGUAGAUACAAAAAGAGAAAAAUUUAAAGAUAAAGAAACUUUGAGUUAAAACAGGAUAUGUAUGUGUAUGCGUCAUAUUUACUGUAUCUGUACAGAAACACUUAGAUUAAAUCAUAAAAAUAUCAUAUUCAUCAAGAAAUCCUGACUUUUUGAAUAUUUAUUGUAAAGUUUUUGGGGUUGUCACCUCCUGUUUCAGCCCCUAGUGGCCGUCAGAUGAACUGCAGCUCGAGUGUGCACAUAUGUAAGCCGGUCUCUUGGUGUUUGUGCGCUGCAGUGUGUGUGUGUCGAGUGUGUGGUCGCUGCUCUUUGUGGCUGCAUCUGUCUGCCUCUAUUGUUUGCAGGAGUCCAUCUGCUGGCCUCCAACUCUGCCCCUCCUCCCCCUGCUCAGCAACAAACACCCCCAUCCCCAUCCCCACCCUCCUCCUCCUCCUCCUCUCGUCCUCUCUCUGUGUCCCCCUGCCUCUUCGGGGGGAGCCAGCUGUCCCCCCUCCUCCUCUCCCAUCGCUGAGGUUUUAGUUUAGAGACAGUGAUCAGAGUUGCGGAGGCCUUCAGUCCACUUCAGACAAACUUCUCAGAGCUCAAACAUCAGAGGAAGCUCGAUCCAUCUUUAGGUGUGAUUACCUGCUCAGAGAGGCGUAAGUGUGUUCAUUUUCCUCUGUUUUACACGUGAUGAUAUUCAGCAUGGAGAUAGCUUCAUUAUGUAUGUGCAUAUAUCAGUGGGAGGGAGCAGAAAGUAAUUUCAGACUUAAAUGAAAUGACAGAUGUUUACUGACUGUCUGAGAGUUUUUCAUUAACACCAGACGAGUCCAAGCUAACGAUACAAGAUGACUGACAGGAAAAAUAUCAAAUUUCAUUCUCUGUGAUGAUAAAUUCAUGUAAUUUAAUGAUAUUGUGGAGCAAAAGCAUAAAAUAUUCUUCAGCUACAGCCGCUAGUUUCAGCAGAGAGUGGUUUUCUUUCUUCAAUUUCAGAAACAAUUUGAUAUUUUGGACUUUCGACUGCUGCUUUAGAAGAGCAUUGAUUUAUGCAAAUAGCUAUUAGUUUUAUCUUCGCUGCUUUUCUCUGAGUUUACCUGACUGUAAUAAGUUUUGAAAAGUUUGACGACAUUAUUCCAGGGUGAUUUUGAGGUUUUAAUUUAUGAAGUUUUUAUCCUACACAGCUAAGAGACGAAUUGAAUCAAUAUUCAGUCAAUGGAUUAUUGACCUCUUGGCCUUUUGUAGAUCGUGUCAGUGUUUUAGUUCACUGUUUUUCUAUGUUUCACUUUGAGGUAAAUGGAUGCUUUGUGGUUUAAAGCUGUUUAGGGGAGUUUCAAAUUAUAAUCCCAUUUCCAAAAAAGUUCGGUAAACACAGUAAAAAGUUGAUAAAAACAGAAUUUGGUGGUUUGCUAAUCAUUGAAACUCGAUGUUUAAUUGAAGAUAGUGCAAAGACGACAUGAAGUUUCUAGAAAGUAGUUCCAGGGUCUUAAUUCUUAUCAUGUUGCAUCAGCUCUUCUUUUCCCAACACUCUGUAAACGUCAGUGAACUCAGCGGACUAGUAACUAGAGUUUGGAAAGCGAAAUGUUGUCCCAUCUUUGCCUGGUAGAGGAUUGUGGCAGAACUACAAUCAGGUCAGAUAUGCUUUUGGAAUUCCUGCAGAAUGUGGUUUGACAUUGUCUUGCUAAAAUGUGCAACUCAGUUUUCUUGGUAAUGAAGUUGUUUAUCAAACCAAACUGAACUUUCUGCCUAGUUUCAGUCAUAAACAACAAAUGAUAUUCUUGCUGUAAAAGGUUGAUAAUGGUCGUGAUUCUGGGCUGUAAACACCUUUUUUUUUGGACAUUGAUUGGGUUUGAUUGAGUGUUUGGAUCAAUAGUUCAAAAGUGCACAUUGAUUUCUGGGCUGAAUAAAGUCAUUGAUACCACAGUAGAUAUGUUUGGAUGCUGGUUAUGUUGAUUUAUCCGUGGUAAUCAUAAAAGUAACAUAUGGAGUACAUUCAGUUUGGUUGUGCCAGUUUUUCUGCAGUUCAGGGGGGAUUAUCUGUAUAACCGAGGGCGUUCAGGGUCAUACUGUCCCCUUUUUUUGUGUUUUAAAUUUGGAUGAUGAAGAGGGACUUUAAUAUCCUCUUAAACUCAAACUGAGAUGACUCCUUAUUGGGUCAGGGCCUCUCUGAGUUAGAUGAUGUGAAAGACUUGAUCCUGUCUGCAGUGAACUGUUAGCUUAGCUGGUCUGCUGCUUCUCCCAACAGUUUCUUCUUAAAGGGGCUCCUAUCAUGGCUAACACAGUUUCUAGUAACAUGUAACUCGUCGGUGUCGCUUAAAAAACCUAAAAUAUUCCUUUAAAAGUUAAGAAGCUUAUAUGGUUAAGUUUUGGGAAUCCGUAUAAACAGCAGAGUAUCAUCAGCAUACGGUGAUAGCCAAAAUUAGGUUUCUAAAACUUAAAGGGUUUGUGUUUCUUUAGUUUUGCCAAAAAUGACAGAGGAGUUUGAUUUUCAACCAGUUUCAUUCGAACAAGACAAAAAUCAACCAACCUACCACCAUAUUUUUAUAAUUCCUGCAUAAAUGUCGUUCAGUAGAAGUAUAAAUUCUCUGACUUAAAUCUCUUUUAGGAUCCAGAUUCUGACGUUUGAUUUUCCAUCUCUCUCGUUUGUUUAUUUUCUGCUGUGGCAGCAGAAAAGAUAAAACUGUCAGAAUUAACUCAACAGAUGUCUUUAAUCCCGGCUAAUCCAACAUGCUAAACGCUUGUUUUCUCUGCAGCGAGCUCGAGGGUGCCGACCCCAAAAUUGAGGCUCCCCACAGGCCAGUUGGACCCCCUCAGACCCCCCUCUGGUCCUGGUCUGGCGUUUCUAGCCUGCCAAGUAGAGGCUGAAUUAAUAAAGUGUGUGUUCACGCCUGUUUAUGACAGCGAGGAGGAGAAAACUAGACAAAAAUAUGACUUUUGAGGUUUAUUUUGCUUUUCCAUCUGUUCCCAUCAGAGGAAUUUUGAAUUUAUGAAUUUCCUGCAACACGGGAACCAAUCACUUUCUUCUCUUGGUCUUUUUUAUGUUCAGUCCUAUAAUCCAUCUUUCCUUUGUUGUAAUGACUGCACCAAUGAACAUAUGAGCUUUGAUUGCUGCACAGAAAUGACCGUUUAAUGUUUACAGCGUCUAUAAAACUACUGUCAGACUUCUGCUGCCGUCUAACAACAACCGAGGCCAUAAAUCCUUCUUUUAGACACUAAUUUCCCCCUCACAUUUCAGAUUCCUCCAUUAGAUAACUUUUUAUUCCCUCGAUUUAGUUAUAUUUCCCCUGUAAUGACCGAAUGUGUUCGCUCAGAUUAAUAAUUUGUGCUCUCGAACGAUGAAAUCAUGGUUUGAAAUGGCUUCAUUUACCCCUCCUUCCUUCCUGCUGUGCAUCCAAAAACCUUGAAGAUGAGUUUUUAUGAACUCGAUCAUCCACAGUGUCAUCAGUUUUCACAGUGAAACCAUCUGUUAGCCUUUAAAAGAAUGUCAGAGAUAGACAUUUGAGUGAAAUAGAUGUGACUUCAAGUGUGUUAGGCCAGAAUCAGUUAGACUAGAGUCCAUGCUAAGGUGAGGGUGAUAAAGGAGACAAAGAUAAAUGGACAGGAAGUGAUUAUCUUGUGCUUUUAAUUUGAAAGGAUUAAUUACAGCUUGGUGGCACCAGUUGCUUAAGAAUAUGAAUGUAAUGUAAAGGUAUAGACUUGAACUUAGAGGAUUAAAUUAGGCUAAUUUAUCAUCAGAGUCAUUCUGGUGGAAUAUCUUCACAGAUGAUACCCAUCUUGGGUUCCAGGUGGAAGUGACCAUAUAAGGACAUAUAAGGGAAGGUGCUUUAGAAGUCAGCAAAGUUGUUGGUUAACGCGAGUUGGAGCUUAGAUGAUAAAAUAGAUUCAUUUAUAGCUUUGUGAUUGUUAUGACCAAGCUUGAGGUAAAUGAGGGUAGGGCUGGGCGAUACAGCCUCAAAUCAAUUUCACGAUAUAUUGAUCAGUUCACCUCGAUAACGAUAAAUGGACAAUAUCUACUCCACAAGCUGUUCACCCCCUCCCACAUUAACUUCGUCUACUUCAGCCGCUACAACUUUUGAACCGUCCUCCAUCUCCUCACCUGUCUUUGCCUCUUUGUUACGGACUGGAUCGGGUGAUCAGCAUCUUAAAGGGACAUGAGACCAUAGCCUACCUACACACAUCCAAACCCAACCUUUAUUUAUCAAUUUUUUUCGACACCGAAUAUAUUGACAUGGGAAAAAUGACAUUGGUUAUUGUCGUAAAUUUCAGUAUUGGUAGAUUUUCGGUUUAUCGCUCAGCCCUAUAUGAGGGAUUCAUAUUUUUUAUAUAAUCGGCCUGAAACGACCAUCACGUGUUCGGUCAGUCGCUUUCCCUUAAACUGUUUUUAAUCCACCACUUCAUUCACAGUCUAAACUGUUGGCAGGCUUGUGAUGCUAGCUCUGCUAAUGUUAGCCUGUUAGGAGAAUUUUCUUUAGCCAAUCCCAUCAGCCUUUAAGGUGGUGGAGCCAUGCAUCUCAAGUACCAUGGAUACGUUGAUGUUAGAUUGCUGGAGCCGGGGGGCCUCCGACAACCAUCCGACAAAAAACCUUGUACACAUUUUUGACAUCACUCAGGUUACCAAAAUAUGUUACGCUAUGAUAUUCCCCAAUAUUGUCUCUCCAUAUGUUUACCUAGGGCUCCUUAAAAUAUGUUGUCCUUUGUUUUUACCCUACAUAGACUCUUCUUCGGGUCAAAUAAAUGCCAGCAGAAUGAUUGGAAAUGUGGACGACUAUGUAUACUGGAACAGUCUCAGACCAGUCUUUGUUACACUUGUGGCAUGAUGCAGCUGCAAUCAGUAAAGCUUGUCAAACUGAACAUGCCUGUGGACCUUCCAUUGUUUCACGUGUGAACCUGGGCUAGGCAUCCUUACAUAGCCACACUCAGCAAACCUAGACUCUUGCUAAAAGUGUGCUCAGCGAUGACUACUCUGAGUGUUUCCUGCUCUUCAGACGAGUUGGAUGGCUAGAAUUUAGAUUUCUCACUUUAGAGCAUCUCUGAUUCAGUCCCCCAGAAAAAGAAAACCUUUCACGCUGUCAAAAAUAGAUUUUUUUGGCAAUCAGGCUUCUCCGGCCAGCAGCACAGGUCGAUGAAAUAUCUGACCUGCAGCCUGGCUUCACACAAACACUGACAGGAUCUUUCUGCAUAUGAUUCUCAACUCGGGGCUAAAGAAGGCCAACUACCCCAGUAUUUCUCUUGUUAUAAAAACCGAGCGCUGUCUCUUAGACUGGCUGUCUCUUUAUAGUUUUGUUGGUGUUUUCUCUGUCAUCAUGUGGACUUCUCAGCUGUGGCAGUAUAGCAGCAGAAAUUGCUCUGGCGUUUUGAAGUGUAGAAACUGUGGGAAGGGGAGUGAGCGGUCUGAAAGUUUACCAGACGGUUUCUGGGUAUUUAAAGCACAGGGAAAACUUUGCUUUUGUUUACACACAGACAGAAACAGUGAGAUUAAUUUGCAGGUGAGUGUAAAUCACAGUAGUCAGACUUAAGAGCACCAGGUGUAAUCGUUUUUUUGGCUGAAACUGGUCCUGAUAGAACUCGCCUGCACAUAGAAACGCUAACCUUCCGUUUAAUCGCUGCCGCUAAUGUUUCCUGCUGCUCCUCCUGCCAUCUUUCAUCCUCUGAUUAUCUGCGAUUAGGAGCAGAGAGUCCACAUGAUCAGUGGACGCGGCGUCGGCUCUAUAAUUUCUGCACUUAAUAUAGAGUUUGACCUUUCGGCGCACUGCGAUGGUUGCCGCCGCUGGUCAAUAUUUUGCCUGUCGCUGAAGGUGCGAGCGGCUCGGUCGGCAAAUAAAUGUGUUCAUUAGAGCGUCGGGGCCCGAGCCACAUUCUUUUCCUCGAUGCUCACAUCGUCUCGGCUUCAGGAGGUCGUUUAGCUCGGCCUUCAGUGAUAAACGCAGAGGGAGGGCGGCCAUGUUUCUCAAUCCUGCAGAGAUUAAAGUUCGCACAGGUGAGAGUGUUUGGAUCUGCAAAACGGAGUUUACUCCAGGAGGUAAAGUGAUUAUAGAUAUAACAGCUGCAUGACGACACUUUGAAGAAGGUUUUACUUUAUUAAGUUUGUUUCUAACAGAAUAAAAUCCACUUCUUCUUCUUCUCUUUGUUCUCGUUGGAGAGCUAAUCUUCAGUCAGAGAUCACAGAGACAGAGCGAGCUGGCUGACAUGAUAUUUAACGGGCAAUAACAGCGGAGGGAGGCUGUUUUAGAUUUCAUCAUUUAUUUUUAUGGAGUGUUUCUGCAGAGUGAGAACAGCAGGCAGCGUCAGCGUGAAGCUACAUCCUCCAUUUCUCCACAAAUCAACACGUCGCCUCUGCCGCGCGGCCUCAGAUUUCUUUAAAUCCCUCCAUCCUUCACCCUCUCUUUUUUUUAUCAGCCUCCAUUCAUCUAAACACACAGCAGCACCCUCACUUCUAAAAACCCAAUUAGCAGAGAUUUGUGAUUGAAAUCUCAGCGAUGAAGAUGAGGAUGAUGAUAGCCGGAGAGUGGCAGCGGGCUCUGAUCAGAAGCAGUUUUUCUUUCUGUUUGUUGUCGAUGAAAUAUCCUCUGGCGCUGCGCUGAGAGUUCAUUGAUGAUAAACAAAGCGAGCUGCUGUGAUUUCUCUCCGCUCCAAAUAACUGAGAGGAAUCAAAAGCAGCAGGCCGCCAGACAAACAGUGAUUAGAGUAUUGAUCGAUUGAAGACGCCAUGUCACUAAUUCUGUCUCAGUAAUUAAAGUUUCUCUCUAUUCACAGAGUCAGCACUGCUUUUUCUAUUUUUCUUAUUCGGUCUGAAUAAACAGCUGCUGAUCCUGUUAUCAAUAAAACAUGAUAUCACAAAGCGUCUCUGGCUUUCAGGCCGGAUAAACUCGACUCAUAGUGAAAAUUAAAGACGAGAACAAAACAGGAAGCCUUUCGCCUGAAAUAUGACAGAAUGAAAGUAAAACAGGCUGAAAGUGCAGCGACAUGAUCCUUCAGUUCAACUAACCGUAUGGAAGUAUUGGAAACUACCACAUCUCUGAAUAUCUGUGUUUGAAAGGAUACACCUCUGUUCAUGGUAGGAAAAAGGAUAUAUACAAAAUAAGACAAAGAUGGGAUGGGAGUAGGGAUGAGAAUCUAUAACCGGUUCUUUUCUAGAACUGGUUCCCAGUGAUUCGAUUCCUAAGAAUUGUUUGUCUGCCUCCUUAAGGAUUCUACUUAUCGGUUCCAUGUGUGAUGACGUAGUACGCGAGAGGUGUGUUUUGGUUCAGAACUUUCCAGCAUGGCGUCGAGGCAAAAGCACUCCAAAGUUUGGUUGUAUUUCACGCAAAAAGAUGAUAUCGGGGCAACUUGCAACACUUGCAAAGCUUUAAUUUCGUCGGAACAUAUGCCGAAACAUUUGUCCACCCAGCAUACAAUUAAUUUGUGGGAGUGUAACGUGUUUGAUACGCUACUUAGCGAAGGCGAGACUGGUACAGGCAGAAGCAGGAGCAGAGCUAACGUCUCGGCGUCAUCUGCUUUAAAUGUUGAAGGUAACGUUUAAAGGUCGCUUGAUGUGUAUAGUCAUAUUUCGUAAUUUUGCGUUGCAUAUUUGUGUCGUUCCUGGUGUGUAAGGACCUUAACUCCUCUAGGUCCUGUUCGUUGUGUAGAAGUUAGCGCCAAUCGUAUCGAUAAGAGAAUUGAUAAUGGAAUCGGAAUGGCUAUAUUCUUAAAUUCCCGUCCCUAGAUUGGAGUGGGUCUGAUCUUACAUGGCGGGGCUCAAUUCUUUCCUGUCUUUACUUUGGGUCUUUGUUAACGGAGUACAGUCUAGACCGGCCUGUUUUUUUAAAGCAUCUUGGGAUAACGCUUGUUAACUGCCGCUUUAGUCGUACAUACAGAUAGAAAGAUAGAUUGAUGGAUUGAAAUAUCAUCAUUUAUUGUGCGUCCCAGUGAAGGCACAAAUAAACGCAGACCUGACCAAAUAGAGCUGGUUGGUGAAAAUCAUCACCAGAUUAACAACCUGAGCCUGUUGGGGUCAAAAAGAGGAACUUUUACUGGGUGAAAAAUGACGUUAACAGUGAUUCUGUUUCUCUGCAGACUGAAAAAUUUUACUGAAUUAAUUUAAAACUUUUUGCAAACUGUUUUGAGUGAAUCUAACAAAAUGGAUCUGAACACUGAGAGCGUGAGACCGCGCUCUGUUUAAACAUCUGCUAAAUGUGUAAUUACUAGCCGCAGCUGUCAUUGAUCCGCGGAUCAAUAAAUGGACUGAUCGCCUCGGUGCUGUUCAUGAACAUUUCCUGCAGCUGAUGCCUCGUGCCACAUUCCUCUGAACUCUGUUUCACAGGAACCAAAUGAGACUCGGGGCGUGUUUGAUUUGCAUUUAAAUGGAUUUAUUGUCCGCCGACGGUGUGAUGGGUGGAGACUGACCACAUGACCACAUUGUUGUCUCUCUCUCUCUCUCUCUUUUUUUUUUUUGCUAUGAGAGGAAAUUAGAAGUUUAAAUGAGAAACCCAGAGUUGCUGCCUGAAUGUAAGGCUGAGGGAGUGCAUUAUGAAGAUUUUAAUGUGAUUUUUAUCUACUGUCGGACUAAAGCAGAGCAGAACGACUGAAAAUAAACUCAUAAUAUGGAGACUGAAUAUCUGAAACACAACAAUGAUCAUGUAAUGGCAGCGCUGGCUCUUUUUUUUCUUGACUGAUAUGAAACAAUGAAAGCUGAGCUGCUUAAACGCUCCAUGAUCACAGAGUAAAUUUAGGCUUUUCUCUUUGAGUGUCUGCAAUUUAAUCCACAAAACGGAUGCAUUAGAGUUCAAUAAUCAACCGAUUUAAUCAAUAGGAAGAAGCAGGAUCUGAAUCAGGCUUUGUGCUGGACUUGGUGAGCUUGGUGAGGGAACUCCGAGUUAAAACGAGUGGAUCCAGCCCUGCUCUGAAUCCCAAUCAGCCCCUCUUUGGUCAGAUUUAGAGGUUCAGGUUUCGCCUCACUGACGCUUACAUCAGCCCGUCCCGGGAGCCAGAAUCACCUCUGGACCGUCUCCCCGCUGGGUCAGAUCCACCGCUCUUCAUCGCAGCUGGAGCAAACAUCGUGUUUCCUGUUGUGUUUGCUGGCUGAACUUCCACCUCCACAUGUGGAGCAGCCGGGGCCUCGGUCCCUGAUGCCCCCCUGGGCCAGAGUGUGGGCGGCGGUCCAGGCUCUGUUCUCUGUGCCCCCGUUGAUAAGCUGUCCCCGUGCCAGAGGAAGAGGUUUUUUUGCUCCUACAGGGGAUUGUUUUCCCACCACAACAGAGUCCAUUUACUCCGACUCUGAACCUCGGAGCAGCUCGCUGCGUCUCUUUACUGAAUAUUUUCUCUUCCUGAGACUUUUUAGAGUUCAUUCGAGUCGCAGAUUCAGAUUUUUUGCUCAGUGAUCUUCGAUUUUGAUCUUUUGAACUCGCGCUGACAUCAAAGUUGCACCAUUAGGUCCAUUUACUCUGCGCUCUGGAGCUGAAGCUCGUCUACAUUUUCCCCGCCUUAGCAGAAGCAGAUUGUGCAAUUGUGUAAAAGUUGAGAAGAAAUCUUCACUAACAGAGCAGAACAUGUGAUGAUGAGGCUCCUGGCUGUGGUCAAAGCUGGUGGGAUUUAGUCAGCUUAAGAGGAGAGUCUCUCACUGUAUUUUCACCUUGAAUACUCGAGAACACUUCACAGCUUUUCCUUUUUUCCCUGACAUAAAACCAUGAAUGCAGGAUCUAUUUUAAGGCAGUCUUUUUCUUUUGUCGAAUAACUACAAUGAAAGAUUUGAUUUUUUCUCCAUCACUGCGAGUAUAAAAAGGCCAAACUGCAGCCGUGCGUCUCCUCAGCACCUUUCAGGACUGAAGGGCCUCGUCUGUAAAUGGAGCGUAAACAAAGAAAACGUCUGGCAGCUGCACUGAUGGAAAUCUGAACAGCUACUAAUGCAUUUUUCAGCAGCCCCGUUAUCUCAAAGGCACACUAUCAAAACAGAGUACAUAAUGAGUGUGGAUAAUCCUGUCCGCUCGGCAGUAAACAGCGCUGGGCCGACAGAUGACCUUAACCGUGGCUGUCAAGCGGUGGCGGCGCUCUCAAUUAAAUUCUGCCAGAUGAGUGAAAGAGCGGCGAGCUCAGAGAUGCUCUGAUAUCAGCUCGACUCGAACCGAAGGAGAGUUUGGAGAGCAGGACGUUUUUAAAGUCAACACAGAAAGAGUUUAAGGAUUCUGCUUUUGCACUUAACCUCUCCAACCCUGAGUUAUCCUUUCAGAUACCCCCAGAUGAGAGACUUCAGAUGGCACCAUAUCACUCCAUUUCCCAAAGCUGAAGGCAGUAAAAGAAGUUAAAACAAAAGGACUGAAAGGAAACGAUGUGGAGACAAAGUUUGAGCCGCAAGAGAGUUGAAUGAGCUGAACUGAAUGUGAUUUAGGGAGUUCAGUAGCAGUCAGGGUUUGAGAUGUUACGUGACUUGUGACGUCCCCGGUUGUUUCAAAAACAGUUUGUUCAACUUGAAGGUUCAGGAAAGUCUUGUGUGUCAAAAGUAAGACCAAUGAAAGUUUCAGGAAAAGUUGGCAACUCUUCCAACUACCUAUCAUGGCAACUACAGUAAAGAAAUUAGGGCUCUAAUCAACCGAAGAAAUUCUUGGUUGACUAAAACCUUGAAAUUUUCGACCAAAAAUUGACUAAUCGAUGGAAUCCUAACCCUUCUGCGGCGGGGACAACGCAGCUCGUAAAGGUAAAAAUUUACUGAUAUCAGCACUAGAAGGCGAUUAAACACAAAAGGCUAAAAUAUAAUUAUUCAACAAACCACUGGAGGUUGAUCAACGUGGACGCUCUUCAAUCUUCCUGUCUAUAGCCGGUCUCCAGUGGGUUGGGCGAAUCCAAUGUUCUGAUACUACCUGAAGGGGUGCUCUGAAAACAUUCCCAUUAGCACUUGGUACGUUCCUCUUGAUGGAAUCAACCAUAGACUGUAAAUUCGAGUAGACCAAUUAGAAUUUUGGUCGACUCAGCACGUAUCGACCAAUAAGUUGACCAGUCGACUAGGACUUCACAGCUCUAAAAGAAAUACAAACAAGGGUGAACAAGGGUCGGCAGGUAAACGGGAAGCUUUAGGUCAUUAUCAGGUAGCCCCGCCCCAAAGCGUACCUUGGUUUGUUAUCUCUCUAACUCUAAAUGAGAUUGUAAUUUACCAAUUGAGCAUCAUGAUGUUUUUAGGAAGACAGUCGACUACAGACUGAGACAAUGAACUCCUCUGGAAAAUAUUCACUGAGGGAAUAAAUCGACUGAGGAGUAGGAGUAGAGCUGUAAAGAGGUGAAUCUGUUUUUAGUUUUUACCAGAGAUAAAGUGAAAGAAAAGGAGCGAAGUAAAUGUUCUGUUUCCUUUAGUACAGUGUCUUCUUUAUCCCCCAGUCACUUCUCGGUAUCUGCUCUGCCACAUGAACCUGCUCUCCUCCUCCUCCUCCUAUCAGCAGCUGUUUCUCAGCUCUGCCAGCUCUCAGUGCUUCAGCAGAGAUGACCAGCUCUGCCGUUCCAGAUGACUUCUCUAUCUCAGGCUCUUUUAAACUGGAGAGAGUUCCCAAAGUUUCAAUUAACUUUCCCCCUCUGCUGUGUGGGGAGGAGAAGGGAGGAUAUUCUAUCUGUGAACACUAAACCCUGUGAGAGAGAACAACUCCUACUGCUGCACCAUCACAGAAAUGUGGACGCCGCUAAUGAAGCAAAACAGAAAUCUGAGUCAUUUUAAAGUCCAACCCGGAGAUAGUUUUGUGGAAUAGUUUCUCCCUGUUUCAGGGUCAGAUUCUUGAUCAUGUAAGUCGUGUACCAGUGCAGGUUCUCGCCAAUUUGUUUGGUGUUUUUCCGCCUCUGCAUCCACCUGCACUGGGCACCAUUAAGACAGCCAAUCAGCACAGUCUCUCAGUGUUGUAACAUCUCUACUCACUUAGAUCACUGCGUGGAUAAUGAGGGUAGAAAGUAGGGCUGGGCGAUAAAACCAAAAUUUGUCCAUACUGAAAUUUACUACAAUAACCAACGUCAUUUUGCCCGUGUCAAUAUAUUCUGUAACAAAUAAAUAAAAGUUGGUUUUGAAUGUGUGUAGGUAGGCUACGGUCUCAUGUCCCUUUAAGACGCUGUCCUACGUCAGAGACAAGACUCCACCCCAUCCAGUCUGUAACAAAGAGGGAAAGACAGGUGAGGAGAUGGAGGACGGUUCAAGAGUUGUAGUGGCCAAAGUAGACGAAGUUAAUGUGGGAGGGGGUGAGCAGCUUGUGGAUUUGUUAUCGUCCAUUUAUCGUUAUUGAGGUGAACUGUUCAAUUUAUCACGAUAUUGAUUUAAGGCCAUAUCGCCCAACCCUAGUAGAAACUGAGAGGCUGCAGAUCUUCCACAGAAUCGGUGAUAUUUUCCUUCAAAACCAAAACUUUGAUCAAAAAGUCACUGAACUUUGAUAUUCAUAACACCACACCAACAACUACACUUAAAACUCUGCCAACCCAAGAAGUCAGUACCCUAAAGACCUUCAAACUAUCACGUCAAUGCCUCCAUUUUAAUUCAAUCCUAAUCCACAGAGACAACAGUGCCUUCCCAAGCAAUGGAAUAGUAAAGAUGACCCAUGAAUUUUUACCAAAAACUUAUUUUUAGAAAAUCAACGAAAACCCCACCUAUGAACAUCUAUCCUUACAGCAAUACUUUGACAAAUACACAACAAUUUUUGGCUCUGAAAAUACAAAAACACUCUAAAAAUAUUCAUUUACACACAGACUGAUCUAAAGUAGAGUGUUGGAUUGUUUAGUUCUUUGUUGUUUAGCUGUAAAUAAACUUCAUUUUGGACGUAUAUCAGUGAUUUCAGAUUAGUCCCAUGCGGAUGGAGUCCUCUUUCAAUCUGGAGCAUACACAGUUGGUGGUGAUUUGCACCACUUUGAUGUGCACCGGUUUGGAGCUGGACAAUGUGCCAAAGUGAGCCGUCGGCUCUUAAAGACGACUUUAACCCGUGUAGCAGCAGAAAAUUGGGCGUGCAUCAGAAGGCCCAUUUUCCUCUCAUCACGGCGUCCGCUCGCCAUUAGAGCGUCUCUGCGAGGAUGAAAGGUGAGCUGUGAGUGGACGCUGAUGAAAGCUACCGCUGACCGAGUCUAAUUUAACUCAGGGAGAUGUAUGGAGAAGAUGGCUCGUUAAGAUGGGUCCCCUGACGACGUUUUUAACAACUCCUCAUAAGAAUCGUAUCCCCUCAGGUGUAAAUGUACGUCCUGAGGUCAGUGCGUCACUUUGAGUCCCAAAGCCACUAACUGAGCAAGAAAUAAUAUUCAAUAAUUAUUCAAAAACUCCCCUUGAAAAUUUUAAAAGCAGUGUGCAGCUUUAGAAAUAAAUAUGAGGGUGUCAUCAGUCAAAGAAAUUACUUUUGACAUACCUGAUAUUGCAUCACAUGUUUUAUAUUAAUCAUGAAUAAGUGAGGACCGUGUACGGACCUUUGGGGGACACCGUUUUUUAUUGUUUAAAAGCCAGAAGAUAACUCAGCUACUUAGACUUGUUCAUCCAGCCACCCAGGUAGUUUCUGAACCAUUUCACAAAUUUUUUUAAGACCCUCUUUUGUCAGCCAGCUCUGUAAAAGCUGCACAAUAAAACCUAAAAAUCAAUUUUUAUUUGUCAGGCAAGAAGAAAACCUUUCAAGCAUGUUUUUUCGCUCAGCGUUGGAGAACAAAAAGAUGCACUUUUUGAGCCUCUGUGGUGCUUUCUCCUGCACCCUGCGCCCCUUCAUAUCUGGAAAUCCAUACCUGAGAGGUUGUAAUGGUGCCACAUGUGCAAUCAGCCCCUUCCCCAGAGACACUCGUGUGAACCUGGAGGUGACGAGGACGACGCGGUUUGGCAGCCGGCCUGAAUGUCAAUAGAAGAGCUGCAGAGAAGAAAGCAGCAGUACUUCUAAAAACUGUCAGCAGUUCAGUCGUACAGAAACCUGGAGUAACGUGGCGGCUCUGUCUCUGUCUCUGGAUGUGAUUUCUUCUUCUGGGGUUUGAAUUGGCAGGAUGAGCACAGUAGGUUUUCUCUGACAUUUGUGGAAAUUGUCCCCGUACAAAGCAGAGUCAGGUGAGAUGGAGAUAAAGAUGGAGUGUAAGACGUGUCAUUACAUUCAAGUCACAGAGCGUUUUCCUACAAGAUUAAUCCCCGACUGUCUUUGAAAAUCCUAGAAGGUCAUUUUACAACAUUUAAUGGAGGUUUGAAGAUAUUUCGCAGAUCCUCAAAAGACUGGUUCAAAAAUGUUUCAACAGCUGCAGGAUUGAAAAAGACUUUUCAGGCCUUCAAACAAAGUGUGACGACUGAUACAGGAUUUCUGACGCUGAUUUAUUUCAGAUCAGUCAUUCACCUUUUUAAAAGACACUUGGAGGCAUUUUUGUGGUUUUAUUGGCAGAUAGAGUCAGAAACAGAGAAGAGAGAUUGGGGAUGGGCAUCACUUUGAGGACUGUAGUCCAAGAAAAACAAAAAAAAAAUGGAAAAGACUCCUUAAAUUUUGAUCAAUGAUGACUGAAAAGUGUUUUAACUUACCCUUGUGUAGGGAUGGGAAUUUAUAAGAUUUUAUUGAUAUUGAUGCCAUUAUCGAUUCUGCUUAUUGAUUCAAUUCUUAAACGAUUCCCCUAUCAAUGCCUUUCAUUGGUUUAAAAAAAGUAGACUAUAGGUUUUCACCGUUAACUCCAAAUUUUAUUGAGUCUCUGAUAACAGAAAAAGAUGUAAGAGUCUAAAAAUCGCAACUAUUUGUACAGCAUUUACCUCAGUUGGUAUUAAGUCAAAUUAGGGUGAACAUAUUCUGGAUCCCCAAAAAGAGGACACUACCACACAGGGCAGAGUCGCACGCAAAAUUUUGAAAGUUUUUGCGGGUUUGAUUGAGUAUUUUUUACGCGCUUCUAACUCAGUUAGUCUACGCUACACAAACUCAAAACUUCCGUACAAAACCCUGAAUAUUUGAAGGAUUUUAUAAACUCCCCCGGACAAGGCCGGACAGCCCCCCAAAAAAGAAGACCAAUGGUCACCCUAACGUACCUUCCAUGUCGUGCUGAGACAGUGCAACAGCGGCUGACGACCAGCGGAGAGCAUAGAAUACGUACAUUUGAUGCCGUGACCCAUUGACAAAUGUCUAAGCAUGUUGCUGGUCUUUCCACCCUUGCAUAUUUUCACUGCUUGACAAAAGUGUCAUGUCGCGCUGUUGUCGUCUUUCUUAAGAUCAUUUCUGCCUACUUUUCGUACUGGUUCUUGUGAGAGUGUUUUUUAAGGCGCCUGGAAGAAAGGAAUCGUUAAGGGAAUCAUCAAGAUCAAAUGUAAACGAUGUCGAUGGAUUGAACCAUUUGGAACCGGUUCCCAGCAAGAACCGGUUCUCUAUUCCCAUCCCUACCCUUGUGCUGUUAUUGACCUACAAUAUCAAUAUUACCUCUGGGAUUUGGGUUUUACAGCUCCCACUGAUUCAGGAUGUAGUUCAUGUAGCACAGAACAGACUAAAGUCCAGCUGCAGUUGAGGCUUGAUUAAGGGAAAUGUCCUGGUUCAAGCCUACAAGUAUCAGGCGCCAGUGGAUUCACAAAGUAUGUCCGUGCUAAACACAAAAUGAGUCUCUGGUCUGGGGUCCAGGGCGACCCUUCCUUUCUUACACCCCUAAGGCCCUCAACUUGAAAACAACGUGCGAUGCAUUCAGGUUUUUUUUUACAGACUUUGUGCAUGAGCAAAGGUUGUUUCUUCAGGGGUAAAUAACUCCUCCAUUGUUGUUGAAUCACCAUGAAAAGCACCCCUGAGUCGGCCAGUUAAAUAGUGUUUUUAAUAAGGGUGCUAAUUAAUUAGAGGCUCUUUUGCUCGGGGUUAAAACUCCAUGCAGGGUUAAUUAUUCAUGAGGUGAUGGAUUCAGAUGUUUUGCAUGGAUGGAAAAAAAGGCAAAAAAUCCUCAAGUUUUCAGCAUUGGUUCAAAGCUCUUCGAAGGUGCGAAACGGUGAAUAUUUUUCAUGAUGCAGUUCGAUUCAUAAGGUUUAUUUACCUUUGAAAGCCUUAAAAAAACAUCCGGUCUUUUGCAGCAUCGGUAAAUCAGUGAAGGUUAGAAUAACUUGAAGGCUCUGACGUGGUGUUUCACAGCUAACUGUUGCUUUCUCAUUUACUUCAUCAUCCAGGGUGUAAAUAAAACAGACUGAGAGCUGCUGGAAAAGUCGAUCAUCUUCCAUUUUUCAGCAGCGCUGCAGAUUUUUAUGACCUGGGUUCACUCAGGUUGUGUUUUGUUGACUUAUUUAAACCUGUAAAUGUUUCAAGAUGUUGUUUCUUCUCAUCUCCAUCUUUGCUUCACCAAACGGCACCUGCAGACAUUUGAUUUGACUCUGUGCUCAGUUUCUGUGUUAAUCUUUGCACCUUUAAGUGCUUAUUUCUUUAUUUAUUGGUGCAGCUGUGCACCACUUUAUUUGCAGAGUGUCCAUCCUUGAAUCUUAUUCCAAAAGGUCUUGGAGCAUCUUAAACGUGGCUCUCUGAUUCUUGCUGUUAUCACGCUCUGUGCCUACUCCCUCCGUCAUUCACUUCCUCCCUGCAGGGGGGCCGGGUCUCUGCUCUCAGACUGAAGAGGUUUUAAAUGAGUGACCUUUGAGACAAUCAGAGGUGCCCCGGCUCUGAAUGGUGAGCGGCGGCCCCGGGGUCCUGAUGCAGGCGGCUGCUCGGCUGCCUGUGGAUUACAUUGAUCCUGUGAAACAAAGGGGCCUGCCACGCUCUUUGUGCAGGGGAAUUAAUAAAUAACAACAUGUGAAUAAAUGCAGGAGGGGGCUUUAAUAUGUACGCCGUAGAGGCCUUACUGUGAAAUCAUUUGCUCUGUUAGAAGAGUUUCCUCUUCUUUUGUCACCGGAGUCCCCACCAUCACUCUGGUUCUUUUCUUCUACUGUCAGCAGGUCUACAGAGUGACUGGGCUUUCUUAGUAACCGCUUUGUGAUUGUUAAAGGUGUUAAAGGCCUGGUGUUUCAUUCUCAUUCAGGUUUUACUAUUAACAGUGAAGCUGAGACUCACCACAAACGGAUAAUAUUAUUAUGUCAGCAAAUGUAAGUCAAGAAAUCAACACGAGAAAAUGACAAAAAAAAAAAAAAUCAGUUCAUACUGUUGAUGUUGGUCAAAGUGAAGCCUCUGUUUAAGUUACUAUCUACAGUGAAGCUGAGACUAAGCAGAAACAAGGGCUGUGUGAUAAACUUAUGACAGUAACCGACGUCAUUUUGCCCGUAUUAGUAUCUUUGGUGUCAAAAUAUUAAAUAAAUACAAGUUGGUUUUGGAUGUGUGUAGGUAGGCUAUGGUCUCAUGUCCCUUUGAGACAUCUGUCCUACGACAGAGACGUGACUCCGCCCCAUCCAGUCUGUAACAAAGAGGGACAGACAGGUGGGGAGAUGGAGGACGGUUCGAAAGUUGUAGCGGCCGGAGUUAAUGUGGGAGGGGGUGAGCAGCUUGUGGAGUAGUUAUUGUCCAUUUAUCGUUAUCGAGGUGAACUGCUCAAUAUAUCGUGAUAUUGUCACCAACUUCACAGCGAAACUGGGACUUUUUGUCUAUUUAAUUGGCAAAUCUGGAGGGGGGAUUUUAAGGAUACUACUCUGGCUUCAGAUUGUGCAGCAGACACAGGUGGAAAUUCAAAAAGCUGUUAAUAAUUGACCAAAAAGUUCUCUGUCACAUUCAGGUGUGGGUGAUCGUCACACAAUGACUGCUCGGUUUCUUAAUUUAAAAUUAAUUGAAAAGAUUGUAAAACAAAUAUUAUGAUGAUUAAUGACUUUAUGACAGAGAUAUCAACAUAAGAACUAAAACAGAUUAAAACAAUAUUACAUUUCUAAUUAUUAUGUCUGAAAACACUCAAGUGAAGACAAUUACUGGUUGCCAAAACAUACAAAUGAAGUCUGUUUUUGCUCUCAACUCAAAGAUAUACAGUUUACUUUCAUUAGGGAAGAAAAAAACAAGAAAAUAUUCAUACUAAAAAUAUUUAUAACUGUUUAUAGAUAAGUAGUUGACUUUACAUUGUGUGACUGGAAUCUGCCCUCGUCUUUGAUAGGAAACACUUAAAAAUAGAGUUUUAGUAAAAAAAAUAAAAAAAAAAAAAAAAAUGUAAAAACAAGGAGCAGUGUGGGCACAUGAAGCAGAAACCUCCCUCACCCACAUCCUUCACUUCUCCAGUCCACAUUAAAUCUGCAGCCUCUGUUUUAAAGGAGGACCACCUGAUUAGAAAUGCAGCAGCGAGGGGGGGCUUGAAUGAAUCAGUCUCCCCCUGUUUUCUCCGGGCCCCCCUCUCUGCUCUCUCGGCGGAUAAUAAAGCUCUAAUGGAGAGUUUCUUUUAAAGGAGGAGGGGUUAAUUCAGAAAAAAGAAAAGUAAUCAGCUUGUUUUGGAUUUAUUUCUUUUUGGUAAAAACUUUUAUUGUGAAAGGGUGAGACUAAAAAAGCUGCAGAGAUUGUUUUUACCUUGAAAUCCUCGAAUACACUUUUCUUAAUGUUGUUUAUCGGAGAGUCGUCUUUCUGCUGAUGCACUGAAGACGAUUUCUGCAGCCAGCGUGGACACAAAAACACUUGGCCUGCGCUGAAAUCCGUCUUUAUUUUAUGUUCUCCUUCAGUGCAUGCACAAACUGCCAGAGAAGAAGAAGAAGAAACCCCCUCCCCCCUCCUCACCCACAGACCCUCUGUAGUCCGUGAAAAAGCAUAAACAGGCAGCGACGGCUGAAGAAGAAGAGGGGCAGUGGGAUGGAAUAUAAAAUAUUUAGAGCCUCUUGGUUUCGGCGGUGUGAGGGUGAAGUGGAGGGGAAACACUCUCACUUAUCUCUGCUUUGGAAAAUGUAUUUUUGUUUUUUACCCUGAAGAGGCGGAGGGAGGAGAGGGUGGGGGAGGGGUGCCAGUGUUUGCGAUGAGGACAGUCUGGUGGGGAUGGAUGGAGGACAGCAGCAGCAGCAGCAGCAGGGUCUCAGACUGCAUCACAUCAGAGUCAGAUAGAGAAACAGAUUUAGAUUUAAUGCUGACUCUUCAAAAGUCAGUUUCAGAUGAUUUUUAAACUCGGUGUUCAUCUCUAGUACUUGUUGUAACAGUAGUAAACAUUAAGGUUGUUUUAAUGCAGUAGAAAAAACAGUGUAAAAAUUUGAAGCAGCAGACACAUGACCUAUAGUAGCAGAAGUAGUAAUAAUAUUAGCAGAAGUUAUUGUAGUAUAAAUGAAAGCAAAAUACAGAACAAUUACUCAUGGGAGUCGAAGAAAAGUAGAAGUCUUAACUCUUGUGGAAGUACUAGUGAUAAUAAUGGUAGUAGUCGAAGUACAUGUUCACUGUAUUUAAAGCAGCAAUAUUGUUAGUUUCAAUUUGGGCUGGGUGAUAAACCGAAAAUUUACUGAUACAGAAAUUUACGACAAUAAUCGACGACAUUUUGCCCAUGUCAAUAUAUUCGGUGUCAAAAAAAUAAAAAAAACAAAAGUUGGUUUAGGUGGUGUAGGUAGGCUCUUAUUCAGUCUGAAUAAACAGCUGCUGAUCCUGUUAUCAAUAAAACAUGAUAUCACAAAGCGUUUCUGGCUUUCAGGCCGGAUAAACUCGACUCAUUGUGAAAAAAUAAAAUUAACAAAUAAAACUAAAACAGGCUGAAAGUACAGCGACAUGAUCCUUCAGUUCAAAUCAUCUAUCCGUAUGGAAGUAUUUUGAAGGGUUGCAAACUGACAAGCCUCUGAUUAUCUGUAUUUGAGAGGGUACACAUGUACCAUUCGUGGUAGAAAGAAGUAGAGCUGGGCGAUAAACCGAAAAUUUACCAAAACCAAAAUUUACGACGAUAACGGGCAUCAUUUUGCCCAUGUUGGUACAUUUAGUGUAAAAUAGAUAAAAGUUUGUUUUGGAUGUGUGUAGGUAGGCUAUGGUCUCAUGUCCCUUUAAGAUACUGUCCUACAUCACAGACGUGACUCCACCCCAUUCAGUCUGUAACAAAGAGGGAAAGACAGGAGAGGAGAUGGAGGGUCAAAACUUGUAGCAGCUGAAGUAGAUGAAGUUAAUAUGGGAGGGGGUGAACAGCUUGUGGAGUAGUUAUCGUCCAUUUAUCGUUAUCGAGGUGAACUGAUCAAUAUAUCGUGAUAUUUAUUUGAGGCUAUAUCGCCAAGCCCUAGUUUCAAUAUAAAUAGCAGUUGUAGUAUUUAUAGAAUCAGUUGUAGUAGUAGCAGUUUUAAUAGCAGUAUUUCAAUUAGCAGCUCUAGGAGUAUAAAGUCAUGUUAAGACAGUAAAGUAAUACUGAAGGUUGUAGAGGUAGAAGUACUUGAUGUAUGUCUAGCAGUAGCUGCUGAGGAAAUAUCAAUAAAAGCAGCAUUUGUAGUUCAUAACUCAGCUCCAAUCUUUCUCUAUACUGCCUGUCUGUCUCCUCAACACCUGUUUCUCUCUCUAUUACCUGUCUCUCUCUCUCUCUCCCUCUCUCUGUCUCUCUCUCUCUCUCUCUCUCCAUCUCACCUGUCUCCUUCUCUCUGUCUCACCUGUGUCCUUCUCUCUGUGUGUCCUCCUGCAGAAGCUGGCGGUCAGGAGUUGUCCUGUGGGGACGACUAAGCCGCUGUCCCUCAUCAAACCUCCCGGUCAGAGCAUCGCCAUCUCCGUGGUGCCGGCCAAGGCUCCCGUUUCCAUGGUAACCGCACACAUUAACGGGCAGAAGGCGGCGAGCUCGGAGCCUCUUCAGACGUCCCCCAUCAACCUGCAGACGGGCGGCAGGGUGGGGACGGCCGGAGUCCACGCGUUCAGUAGCAGUAGGAGAGCCGCAGAGCUGCCCCCCUCUCAGGUAAAAACGUGGAACAGACACACACCUGGGACACCUGGUGGAAGGGGGAGGGGCUUAGAGCUGUGCUGGACACUCUGAUGGGAAUCAAACUUUGUAAUUUUGACUCCAGUAAUGAGAUAAGAAUAGUUUUAGGAUGUGAUCUGCAGCUCUGUCAGCUCAUUUCUCGUUUUUUUUACACUGAGGUUCUCGGUGCAUGAAUUGAAAAUACGGAUAAAAUCAGGUGUAUAGAAAUGCAGCUAAUGAGCCGCUGAGUCAGGCUGACGGCUGCAGCUCCUGCUGUGAAGGAGAACAAACUUCUGAGCUGCUCCGCUCUGAAGAAACAGAUUUCCUGGUUUGAUUUUCAUCGCUUCUAUCAACUCGUAUGUAAAAAAAGCAGCACCACCCGCCUCUGUCUCUCUUUCCUGUCCUUAUGAGCCCCUAAUCCCCGCACACCGCUCUGAUUUUGAAGUUUCCACACUAUUUUUCCACCUUAAAUUAGACAGAAAGCCCAUCUUGUUUCUCUCUCUCUCUUCAGUGCCCUCCUCCUGUUGAGUCUCUUCUUUCUGAUUUAUCUUGAUUUUUGUCUCCGGAGCCUGAUUUAAAUUUCAUUUUGAUCUUAAAGCAACUUUGCAGACUAGUCUUACCAUGAAUUUAUAUUUUGGUGGGGUAGGGGUAAGGUAGGGAGAGCAGGAGGGGACCAGGACAUCAGCGUCUAAACCAGACCUAUUGGAUCUUGUUGACUGAAUCAAAGGUCUGGACUAUUUUCUGUGUUAGUGUUGGGCGGUAUGAACAAAAUCUUAUAUCAUGGUACAAGUAAAUCAUAUCACGAUAUGUUUUUCCCCCCUGUAAAUUCAAUGAAAGGCUUAAAAAUAACCAUACUGUCGCAUUUGUUCAUUUUCCUUUUAUCUUUAACGCUCUUUGAAUAACACUGUUUUUUGAUCAUCGUCGGAUUUUCUAAAUCUGAAGAAUCUCCAGACAACCGAUGUCAUGAAUCGCGCCCUUUUUCGGAAUGAGCUCUCCCUCUUCUUCCUCAUGUUGGGUGGGUUGGGGUGACUCCGUUUGCUCGGUAUUGCAAAUAAUCUGUGUUCGCCUUGACCACCACCAGUGAAGCGGUUUCUUCAUUGUCGAAACUAUGCCAAGCAGUCUGCUGAACACGCUGGUGAUCAAUAAUAAGCAGUAGAGUAGACCAAACUUGUUGCGGUCAUGUUGUUUUUACCUUGAUUGGGCGAACGAUACUGGAUGGUGUUCACGGAGGUGGGCACGUAGGUUUGAAGUGUUAGACAACGGCAAUUCGGAGUAUUUGCUGUCCCGAAAAUAUAAUGCUCUCUACCUUGACAGCUAACUGUAUAGUUUAUAUACCAAAGUACACCUCUACAUGUGCAUUUUUGGGACACAUAAAAACAGAACAAAAGUUUGCUGCUCCAUUUGACAUGUUGUCAUGAUCCAAUACUCCAAUCCAGUGUUUUUUAAAAUAUCAGAUCAUAUCUCUUCUAAUUUAAGAAGCUAAUGAGCGGAUGGGAUGCAUUGUGGACACGCUCCAAUAGUGCUUUGGGUGGCCGCAAUGCAUUGUGGGUGGCCGCGCAUUUUGUUGUAAAAUUCCUUCAUUUUCUCUGUUAAUGUUCCUGUUAUAGUUAGGCUGGCAUGAAUGUACUUAAUCCGAGAGUUUUUUUUUUUUGAUUUGGGACUACUUUUGUGGUGGUUUGUUUGUACAUUUUGCUACCGAGGCUUUGACAUCGUGGGUAAGACUACAAGUGGGUUAGGUUGGUAAGUACUUGGCUUUGCUCGUUUUAAAUUAAAAUUGUGGAACAAUUAUUACAGUACCUUACGAUUUCAUCAUUGCGGCCGUUUAAUAUCUCAUACCGCGAUUAAAUUGUAUAUCCGCACAUCCCUACAUAGUAUAUACUGUCCUAUAGCCUGAUGCUAUUCUGCUUGUAAAAAGUGAAUUAGGGAUUCAAAAGUGAAGCCAAAUCCCUCUUUAUCCACACUGACAUCCUGCUGUGAUGACAGUCUAAGCUGUUGUUAACCCGAACUCUUUAUUCACUAACCAGUUAACUUUCAGAGAUCCCUUCCUCUCUCUCUCUUUUUGUUUGAUUUUCUUCACCAUGAAGAAGUGGAGGAGGGAAAUGUGUGUUUACAUUAACUUGAUCCUCUUCCAGCUCCUCUCCAUCACACCCCGGAGGAGUCGGCGGCGUGUUGUUUAAGCUUCGGUUCAUCCUGCAGCAUCUCCUCUGUUUUUAAAUCCAUACGUGUGAAUUCGCUUCACUUUUGUUCGGAGGCAGAGAAGCAGAGAAGCAGCGCCGCUCAGAAAUCUGCAGCUCUGAUUGUGUUUUUGUUCCUCUGAAAAGCUGCAGCUGGAAAUCACUUUUUACGAUCCCAGGAAGCAAAGGAAACAGAUUUGUUUACCGUGUUUCUGACUUGUUGCACACAUGCUCCGGUUUGGAAACAUAGAGUUGUAUUUUGUGUAGCAGAGAUGUUGCGUUUGUCCUCUUAGUGUGUGUGUUAGGAUUCAGGCCUUGGCGUCUCCUCUUCACACACACUCUGUAUUCAGCACCAUCACCUCCAUCAGCACACAGCCGGGGAUCACUGCUCCAUGCUGCAGCCUGCACACUAUUACUGUAAUUGCAUGGCCCCACACAGGGGAGGGGGGCAGGGCUCAGGGCCCUCAGGCUCCUGCUUCCUGAGUCCUCUGUCAGUCCGAGAGAUCAGAGUCUUUGUCAGCCAGCGGAGUUUAUAUGAGAUGAAACAUGUCUGCUGGCGUGACGCCUUCAGAUUGAUUGACGGGGAACACACAUGAGCUUUUAAAAUAUAAGGAGAGACGGGAGAACGGUUUCAGUCUUCGGGAUCAGAUGUGACAGAGUGUGUUUGUGAGCUGAUGAGGGUAAAGCUGGACACGAGUGUGUCAGUGUAAAUAUGCAAGACGAUUACUCUUGUGCCACUGCAUACACAUACAAACGCAGUUAGGGCUGGGCGAUAUAGGAAAAGUUUAUCACGAUAUAUUUUUUCAUAUCGGUCGAUAUCGAUAUGUAUCACGAUAUAAAAAAUGAAAUUUCAGAGUGCUUGUUGGUGGCAUGUCUUUUGCAUUAUAAUAAGCUAAUGUAUCUAUGAGGUCUUUGUGUCUCUUUGACGUUUUGUCGUAAGGUGUUGCGCUAAAGAGAGCGGACUGAAUGAUGGUCUGUUUCGGCUGUACAGGCGCCAUGGGCUCCUCGCGCCGCUCAGUUUUUGUAACCUUUAGUGAAAAAGAUUUGAGAUAUUCCUCGACUUUGCGAGAACAUGUACUCGACAUAAUUUGCAGUGCACAUUACUCUGCUUCAUGUCCGAACCCAAAAAACCCGUCGUUUUCUUGACAGUCUUGUCGACGAUGUCGUCAUCAGUUGAGCCUUCAUCUGCAUUUCUAGCACUCAUUUCCUUUUUUUCUCACCAUCAGUGCUGUCGGCUUCACCUGUUAAAGUGCUAUGGUUGCGUGUAGCUGCAGUUUGCUACUAUGCAGUUGUUUGCUACUUGGUUCUAAUUCAGCACAUGAUUGGUUCAGCGUGAAGCGGACCCGGAACAACUCCCCUAAUCAUUGGCUAUUUGCAUAGUCUACCAAAACAUGGCAGAAUGACGACCAUCGAAAAGGAUAUUGACCAUGUUUUAUGUUGAUAUUGAGGGAAAUUAAUCUUCAGUAUAUCUAUCAUUAUCAUUUUAUCGCCCAGCCCUACACACAGUAUGUGUAAGUAUGUAUGAAUGUACACAUGCAAAGAUAUAUACAUAUAUAUGUUUGUAUGUAAGUAUGUUUAAAUGUAUGUUUGCGCAUACAGCAUAAGUAUAUAAACAUACAGUUGUCUGCAUGUGUGUGAGCUCGUAUGUGUGUUUAAGUGUGUGUAAGUGUGUGUGGGUACAUCUGCAGAGUCAAUAAGGGUCAGGGAGUUCAGGAGUCGCGUCAGGAUCCAAACCCUGCUCUCUGAUUGGCUGCCUCGUGCUUUGUGUGACGUUUCUCGCAGAGUCUGUGGUUAUGAUUCAGAGCAGGUCUGAGUCUGCGACACACACACACACACACACACACACACACACACACACACACACACACAGACGUUCGCUGCGAUAAAGCUGCUUCAUUUCAUCAACAUGUCACUUUGGAGACCCUCUCCCCCCUCCUCUUCCUUUCCCUCACCCUCACUCGUCAUCUGGUCUGACUCCCUCUGUCCCGUCCCCCCCCUCAGCCGUGGAGGUGAGCAGGUCAGGCAGCAGGAUUGUUUUAGGCUCUUUACGGCUGUAUUGUUUGGAGAAAGUGGGCACUCUUCACCCAGCUGCCUUCCUCUGAGCGUGGCAAUAAAGAAACCUCCUCCCCUCCCUCCACAGGCCUCCAGCUUUUCUUACCUCCAUCAAUCCAGAGUCAUAAAGGCUCGGCCAAUCAGAGGCGAGGGUGUGCAGAAGAGUAAAAGAAGUAAAGGAGCGAGGGUAGAGGAUAGGGGGGAGGCAGCAGGUCCCUCAGACCACCUGGCCACUAAUCCAGAGAUCAAUAAUGAGGUGUAAUGGGGUUGCUGCUCUGCAUGAGUGCUCACAUUAAAGCUGCAUUGUUUCAGCCGCUCAGGAAACACUCACACAUUUCUGUGUGAAAGCACGAGCUGCUUUUACUCAUCCACACUCUGGACUUCUCUGAUACUCAUUCAACUCCUCUUUUUACCGCUAAUAAAUAUGCAAAAGAGUAAAUGUUUCAAAUAGGCUUUUUUAAGAAAAUCUUUCAAUUUAAUGUGAGAAAGUUGCAGAAAAUUUUAAACAAAAUUUUCAUAAACUCAUAAUUAUUGUCUUUCUUUACAGCCAAAGCUUUAAAUUGAGAAGUUCUUACUUUUAAAUGAUAAAAAUCUAAAUAUUUCCACGUGUAGGAAUCUUGAAUUAGCAGAUUUUUGCUUUAAAAGUCACCAAAACUUUGUAAUCAUCAUAAUAAAGUGGCGGCUUGAAGAGUUUCUCGUUAACUUUAAGGGAGAGUCAUCCUUUUGAGGGAUAAACCCAAAGGAAUAAAAUGGUUUAUUUAUAUAUAUAUGUGAUAAAAAAGCUUCCUAAAUCAGUUGGAACAGACAUUAAACUGUGUUUUUUUUAAAAGUCUGAGCCCUUUAAAGCUCCGAGCAGGGAGGAGCCGUGUGUUUGUGCGCUGACUGUUUGUUGUGCGAUUGUACUUUGAGUUGCAUUUAGCGCCUGUUAGCUUGCAGCAGAGGAACAAAGGGAGGCUGAGAGGAGUGUUUGAAAGUGUGCAGCUUCAUCGCUUAUCCGGCCUCUCUUUCAUUCCUCUCCAUCCCUCCUCCUCCUCUUUCUCCUCCUCCUCCUCCUCCUCCUCCUCCUCCUCCUCCCAAAGAAUCUUCAUCCUCUUUAAACAGCAGCCAAGGUCAUCUCCUCCAUCCUCCAUCCGCCUCCGAGUCUCGCCAGAGCCGGAGGAAGGUGGUCGACCCCCUUCAAGGGUCCGCUGCUGCACUCAGAGUCUGAAUGACAAACAGAGAGCAGAGUGAGGAUGAAUACGCUCGGUACAGAACAUCGUGUGGUGAAGCACAAUGAGGACUAUUUUAUCAGAGAGGGAGAGUAAGCACGGUACAAACUGUACACGCACACACACACUCAGGAGUGUUUCAGUCUUAUUAUCUGUGACUGCAGCUCCUCAGAGAUCAGAUAGAGGAGAAAUAAAACUCAGAACACCAAUUUUCUUUUAAGUUUUGAGGAUCAAGAAAUAAAUCUGUCUUUUCUAACAUUGUUAUAAAAGCACAAAAAAGGCAGAUUAGAAGCUCUUGGGUCAAACCCAACCGGCGUCAUAUCGGCUUUGGCCCUCACAAGGCCGAAAUUACUGUUGUCUUUUCUCAAUGAGAUAAAAAAAAUAAAAAAAGCAUCCCCAAUGGCACCUUUUAAAAUCAAAGACAAUCACUAGCUAGUGUUUAUUAUAAAUUCUGUAAUAACGAUGGAGUUUGGUAUUGCUUCAAACUGAUGUAUCUGUAUGUAUCUACAGCGUAACUGCAUGUAUUUGUCUCUAUCAUUAAUUUACUUAACUGUUAGAAUAAUGUUACGAGCUAAAUAAAAAUGUGUAAACUUGCACGGAAAAUUGGUCCACCACUAAUAACAGUAUCUAUGUGAAGGAUAAUGUACAGUAAGUGGGUCUUUAAAGCAAGUGUUAUAGCAGACCUGUAUCCGUAGCAACAGCAUGCUAUCCCAAAAUAACAGACUGCUGCUAUGUUUUGAGUAUUGACCAGUCAGGGUCUAGAGAUUAACACAAUAUGUAAGUCAUAAUGUAUAUCCAGUGGGUUGUCAAAGUAGAUAUUGCUAUGGCAGAUAGCAACAGCAUGCUAUCGCAAAAUAACAGACUGCUGCUACAUUUUGAGCAGACCUGUAUCCGUGGCAACAGCAUGCUAUCCCAAAAUAACAGACUGCUGCUAUGUUUUGAGUAUUGACCAGUCAGGGUCUAGAGAUUAACACAAUAUGUAAGUCAUAAUGUAUAUCCAGUGGGUUGUCAAAGUAGAUAUUGCUAUGGCAGAUAGCAACAGCAUGCUAUCCCAAAAUAACAGACUGUUGCUAUGUUUUAAGUAUUGACCAGUCAGGGUCUAGAAAUUAACAUAAUAGGUCAUAAGGUAUACCCAGUGGGUUGUCAAAGUUAGAUGUUGCUAUGGCAGAGGUGUAUUCAUAGCAGCAGCAUGCUAUCGCAAAAGAACAGACUGCUGCUAUGUUUUGAGCAGACCUGUAUCCAUAGCAACAGCAUGCUAUCCCAAAAUAACAGACUGCUGCUAUGUUUUGAGUAUUGACCAGUCAGGGUCUAGAAAUAAACACAAUAAGUAAGUCAUAAUUUAUAUCCAGUGGGUUGUCAAGGUAGAUGUUGUUAUAUAACAGACCGUUGCUAGGGAGUAUUGCCCAAUUAGAAUCUAGUAUUUAAGAUAACUGUGGAAAAGUAGCUCAUUUUCAGCAUUAGUACAAACUCAGGUUGGACUUUUUGAACCUGCUUCUGUUCUGCUCCACCUCUUGGCUGAGGAAGUUACACCUGAAAACUUAAUUUAGCCCUUAGUGAAUAUUUCAUACCUUCUCCAGCGCUCCUUAACAAACAUUCAGUAGUCCUGGAUAACGUCCUGGUAGUCCUUGAGAAUAAUCCAGGGGCCGUCUGUGGGGAUUUGAUGUUCUUCAGCACUCUUAGAAGGUCUUGAAGGAGACUCCAGGGGUCCUGGAGAACAUUCCAGGUGCUAUAGAGGAGGUUUUGAAAGUGCUUAAAGGAGACUGAUGCUGUUGCCGUGGUAACUGAGUAGUGUUUCUGCUGGAAGGGGAUUUUAUUGAUUAAAGAGAAGACUUUUUUUCCUGGCUGCACUGUUGAUGUUUGUCUUUUCUGAUGUUUUUAUGGUUUAAAUCAUUUAAAUUUGGACAACACAAAGUUUUUUAGUUCCCCAGUAAACUGUUUUAGUUCCAAGAUACUUUAUUUGAGAAGAGCAGGAAGUGUGUCUAAAAAUGUAUGAUAGAUUUCAACAACAAUAUGUCAAGGUAUUUGAGUUUGUUGAUCAAAGAUUUAAGUUUAAAAUGAAAGGGAAACAAUAACUUUUGCCCUUUAGGAUCUAUAAAGUCUUUAAUAAAUUUUAGCAGUGAUAAAAUCCUAAAAAUAAAACAAAUUAAGUCAGUUAUAAAUCAUUAAAUAGGUUAAGUGAAGGCAUCAGAGCAGUGUCGAUCUCUAGAGUCACAUGCAGCUGCAUUACUAUCCGUCCCUGUGUGCAGGAGUUCAGGUGUGACUGCAGGACACACUGGCUGAAAGCAGGGGGAGUGUUUAAACUGUUGUUGUUUACCAGCUGCUGCUUGUGAACGCAGCCUGCGUCUCCUCCCAGCAGCAGCAGCAGAGUUCAUCUCUCUGAGCUCAGAGCAUGAAUGAAAUGAAAACCUUCUUCAGGCUGAAAGUAGAGCUGACGUGGCCUCAGGCAGCGCCCUCUGCUGGUCUCCCGAAGGAGUGAAGUGACGUCUGCAGAGCCCUCUGGUUUGAAAUAAAACAAAUAAAAUACCUUUAAAUAAACUUUAAAUUUAUUUUAUUAUGUAAGUGGAGUGAAACAAAAAUGAGACUCUUUUAAAAACUCUUUUAGAGAGAAAUUUAAAAUUAUUCUAUUGAAUGAACUUUGAUUUAUUUGAGUUGGUAAUUUGAAUAAUACAAAGUUCUAGUUCGGACAGUUUUUAUCAUUUGUAGUCUAGUGCCAGUGUGUUAGCUGCAAAUAUUCUAGAUGUUGUGCAUCAAAUGCAACCUCCAAAAAAAGAAAACAAGAAAAAAGGCAAAAAUAUGAAGGCAAAUUAACAGGAUACAUCAAGUUCUCUCCUAUGUAAAUAUUCUAAAUGUCAUUUGGAUCAAAUUAACCAUGAAAACAUCUGUAAAAAAGUGCAAAUUACAUGAACACAAAUUUAAAUGUAGAAGAAAAAUCCUUUACCCCGAUCAAAGUGUCACGAUCACAGUUGUUACGAUACACAAAGUUUGUGAUAAAUAAAUAUAAGUAUCAACUUCUGUGUCACGUGUGUCUGAAAGUAAACAAAGAGAACUUUUCUUAUGAAAUAAAAGUCAUACUCUCGAUUAAAAUCCCUCCUUAUAAUCCGUAACAGAAAUCAAUAUAGUCAAUAACUCUCAUAAAACUCUAGUUUAAGGAUUAUCUGGUUUCACAGCUUUAAAUUAAUCCAUUUCAGAUUCUGUUUCACAGGCAGAUCAGAUAGAAAAGGUGAUCACGUGUUCAUGGAAAAUAAAGAAAAAUGAGUAAACAAGUAAAAGACAAAAAUUCAGUCAAACUUUUCCAAAAAUAAAGCGCAGUUUUUAAAGAUGAAGAAAAUUAUUUCCUUUUCAGACAAACCAGUGAAAAAGUGUGACUGAGAGGGCAAAUUAAAUCUCUACGGUAUGUCGAGUUUUUUAGUUUUACUCUUUCACCGUGAACCCGACUCGAUCUGGAGUUGAACUUUCUGUCCCGAAGCGUCGUGGCAGAUCUUCACUCUGCCGCUGAGUUCACACGUUUGUGAAGACGUCUGUGAAUUUUUCAGAGAGAGAUGAAACUCUUCAUCUCCGCUCUGUUUUUCGUUUUUUUGGCUGCUGUGCGCGCUCUUCUUCCUCCUCCUCCUCGUCUUCCUCCUGCGUCUGUGCUGACAGACUGAUGGCAGACUCUGAGCCUCAGCCCACCUUCAGCUGACGAGUUUUUAUCCACUUUUCUCUGUAAUCCCUCCGUCUCCUCCCUCGCUCUGUCAACACCUUCCCUGGCUGCUUCCUCUCAUCCUCUCCUGCAGAAUAAUUUUCUCCUGUAAACAUCCAACUUUUAUAAGAACUGUUCCUCCAUAAUAUCCAGAGCCAAUCCUCUCUGGGAGCUUUGGCUCUGGAUAUUCUGGUGCACAGCUGAAUCUACAUUAAAUUCACUGGCUGUUUCUGUAAGAGCUGUUCCUGAUACCAAUUCACUUUUUUCAGGUUAUUUUUAGUCGUCUCAUAGUCUGAUUUUUGUCUUGUUUGAAGAAAAGCAUCAUUUGCAUGAAGGAACAACCACUAAGAGUGCCUGCUGCACUUUCACUGGAAGAAGCCUACACCUGUGAGGGAAAAUAAAGGUUUCCUUUGAGCUUUAAAACCACCACAAAAUCCUCUUCCCAUCUGUUCAUUUUCCAGCACCAAACUAGAACCAGGUCCAAGUUUGUUUCAGACUCUGAAAAGUAGUCCUCAUGUGAAACCAAACUUCCCUAAGAUUCUCAAACUUUGCUGAGAAAUCCUUGUCCCUCUGCUGGCUUUUACCCAAGUCUUUUGGGUACUUUUGGUGUCAGUUGGGGCUCUAGCAGAAUUAGCUGUCUGAUUAACUUUUUGGGAGACCUGUAGAGACACUGUUACAGUUAUAAAGUGGACCAAAGAUAAUUCACAGACCAUUUUCUCCGGGUAUAUCCUCUUGAUAUAUCCUGGAAAAUGACACCCCUUCAUGGAAAUGCAAUCAGACCGAGACGCUAAGGCAGAAGAACUACCGUGUCUGCAGUGAAAAAUUAUUAAAAUGGUGAUUAUUACUUCAAGUAAUGAUCACCCAGAUUCUGGCUUGGUCAGUGUUUUUCAGUUGUUAUGUUUGAGGCUGAUCAGCAGCUUUUCACCUCUCCUCAUUAGCUCCAAAAAUAACUUUGUGUAAUUAGAACUGCGUUUGUAUAGAUAUGAUAACUUAUCUUAAUUUCUACAGUCUAAACUAAUAGAAGUUAAACAGAAGAGGCUCCAGGUUGGAUCCUUGUGGAACUCCAAUCAUAACUUACCUAUAGAUUCAAAGUAUCCUCUGUCCUUUAGUAAGAUUUAAACCAGCUGUUUACUGAACUAAAAGGUCCAGUCUAUGUUAAACAGAAGAGGACCCAGGAUGGAGCCUUGAGGGACUCCAGGCGUCACUUUUGUCUGCUCCAAUGCGAACUAUGGACACAAUAUAGUCCCUGUCCUUCAAGUCAGAGUUAAACUAGUUAAAUACUGUGCCAGGGGGUGCUAUAGAAAGGAAGAGGGCCCAGGAUGGAGCCGUGGGGGACUCCAUGUCAUAUUAACUGUUAAAUAAGUAUAAAUGUUUGAACUAGAAUAGACUGCAUAAAUAAAUGAUUGCUGAUGUUUACUGACAUUUCUUUAUGGUAGACUAUGUUCAAACUUUUCUUACACUUUGCAAUAUUUGGUGUUUUUGUGAAGUUUGGUGUCAAAACAGCCAUAAACUUUCCUUUAACUUCAACAUUUUGACUGAAUAUGUGCUUAUCUAUUAUGUGCAUAAAUUCCAACUUGUUUUCAUUCACUCAGUUGAAGCUGCUAAUAUUUCCAUCAAUUUAAGUAAAGUAUGUAAAGUAUGGAGGCAAAGGUGAGCUUUUAGAUGGAAAAUUCCAUCUCUCAGCUUGUCUUAGUUCAGAAGAAAAAAGGUGUUUAUGUCGGUAUGUUUUUACUCAUAAACUGCACAGUGAUUAAAUCCACAUCUGGAAGUCACAGGUUCAUCACAGCAGGUUUUUCAGACUAGGAGGAGGAGGAGGAGGAGGAGGAGGAGGAAGAUCGUCAGUGUUUACUGAAGAGCUGUCAUCUAACUCAGGGAUGGUUUUCACUUUGGAGAAAAAAGAAACAAAAAAUGAUUUAGAGAAGCAGGAAACCACUGGAACAAGGUUGUGUUCACUGUCUGAACUGGAGUGAGGGAGGAAGAGGAGGAGGAGGAGCAGGGCCCCCUAAAGAGAAGGUGCUUAGGUUUGGAGAAAAGAGGAAGCAAUUACGAAAAUGAAAGCCCUUGCACUGCAAGAAUUUUCAUCUCUGCAGUUGCCAUGGAAACAGGCCCGGCCGGGCCGCCUCCUCCUCCUCCCCUCCUCCUCUCGCUGCUCUGCAGCACAAUACGACGGAACGAAGGGAUUUUCACAGAAGAAGAAAAGAGGGGAGGAGGAGAGCUGAGAUCAGGAGGGGGAGGAGAGAACUUUCUUUUUUUCUUCUUCUAGUUUGUGAGCGGCUGAGACGAAACAGAGGAGAUAAAAAAACGAGGUCAUUUAAACUGUGCAGGUCUGGAUUUUCAGAUCUUUGAGGUGGAUUUUUUUCUGAAUUUUCAGACUAAAUCAGAGCAGGUUAAACUGAAGAGCUCAGCUUUGCUCAAACAUCUCGACAAAAAUAAAGCAGAAUCGAACCGAAACAGACGGUUAACUCUUAGAGAAAGCAAACAACUGCAGGCGUCAGAGGAAACACUUCUUCAUUUCUGACAGCUGCAGCCUGCGAAAAUAUGAAGGAGGAGGAAAUAAAAUCCACAGUUUGAGGGGAGUAAAAACACACAGGGCUUUGAUUCACUUCUGAGGGACUUCAUCUAAACCUGUAGUUUGAAAAUCAGGUCCAGAAACGACACAGGAGAGAGUUUAGAGCAGGAAAACAUUCAUUAUUACUGCGUCUGAGAAAUAAAGUCAGAAAGUUUAACUAUGAGAUUGAAGAUUAAAAGCUAAAAAUGUGAUUUUAAAUGCAGGUUUAGCCUCAAACUUUUAGCUUUGUCCUCUAAAUAGUAAAUGAACUUUCUCUAUUAUUGUUAUUUUUGUCUGUCUAAUAUCAACAAAUGUUUGACUUAGAGUAAAAACCGCCGACAAGAAAAACAUAUUUUUGUUUUUUACUUAAAAUGAGACUUAAACCAUAACUUGUGUUUUUGUAUUUAGUGAGUAUUUGUCGCUGUACUCUCAUUAAAACCAUGAAGACCAUUUUAACCAGUGAAAUGUAGAGUCACUACAUGAGAAGGGUUAGAGGGUGAGGUUUGUCCUAAAACUGGAGCUGUUUGUUCCCGAUCUCCACAAGGACUCCAAGGCUGUUGCUGUUUUUCUUAAUUUUUUAUGCAGAGAAAAAACAUCUGAGAGCAAAAAAAACAACAACACUGUGAUCAUGAAACUCUGUGUUUGAUUAGGAUGAGUAGUAAAGGGAGUAGUCUGAGGAUUAAAGGUUUAUAUGUGUGAAUCAGCUGAUGACACAGUAAAUUCACAGACUGUAGGAAUUUAACCAUCUACACUGAAAAAAAAUCAUUCUAUUUUAAAAACUAAAAAGGCAAGUUGGUGAGAGGUGCAUUGUGGGGUGUAGUGGGAGCGCCCCUUGUGGCCAGAAGCAGCUACUACAACAACUGAAACUGAACACUUUAAAUAUACAAAGAAGGAGCUGAUUCAUUCUGUAAAUGUGCUGACUGGUUCCUGAUUUUUAGUGAUCUAAUAUCAUUAAUCUUAAUGUUUUUCACCUUUUCUGCAGGUUGUAGUUAUCAACAUGUCUCAGACAGAAUCCGCUGCUUUAGAGUGUUUUCCACAUUGUGUCCCGACGCCUUUCAAACACUGUAGUAAAUCUGCGUUCUCUGAUCUUAAGUGUUGCGUUCAUGUGUCUUUCAGAUGCUGGGAACUCUCACUGCUGUGCCCAUCAAGGUGCCUCAAGUCAGCUCCCUGCACCGGCUGGCAGGACAAGCAGCCACUCUGCUACCUCAGGUAAGGACGCCUGAUCCCACCUGAUUACAGAUAAGAGACCAGCUCUCCCAGAUCUAAACCCUCUGGUAAGAGCAGAAGACCCAAAAGUCUUUUUCUCUUCGUGCCCGGUCUUUCUGAAAUAGAAGCCUGGCUGCAGCCUCGACUUCUGAACAAGUUGACAGAGAAUCUGAGGAAAUUAUAAGACGAUACAGACUCAACCUCAUCAUCUUGAGGUGUAGAGAUAAUCAGCAGGUUCUGCAGGGUUGUCUUUAAGUUUUAUGAGGAUUUUAGACCAAUUGUGACUCAUAAAAGGUUCUGAGCAGCAUCGAAAUCAUCUCGCAAGUAACUGAGAGUCUGAUACUGCUUCAGAGCAAAUCUGUUAAUAACAGAAUCAUCUGCAUAGAGUGUGAAUUUGCAUUAGGAUUAGAAUGUAGAUUUGUAUUACUGUGGAGUUUUUGUUUAUAUGUUUUAGCUCAGAGGUUGUAGAGAUCAGUUUUUGUCCUUACAGUGAUGCUACAAACAUCACAGAGGAAACCUGCACAUAUUAAUUAAGAGUUUAAUAUAACAAAUGAAUACAACAAAAGUGAGAAUUGAAGUUAAAAUUAAGAGAAAACUGGAAAAACUCAAACAUGUUGAUGAUUCUUGGGUGACGUGUCUGGAAACGUCCAGCAGGGGGCAGCACAAACCACUGAGACCGUCAGUGAGUUAAAGGCAGAUUUGAUUAAUUUAGAGUCAAUGAUGUUAAGAGUGUAAAAAAAGAGGAUUUCAGUGGAUAUUUAGUCCUGAAUCAAACUGUUUUACCCUCCUCAAAACAGGUCUUACAUCAGCAUCUGUGAGGCUCAGGGUCUGAUAUAAAUGUUGAUUUUUGUUUCUUCAUUUGAUUUCUUUACUUUGGAAAAAGAACAAUUUAAUUCACUAGUCAAAGUCUUUCUGGAUUUACAGUAAGAGGAGUCUGAAUGUUUUCAUGAUUAAGACGAUAUUUUAGUUUUUAUUUAGCUUUAUUGAUAGUUGAGGACGGGGUUGAAACUGAUGGGGGAGGUCAAAGAGAUAAAGCUUCAUGAGUCAGAUCUUCCCUCGUCUCUGUACUCGAUUGUUUACAGCAGGGAAAGGAAACUGUGUCAGACUUGAAACGUCUCUAACAGGUUUUGUCCUCCUGGUUCUGGUCUCUCUUCAGGUCAGGCCAAAGACCCAGAUCCCCGAUAGCCUCCCCCACGUUCCCUGUCAGGAGCUGCAGCCCCUCAGCCUGCAGAGAGCCACCGCCGUGGUCAGCCCCAAGAGCGGGGGCCCCACCCUGCCCACCGCCAACAGCACCCUCAGCCCCGACCACCAGCCCAACGGCCAGAGCGACGCUUCGCCGCCCUCCGCCCCACCGCACGGUGUGUCAGGAGGCCAAGACUCUGCGGGACCCGCUCAGCACGCCACAGCGGGCCCUGGAGUGGCGUACGCCAUCAUCGCCGCCUCACCCGCCACCGGGAAUGGAGUGUCCGCCGUCAGCGAGGCCGUCAAGGUGCAGCCACUGCUCUUCAGCGCUGACAAGGCUGGUGUCUCCUAAACUCUGAAAACGACACCAACCAAUGACCACGAUUAGAUUCGUUUAGAUUCGAUUAGAACACGGGGUAUCUCCAGCUGUAUUUUCUUGAUCUGAUGCUUGUAUUUGCAUCGAUAACAUUUACUAAAAUACCUCUCAAAGAUGGAGGAAGUGCAGCGAGGCUCAGCUGUUCCAUGAACAAACGUCUGAGCUCCAAAUCUCUGUUUUUAAACUCACAUCAGUUACUUGAUUUCUUCUGUAUCUGGUCAAAACAGCAGGACUAAAAAUCUGCACCCUCUACCCUGGAGACAGGCUGUCUGUCCAGAUUAAAAUCAAAUAAACAAACAACUAACAGUUAUGACUAAAAUACUGAACAAUAAAAUCAGACAAAACAAGAAAAAUAAAACGAAAAGAACAGCAAUAACAGUAGUGAUGAGCACAGCAGUUCUUUCAGAUGUACUGAAUCACUAGAAUCGGUUCACUGAAAAGAUUCGUUCAAAAGAUCGAAUCACUGAAUCAUUCAGUGCUUGGCGGGAGAAGCCUGCGACUCCAGCCUCCUGAACUGAUUCACAGCUGAACGGUUCAGGAUUCAGUUCAAUUCAUAACUUCUAGUACCAGGAGACAAGAGUGUUUGUCUGUGUUGCUUUGGGUUCAGUGAGUGAUUCGUUUACUGAACGUUUAGAAGAAUUCAAACUGAACAUGCACCGUUCCCUCGCAAACCGCUGCAAUGAUAGUUGUGGUUGUUGUGAUAGCAAUUUAGCAGUAAAAAAUAUAAAAAGUUAGUUUUGUCUGACAAAAAAUGAUUCCAGACAGUGUAGUUCAGUGCAUGAUUCGUUUACCAGGCGUCGGUCCAUGCGGUCCCUCGUUCGCCGGCUGCUCGCCUGGCAAUGCUGCGUGCGAUAGCAUCCGCCCUCCCAACAGCUCAACUGAAGUGAGAAACGAACGAAUCACUUGAGGAAGUGAUUAGGUUCAGUACUUUCGCCUAAAAGAUUUGGUUCUUUUGAACGAAUCGUUCGUGAACGACCCAACACUAAAUUACAGAGGGUUAAAUAUGCUAGUCUUAUAAGAAGCGUCAAAGUUUCAGUGCAGAUUUGUGAAUAAAAAAAAUAAAAGCAGAUGUAAAAUAAUUUUUGUGUGAUAAAUAGCAGUCAAAGGAAGUAAAAGAAACAAAUUUGGGACAUCUUUCUCCUGUGAUCUGCACAUAAAAAUUUCAUAAAAUAAUCUGGAUUAUUUAUCCUCAGUGUUGUAACAUUAUCUCUCUUUCUCUCAGGUGAUAAUAAUCCAGCCACAGGCCCCCAGCAGCACUGAGGGCUCUCCGGGGACUCAGGCUGACCUCCCAUCACAAGAAGCUCCGCCCACUCCAAAAUCCCCGUCCCCGAAAAAAGACGAGGACCCCGAGGUGAGAGAUAAAUGAAUUAAUAAAUGAUUGUCCCGUCCUCUUUUCUUGACUGAGUUUUAAACAUGAAGGCUCCGCUCUGAUUGGUUCAAACACACAACAGUUCUGACAUCAGUCGGCGUUUCCUGCAGUUUUUAAAAGCAGAGAAGAAGAAGAAAAAACAGACGUGGAGGACAGCAGCAGCCUCUUGAAUUUUAAUUUGAUGUCAAACCUUUGAAGAGUGUUUAAAAAGACUGGUUAAGAUUUUCUCUCCUCACUGAGAGGCUCUUGAAUCAGACGCUGAGGGUCUCAAACUCCUCACCUCCUCCUCUUCAUCACUAACGUCUUCGUCCUUCUCCCUCAGAAAAUCGCCUUCAUGGUCGCCCUCGGCCUCGUCACCACAGAGCACCUGGAAGGUGAGUCAACAGGAUCUCAAAAGUACUCUGUUUGAUCCAACUUGAAUAUGACAUCUUGGAACCCUUUAAAGGACCAUUCCACCCUUUUUCACAGUCGUCACUGUCGUCUGUCGCUGCGAACUCGUUUUAAAGAAAGUGUUUUUGUUUGUCUCUGAUCAGAAAUCCAGACGAAGCGACAGGAGAGGAAGAGACGAAGCACAGCAAACCCAGCCUACAGCGGCCUGUUCGAACCAGAGGUCAGAAAACAAACAUGAGUCCAUCUUAAAGAGAUGAAUCUACUCUUGUUUCUGAAACUCUUGAAAAUCUUACUCUUCAUGUAGGAUUUUUGAACAUUCAGUCCAGAUACAUUUUUUCUUAUCACGAUAUUUCUUGUGUCUUUGCAGCGUAAACGUCUGGCGUCACAUUACCUGAACAGCUCGCUCUUCCUGUCAGCACGAGGUAAAAAAAUUAAAAUCUUAUCACCAAAUAACAAACAAAACAUUCACUGUUACUGAAAACACAUUUAUGUCUGUGUUUAAGCCAUGUAAGUGUUUAAGCAAACAUGCUGAGUUUAACUCUCUGCUCUGUGUGCGCUGACGUAAAAUUAUCUGUUCAUCAGAUUUAACCUGAUGAAACCUUUAAAGGUAUAGUUCAAAAAGGUGGAAAUUAUUUAAACCAACAAGUAAAAUACAUCACAGUAUGAGGGGAGAAAAAGAGACGAUUUUUUUAGAUAAAAGCUGUAAAUUUAAGAACAUAAGACAAAAAAAAAAACACUUAACUGAAUGUAAAAGUGUAUUCAUGUUUAUUUAUGUGAGUAAACUGAAAAAUUCUGUUUUUUUAGAGAAUUUUUUUUAAACAAAGUUUUUUUUUUAAAUGAUGUAUUACUUAAGUUUUCUACAACUUUUACCAUUUUUAAAAUUUGCAACUUAAUUUCUGUGAGUUUAAAUGUUCUUCACCGUAAAUUAGCGACGUUCUUUUAGUUUUAUAAAUUCACAAUUUUCAUCUCAAAAACUUACAAAAUUAUUUGGUAAUAAGUGACCUUUUUUCUGUAAGCUAGAAACUCUUUCCCUCAAAUUUUAAAAUUUAUUCUGGUAAAUAUAAAACUUAAUCAUAAAUGACAUUUUUUUCCCUGUAUUUUUUAAAAACUUUUAUAUCACAUUCUUACUUUUUUUUGUUGGGUGGCCCCUGCUCUCUGUCGUAUUGGUGAAAAUCCUAAAAUGUUGAACUAUUCCUUUAAAGAAUCUAACAUUGUGAAUUUGUGCCUGCGCAUAAUCGCCUCUCACCACUGUGUGUUAAAGUGUGUGUAUUAAUGUGUGUGUUUACCUGUGUGUGUGCUUGCUGCCACUAACCUCUGCUCUGCCUCAUUCACAUGCUUAGACUCUGAGGAUUUCUGCUGGAAGGUAGGUCACAUGACUAAUGAUAUCAUUGUUGGCUCUGGGGUCUGAAACUCUUGAGUUCACAGAUUCAAGGAGGAAAAUAAUUAUUUAAAGUGUAAAAAGUGUAAAAAGAAAACAUCUUUGAUAGAAAAGAGUGUAACUGAGAUGCUGUUCAUCACUGCAGGCCAUCUAACAUUUGUCCUAAACUCAAGUCUUUAGUGUUAGUGAGGUGCUAAAAGGAUGUAUUCUGGUUUUAUUGUAAAAGAAAAUAAUAAUAAAUAUUUGAUUUGGUGAUUGUUGGAUCAUCUGAAAAGUUUGUGUUUUGUUUUUGCACAUCAGGAGGACUUGGAGCAUGACGAUCACUGUUCGGUCUGUAAGGAGGACGGAGAGCUGCAGCCCUGCCACAACUGCCCCAGAGCCUUCCACCCAAACUGCCUCCAUCCGCCGCUUAAAACUCCGCCUAGAGGACCCUGGUACUGCCCCAAGUGCCAGAAGAAGGUACUGUCGCAACCCCGUGUCCUGUUCAAAUAGUUCGGACGCGAAAAAUGUCAAAAUAAAACCUUAUAUCUACGCAGACAGAAAACUACAUAUGGAGUUCCCCAAGGCUUCAUCCUCGGGCCUCAUCGGUUUAACAUCCAAACAGUUAGUCAACGCCCUCAGAAUCUACCUACCAGAGACUCUGAAGUAACUUUAAAAAAACCUUUGAAAACUGAAGUUUAGAAAAGUCAAUUCUGGGUGUUACAGGCCUGGAUUAGUAACUUUGGUGACAGAGAAAAGUUAGCGGUUUUCCUAUGUUCCUAACCUGCGCGUAGCUUGAUAUUUCUACGCAAAAACAAGACUGGAGUCCGUUUUGAGUCCUAAAUCCACGUAACAGAUGUGAAAUUGAAAGGUGGUUUGUUAACGAAGGCUUUCAAAUUCAUGAGGUUUCAGUACGCUUGGCACAGUCCAAAGUUCGAAGCUAACUGGGGGUGUCCCAAUGUGAUAUUGAUAUCGGAUAUCUGUUCGAUAUCAGCAAAAAAACAAAUAUCGGAUUAUAUCAGCCUGCAUCUAAAAUCUCCAAUAUCAGCACUCCGAUACAAACAGUCCAUUCCAGACUCCACUCCAGCACCUCUUUGUAGUAGCGCCCAGAUCCAGCAUGCAGAGCCCAUGUGAUCACAACAACAGUGUGUACUAAAGUAGGAACAAAGUAGCAAGGAGUAGGAGUAAUGUCGGCUGUGUGGCAGUAUUUUUCGUUAAAGUCUGAAAAAGACGUUGCGACUGAGUGCAAAAGUUGUCAUGCACAAGUCUGUGCCAAUACCGGAUCAAUAUCAGUAUCGGCUAAUCCUCAAAGCUACAAUAUCAGUAUUGUAUCUGAAGUAAAAAAGUUGUAUCGGGACACCCCUAAAGCUAACACCUGGAGAACUGUUGUCCCUCUGAGCCUCGACCUCCUCAUGAAAUGAUUUUAAACAUUCGUCAGAAACAUAUUUCACUGUUUGGAGCAGCUGAAUUGAAACCUGCCGUGUUUGGUCCUCAGGUGCUGAACAAAGAGAACAUGUCGUGGCCACAGAACUUCGUUCAGUCCUACGUCACACACAAGACGGGUAAGAGCCAGCCGACUCUCUGAUACAAGUGAGUUUCUGUUUUUGUAUUUAAGCGCUAAAAGUGUGUGUUCAUGUGUGUGUGAGCAGUGAGGCAGGAGGAGAAGCGACGGCUGCUGAGACGAAACAACGAGCUGAAGAACGAGCACGCUCAUCUGGAGGAGCAGGACAAGAAUCUUAACAACACGCUCAAAGUAGGAACGCACUCUUUAAUCGCAGGGACAGAGGUUUAAAUUUCAAUAUUGUAAAGAAAUAAUAUUUCAUCGUCUUCCUGUUUUGUGUUUGUGUAGCACUGCAUGGACCUGAGGGAGCGUUUGUUGGGGCAGCAGAGAGACACUCAGGCGUCGCUCGAACGCCUCAAAGCUCUGAUCCGCCUGAUCCAACGCGACCAGCUCAUCCAGGUCACCAUGACGACCACCGCCACCAUCGCCGCCUCCCUGCUCUCCCAGUCCUGGAUCAAACAACCCACCAGCAUUAACGCCACCGCCGCCACCCCGGGGCCCUCGACCACACCCCUGCAGACGAGCCACGCCCACAGCCAGGAUGAUGCCAACAACUAG